GGAUGCGCGCGUGUCCCUCCUCCCGUCGUAACGCCGCCGCCGCCGAGCGCUGGUCGCCUCUGCUUGUAAUCUAAACUCUCCUGUUUUUUUUUCGUGUGUGCGGCACUCGUUAUCGCGUCGCUUUACAAGGAGUAGUAGUAAGUUGUAGUCGUGCCCACAUUUGAUGAAAGCACGCGUUCGCGAUACAAACUUCCUACAUAGAGAAUGCACUCGUCGCGAUCGAUUAAACGACAAAAUCAUUACAAUAAACAACAACAACAACAACAACAACAACAACAAUAACCAACGCAGCCACGGCCGGCGCAAAACAAAUACACUGCGCGCAACUGCUUAUAUUAAAAUAUAUCGCGCGCGUCCGUGUUCGUCCGUUUGAACGUCGAGUGAAAGUUUUCUUAUCGUCGUCGCCGUGUACUCCGCAUUCCGUAUAAUACUCGAAAGUCGUCGACGUCGGCCAGAGGUACGUAAACGAACACACCUAAACACAAUAAUACCGUACCCGUUAUACAGUUUAAAUAUAACGUGCGCGUAUUUUCAAUGUAGGUUUUUUUUCGUUAUUAAAGAUCCGUCUGAUUUGUACGUUAUCUCUGUAAUAAUAUAGCAAAAAAAUAAAAAAAAAAUAUUCGGCGAAUUAAUUGUUUGUUGUCGAAAUAUUAUCACGCCAAUAUACUGCAACGCGACGCAACACGUUUUCAUCGGCUUUUUUUUCGUUUGAAUUUGUGUGCGCGUGUUUGAGAACGUGAAAGAGGGGUGGUAGAGAAGAGUGAGAGGUAGUAGAGGAGAGCGGGAGCGAGUAAGCGUGAGAGAACAAUAAUUGUUAUUUGAAUUAGGUGUCGCGUGCGAGUGAGAGUAAUAUUACGCGGAGCGGUCAGGGAUCAAUGGUGUCGCUGACGCAGCGGAGUAAAGAAGACGAGGCCGAGCUGUUCCGAAAAUAAUCGACCAUCGGAACAGGCAGCCGCAGCGGCAACAGCAACGGCGGCGGCGGCGGCGGCGGCGGUGGCGGUGGCGGCGGUAGCUGCAGUGGCCGCAGCCCCGGCGGCGGCAUGUACCCACCCCCCGCGCCGCGUCAUUCAUCCCGACGACGACGCCCGCUGUAAAAAUAUCUUCGCUCUCCACUACCGCUAAUAAAAAAAUGUAUAAAAAAACGCGCGCGCGCGCGCGUGCAAUAACCCGCGCGCCCGCCCGCCCGCUCAUCUGUCCUCGUGUAUACUUUCGUUGGUUUAUUGAGUUGAAACACAAUUUUUUUUUAAAGAUAAUCAACAGUCUCCGUGUACAUAAUAUUAUAAUAAUUCGUUUUUCAAUGAAUAUCCGUGCAGUUUUUGCGGUUCCGACGGGACAGGAAUCGAAAGGAGAAGUAGAUCCUUGACUGGAAGUGAGGAGGGGUGGGAUUUGUGACCGCGCACACGCUUAAAAUCAAAAGGACAGUGGUCUUGUUAUACACUCGUACUGCACGCGGAUUAUAAUUUGACUAUUUUAUAUUUAUAACGCGUUACUGUACAGCUCUAGUAAAGCCGGUGGCUCUUUACGCAUGAAACAUACGGGCCACGACAAAAUCGGAUGAUAGAAAGGAGAAAGGUAUUGACGAAAAUCUUCGGUCAAAAGAAAAACAACUGAGUAGAAUAUAGAAUAAUGAAUCAAAAAAUCUUUAUGGUGAAACUAAUAUUGUCGGAAUCUUAAAAAUUACGCGAUCAGUUUAGACUGGACAUGUUUUCAGAUGGAUUAAUUGAACGAAUAAUAAAAUGGAAAUCAAAUACUAGGAGAUUAAAUGGAAGACGGUCUAAAUAAAGAUUGACAGACAGAAUGUAGGAAGAUUUAAGGUUACUGAAUGCGGAAAAACUGCAAAAUAUAGUGAAGAAUGAAAACUUUAUGUGUUGUUGUGGUAAAUGGCAAUGGGUCUAAAAAACCUUUAAUCUGUAAUAGCCGAAGAAAAAUAGCCUCAUUAUUAUCACAUCGGUAUUUCGGUACAUCAACUACACGGUAAUAUACUGGUAUGUUAUAUCAGAAGUAUACUGGUAUUUUGGUACUUUCGUUUAUUCUAGACUUUUGAAUAUUGCGUACGAGUGUAGGUAGGAGAAAGAAAUAAAACGCAGAUUAGAAAUAGCCAAGAUAGUAAUUAUUGAACUGUUUAAGAUAAUAUGAAAAUAUCAUCAGGAGAGAAACAAAGACAUAUCUAAUGAAAACGCUGGUCUUCUCCAUAGCGACAUAUGGCUCAGAAUUAUGGACUUUUAAUGUAUCUCGCUAUAGAAAAAUAUAAAAAUGGAAAUUUUUGAAAUAAAAUUGUAUAGAUUCCAUUGAUAACCUAUAGGAUAAAUGCAUUGAUGUUAGACCAAUUGAAUGUCCGAGUAAACGGACAACUCCUCCCUUUCAAUACAGCGUCUAGAAAAAAUAAUUAUUCCAAGAAAAAUGAAUUUCAAAAUGAAUAGAAGAUAUAUUUCUACUCGAUUUAUAAACUAAGUCAAAGGUUUAACAGGAAUCGAGUCAGGUAGCAGAAUUCAAGCGAAGCAUUGAAAAUCGGAAAAUUUAGAAAAAUAUUACUAAUCUAAAGUUUACUUAAUGACACUCAAGACGUUCUAAAUUGAACUAUAUAUGAAGAAAAAUAGAAGAAAUAUGAUAUGUAACGGCACGUAUAGAGACGUCCUUCGUGGGUUGCGUGAAAGCAAUUUUAACAUUGAUAAACAUUGACAGUUUUAUUAUUAUUAAUCAAUAUUCCAUUUGAAUUAAUUUACAAAUAAAUUUUCAAGUAAACAUAGUUCCGUGUGCCAGGAAUAUAUUUAUCCUUUUAGGGGAGAGGUAUUGGUGACUCAUUUUUGUUUCUCUACCACUUGUCAAUAGAUAAUCACAAUUGAUGAUUUUUCAGCAGGCCCAUGUAUACGAAAGAGGUUGGGGGAUUGGAGUUUAAAACCCCCAUUGUCGUUUUUUGUAUCUUUACAGUUAUUAGGUUUAUCAAAUUAAAAAUAAGUUUAUUUCUAACGGACUACUGAAGUUAAAAAGUAAUCGAAAAAAUAUAAUUUGUGUUCUUUGCUUUUGAUCAAUUAUUAUAUUUUAUAAUCAUAUUUGUACAUAUUAUACGAUAAUAUUUUUAAUAAUACAUCAUCAUGAAACACCACUAUAAAAGUGUUAUUUUCACGUUUUCAUUUAAUACAUACAAAAUUCAUGUUAUUCAUAUAAUACUAUUUACUAAUAUAAUUUAAUCGGUUGCCUCUAUUGUCCCCUCCAAAAAAUAUGUCCUAGCCCGUGUUACUAUUACAAAUAAUAUGGUUAUAAUAGGUUUAUAUUAUGUAGUCGUAAAAUAAACUAAAAUGUUUAUAAAUGAAAACAGUCGUUUAUGAUAAUCGUUUUUAAACACCAAAUAUUAUCAUCACAUUAUAAUAAUAUAAAGUACACAUUUUAUUGUUAUCUGUAUGCUCUUGGAGUAUUUUUUAUCAACAUAGGCUAAGAAAUUCCAACAUUUUUAUAAAAAAAUUUUGAAAACUGAAAUAUUAUACUGAUUACGUUUAAAACCUAUAACCACUUAGUUAACCAUUAUAGAUUCUAAGCGAAGCGAGGAAUGUAUUGCUUUUACUAUAGUGUUUUUUUUUUCUGUAGAUUAGGUCUCUAACAUUAUUCCAGUUGAAAAAUGUAUAGAAAGUUUCUUAUAACCUAGUUGGUGCUUUGCGAAGUUCAUUUUUUGAUUUUUCGUUAUUAAAGGUUAAUUUAGUUGUGUACAGAUAGAAAUGUCAGACAGUUUAGUACAUGACGAGUAUUUUCAAAGUUCGUAAGACCCCCUCUAGGAUUUGGUGCUAGUCGCGCCACUGAAGACGAGUUUAGGAAUAAAAAAAUACGAGAUUUGAAAGAUGUCCUGGAUAAUGGGGACUGGUAGAGCCACUGUUGUAAGUGGGAAGUUGUGAAGUUAGGAUACAGAAGACAAUUUAAUGUAUAUCUGUAAGCAAUGAUAAACCAUUGCUAACGAAAAAACGAUUCUGAACGGAGUUCAGUUAAUAGUGAUGCAUUAUCAACAAUAUAUAUUAUGCUAUAUUAUGGUAAAAUAAUUAAAUAGGCAAAAUGUAUGUCUUUUAAUUAUACUUAUUGAUCCAAUUUUACCGUUUUUCCACUUUUUUUACAUUUGUUGAGAAAAUUCCUAAGAGUAUUGGAUAAUGACCACUCUAACAUACCCUCCAGUCAAAUUUUCUUUUAGAAAGAGUGCUGUCAUUGUAAAUCUGAGCAAAAUUUAAUAUUAAAAAUAAACGUCUUUGUAAAACCAUAAGUUUCUUCGCUCCACUCAGAAUUUAAAAAAUCGAAAAUGCCAAACGCCUGUCAAAUGCUUAACAAUUUUCAGAAUGUUUUGAAAACUACCACGUCUAGAAAAUGACAAUAUAUGUAUCCUAAGAUAAAGUCGGGUAUCAAUGAUUAUUUUCUAUUGGAAUUGAAUGAAAAAAUAAAAUAAAAAUAAAUGAGACCAGUAUUUCGUUAUAGUUUCUUGGGUUUUCCCGGUUUUUCUCAGUUAUUAAAAAAACUAUAAUGAAAUAAUAUUUAAAUAUCGAUUUAACUGUACCUAUUUAAUGAAAAACAAAAGUACCUAUUUAGUAAAUAAUAAUUAUUAUAAAAAGGAUGGACAUACUUCGCACGAUGGGUGCCAUUGAUGUUUGUUUGGACUGAAAAGUUGAGAAUGUAGGACAUAGAGAGGAAAUUAAUUUGUAUCUAUAAGCAACGAUAAACCAUUGCUAACGUAAAAACAAUUCUGAGCAAAGUUCAGUUGAUAGUGAUGCUUUGUCAACAAUAUGUAUAUUAUAUUAUGGUAAAAUAAUUAAAAAGGCAUUAUAUAUUUUCUUUAAUAAUAUUUGUUUAAUGUAAUACCGAUUUUUCCGUUUUUUCUACUUUUUUCCCGUUUUUUUCAGGUUUUUCAAAUUUGAUGGGAAAACUCUUGAGAAAAUCGAUAAAUGGCCUGUUUAAAGUACCUUCCCACACCGAUUUCCUUUCAGAAAAGGUUUUAUGCUUGAAAAUAUGAGCAAGUCUUCUGGUAGAAAAGUUGCGCACUGAAAAAAAAAAUAAACAAAUAAACAUCUUUGUAAAAGUAAUAAGCUUCUACGUUCCACUUAGAAUCUAAAACCAAUAUAAACCUCAAAACAAAAAAAUCACACGAAAUACUGAUAAUGGUAACUUAAAAUUAUUUAGGCCUAACACAAACCUAAUCAAAUUGUUUUAUAUACAUAGAGGAAUAAAUCUAUUUAACGAUUUACCGAAGAAUAUUAAACUUAUUAACAAUAAACAACAAUUUAAAAUAGAAAUCAAGACAUGCAUACCAUGUCUAUUUCACAAGUAGUCUUAUUUAUAACUUAACAAACUGUAUAGAUAGUGUUAAGUUAAAUUUGAAUUAUAAAUUUAUAAUGAAUUAAUUAAAUAUUAAAUAGUUAGAAACUAAAACCUAACCUAACUUGAGUAUUUAUUUUAACUCCUUAAUAAAGUUGCGUUAACAAUAGUGAUGUAGUUGUAAAUAUAUAUUGUAUGAAGUUAAUUUGAACUAAAAUUAUUAGUUACUUUUACUAUCCCAGAUGGGUUACAACAAAAGAUUACUGUUAACUACAUAGCGUAGUCAAGUCAACAUUCCUUAGGCCCUAAGCGAAAUUUAACACUCAAAUGUGUAUGGAAUUGACUAAGUACUUUAAAUAAUCUCAUAGUUUUAUGAAUAUAAAUUCUCUACUCCCAUCACAAGCGAUGGUUACAGCGGGAGUAUAUUUCAACAAUUAAAAUAACAUUAAUUAAUUAAGUUAUACAUAAUUGUAAUAUCAAUUUAAAUGUUUUGAUGUAAAUAAAAAUAAAAAAAAAAUAAAAAAAAAUUAUUAUUAUUUAUUUUACUACUAAGGAAUAUCAACGAAAAAUAAUUUUGACCGAGAUUCGUACCAUAUAGAUACUAUAUAUGAAAAUUGAUAAUAAUAUAUAGGUACAGAGAUACUGACAUAAUAGUAUCUACCAAAUAAAAACUCGCUAACAAGUUUUUAAAACUUGUACCACAUUUAGAAAAGGCAAAUAUAAAUUUUCUUUCAAAUUUCAAGUCUCUAAGAAUAUUUUUAACUGAAUUACAGUAAAAAAAGUUGAAAAUAUAAAAACCAUAAUUUCUGUAAAUCGUAUCGUUCUUUUUACGUAAUUUUCCAGUUUUUCAUAAUUAUUAUGAAAACUACUUGAAAAAUUAAAAAACGACUAACUUCAUCGCUAAUUAAAUCGAAAAUACAACAAAAAGCAUCUCUAGAAAUGUUUUGAUUAAUUCAAUAUUUCUGGUUGAAAACAUAGUACGUACAAAUUAAAAAAAAAUAAUUAAUUGGUAACGCCGUCGCGCAUUAUAAAUAUUUGGCAUUUGUCUAUAAUUUUGUUUCCGGUUUACCGCAAUUAUUUUAAAAACUCAAAUGAAAAACUAUUGCACCACCUAGGUGUACAAUUUUCUUUUAGAAAACGUGCUACACUCAGAGCAAGUUUCCUAUUUGAAAAUUUGUUUACAAACCGAAAAAAAAUAUACACUUUAUAGUAAAACCAAUAGAUCUCUUGCUCCGUUAUAAAUCUAAAAAUAUAUAGAAAACAAGAAUCUUAACAGUAUAAUGUACGUUUUAUUUAUAAUUUAUGUUUUUAUUAUGUUAAGUGAAAUGAUAACACGUACCAUUAUACCUUGUAGAUUUCGUUUUCUUUUAAUUAAUAAUAUAUUAUAUAGUAAUAUAACGUAAUACACUACGAACCUAGUAUAGUAUAUAUGUAUAUGUAGUUUACUUGUAUAUAAUAUGGAGUUAUGUGGUGUAUGGUUUAAUUUCGUCAACAAAAGCCCUGCAUAAUAUGAGGAGGGCUGAUGGUCGUUUUUAAAAGGAUUUUAUAAUAAAUUGUUAAUUAAACUUAAUGCAAUGGUUUUCGUCCUCAUAAAGUUCCCCAAUAUCUCCAUCUAGGUAAUAAAACAAUAAAAAACAAAAGAAUAGGAAAUUUAAUAUACUUUUCAAAAUGGAAUUACAUCGUGUUUGUAUCUACAAAUAUUUUACUGUAGGAAAUGUUCGUUUAAUUUAUCAAAUUUUGACGGUAUUUAUAUAGGUAUACGAGUUUUGGGGAUGUUACUUAACGAUAUUUCAUUUUUGGUAUUUAUUAAACGGGUGGGUACUUUUAAACGAAAUUAAGGCAGCAUUAUAUUAUACAAUGCAUUAGUUAUACAUUUAACUAACUCCGAUCGAUCAUCUAUAAUCGUUUAGCUAUCCGGAGAGAAAUAAUUGAAAUAACGCAAGGGAUUUAAAUAUUAAAUACCAUUUAAAAUGUAAAACAUUUUUUCUAUUUUAUUAUUAUAUUAAUAUGUUCCUGCGCACAGGACAAUAUAAAACUAGUAUUUAUAAGUUAAUCUAAGUACAUAAAUUAUUCACGGCGGUUUGAAAAAUUUUUAUUUUGGAACUAUAUGAGAGUAUGUUUAAAUCACAAAUAGUACCUUUGUAACUUAUUUAUCGAUUAGCAGUGUAAAAAGUAAAUAUACAAUUAUAUAUAUAUAUUCGUAUAUAUAUUGGGUAUAUAAUAGGUACAAAUUUAAAUUUAUUUUUUAUCCGUAUAGUAUUAAUUUAUAAAUAUAAGGGAUUUUGAUAUUUUUCACUAUUUACGAAUAAACCGCGGAAAAAUGAUUCGCGGGAUUUUUUACCGUCCUCUACCUCUACACGUAUUAUACAUUUUUUCGUUCGGGAAUUUUUAAAACCUAAUAUACAUAUUCAUGAAUACAAAUUGGUAAAAUAAAUUAAUAAAAUAGACAGCUGCUGCAGUUAUCCCAUAUUACUACUAAAAUUUGAAUAUAAAUUCGAAUUAUGAAUUGAUUACUCGAACACUUCUUCCUCUGGUAAAUCAUCUCACAAAACGAGUAUGCAAAUAAAAUAUUAUUAUUAUAUUAACGAAAUCAUCGAUAUUAUUAUAAUACCGUUCAGUUUAGUAUAGAAUUUUUGAUGCGAAGAAAUAGUAAAAGUGUAUUAAAAUACUGAUUUCCCAAAACACUGGCAACAGAUUCUGCAUGUGUUCACCGUGUACAAUGAACAUUCAUUACAUAUACAUAUUUUAUUAUAAAUAACUAGGUAUACUGUGCAGUCAGUGGCGUAGUUAGAUGGGAAAGGCUCUCAGGGCAGUUAAAAAACUAAUCCCUGAAGCUAGUAAAAUCUUUAUGGAAAUUUUAAAUAUACCUACACCUAACAUUGUUCUUUUCAAGCAUGAAUACUUACUAUGGGACUAAAUAUAAAGGUAAUAAACAACUUAUUAAUAAAUAUACAAAGUAAAAAGAAAAUCCAGUUUAUCAUAUUAUAUAGUAUACUAUACUAUUAUAAUAAAUUAUUUGUUAUGCGUUACUGUUGAUUGAUGUACUGAUAUAAAAAUAUUGGUGUUUGAUAAUAUUUGACUUGACAGUAUAAUUAUAAUAUCAAUAGACUAUUUUACAAUUUAUUAUUGUUACCAUUAUUUUUUUAUGUAUGUAAACAUGUUAUUCGGCCAUCUUUAAUUGUGGACCGCGGUGGUCGUGGUACAAUAAAUUACUAUAUGACGGCGAACACUGUUUAUUGUAUAUUAUUGUGUGUACUAUUAUUCUGUUUUAAUACCGAUUGAGACUGGAAUUACCACGUAAGAUUUGAAACAUUCACUCUUAAAUCUUCUUCCUUCGGCCUUUUAAGACCAUUCCAUCAGACAAAUUAUCUUCCCGCUCUCUCAAUCUUCCGCCAUUUCUCUCCAAUUUAUCUCUGGGUCCUCUGUCUCUGCAUCCUUUUUAACACAAUCCUCCUAUCCAAGGUGUGGUCUCCCCAGCGGCAUAUUCCCCAUCGGAUGUUCAUUGAUUACAGCUUUAAUCAAUGUGCCAUUUUGUCGUCAAGCAAGGCUCUCCUAAUACACGGUUUUUGGAAUAGAUUUUGGAGUUCUUCAUUAUGCCGUCUUUUCCAAUUUCCUGUUAAAGCAUCCCGGUACGGACCAAAUAUAAGCUUCAGCAUUUUCCUUUCAAAAACUGCCAGUCUCAGUUCGUCCGUCUUUCUUAGAGUCCAUAUUUCAGAUCCAUAUACAAGGAUAAGCCGUAACAAUUAUUAUUAUUAUUUCUUAAACACUCUUAAAAAUUUUAAAUUUGCAAUUAUUUUAUGGAUGUAAUUUUAGAAUUUUGUCUAAAUACCCCGAGGUCCCGCUUUGGAGCUUCUACACUUUGCCCUAUUAUACCUAUGCCACUGUGUGUAGUUUGAGCAAGCACAAUAUUAUAAUAUACAUGUGUGCAUACGUUUGUGUAUAAGUCACGAAAAUUGUUGUUUUGUUCAUAUAUUAGAUUCCGAGAGAAGCGAAAAAGUAUUUAUUUUUUACUAUGAUAUGUGUUAUUUUUCGUUAGGAAAACACUUUUACGGUUAUUAAAAAUAUUCCAAUUUUAGAUUCUGAGUGAAGCGAAGAAGCUCAUGGUAUUACAAAGAUGUUUAUUAUUUUUUUCUUUUGUGGACAAAUCUUCUACCGCCAAUUUUUCUCCGAUUUACAACAGUUGUAUAUUUUCUGAAAGGAAAUCUGACUGGGUAGGUACUUUAUAAAGGUCAUUUUUUUGUUUUCCCAGCAAAUAUGAAAAACCGGGAAAUACGUAGGAAAAACAGGAAAAUCGGAUCUAUAAAUAUAAUUAUAGGAUAUAUAUUACUAUAUAACUAUAUUAUAUAGUGCCUAUUUAAUUAUUUUACCAUAAUAUGAUGUACAGGUUGAUCCACAAAGAUAUACCCCUUAAAUAUCUCCGUAGAUAACCUUCGCGGGACAACCUGUGUCCCACAAGGAUUCGAAAAAUGCAAUAACUUUUGUUGUAUGCCUCAGCGCUACAGUUUAUAUAUGUACAUUUUUUUUAAGGGGAGGGAGACUUAAUAAAAUUUUUUUUUAAAUAUUUAAAAUAUCCAUUUUAAUAGAUUUUUAGAAAAUUGUCGUGGUUAAAACUUUUGUUAUAGAUUUUUUGAAAAUUUGAAUAAUUUUAUUUUCAAUCAUAACAACAUAAAUUACCAUUAUUAAUUGAAUGAAACUACCUAAUAACUAUAAUAAGGUAAUAUUUACAUUUGCAAAUACUUCAAAAAAUCGUAGAAAAUAAAAGACCGUACUGAAACAAAAGUUUCAAUUACAAAAAAUAUUCGUAACAUUUAUUUUACAAAAUGUCUAUUUUGAAUUUUUUUAAAAAAAUUACAGUACAAUUUUAAAUUAUUUAUCUUAAUUACUCCUCCUCUAAAAAAAAAUGCUACAAUUUUGUAGCACUGAGGUAUACUAAUUAUUUAAAAAAAAUGUAUAUCAAAAUUAUUGAAUAGAACAAAAGUGAUUGCAUUUGACGAUUCCUCGUGGAACACUGUAUACAUUGUUGACAAAGCAACACUAUUAACUGAAUUCCGCUCAGAAUCGUUUUUUUGUUAAUCGCGUACAGAUAUACUUUAAAUUUCUCCUCUCAUACCUUUCUAACUUCUCAUCUACAAAAAUGGCUGCACUCGUCCCUAUUAUCCUUAGACAGCUCUUUUAAUGUUUUACGUUAAAAGAUGUGGUUUUUCGCUUCUUUCAAAAUUGUCAACGGUCCUUUGUUAGGUUGUUUUUCUCGGAAAUACAUUUUUUCGGUUAGCAUACUUACUGAAAUUUCUUAAUUAUCCAUAUUAUUAUCGCGACUUCUUUAUCCAAUAGUAUUUUGUUUGAAAAAUAUCUAUAUUUUCAACAGUUUUUCUACAUUCAAUUUAUAAAAAUUAACAACAAAUUUCGAUACAUCGGUUUUGUUUUUAUCAAUUUCUGGGUUACCUCAAUUACGAAGCAAAAAAUCCAGACUAAUAAUACCAAUACCAUUGAUUAAAAUAUACAUAUAUAUUUAAUAAAUCCCGUUUUAAGCCCAUUAAACAAAAAUAUGUGAAGUUAUUUAAAACAAAGUUUUUGAUAUUUAGUUGAACGGUUUUAAUCGAGAAUGGGAUUUUAAAACGUUACUUUUUGAAACUUGUCGAUACGUUUUACAAUAGGUAUAUUAGGUUAUGAUACUUUAACCUAACCUUAUAAUUAUUAUGUAAUGUAAUGACUUGACCUAAUCUAACUCCGCUCAGAGUCAGUUAUUAUAUUAUUUAUUAUAAUUAUUAUAAUAUUUAUAAUGAGCAUUUUAUAAAUUAAAUUACAACUCUUUGUCCAAAUUUAUUAAUUCAUUUUUCAGGUUUUUCCAUCAUCAUUAUCGAUAUUUUCUGUCUAAUUGUCCAACACAUACUCAGUGGUAAUCAUGGUAACUUGGACCAAUUGGUCCGAUCGAUAAGACUUCUGAAAAUAGAAAUGCAUAUGCGAGAUCGAUCAAACAACUUUCUCGAAUAUUUUAGUCUUUAAUUUUUAUAAGUUUAUUUGGAGAUUAAAUAUAUAUAAAUCGUAAGACGGAGGGUUAAAUACCCCAAUACAUUUUUCAAAAAUUGUAGCGUACCCCUACAACUUAUAUUUUAUUUUAAAUAGUUUAUUUAAAUCUCAUUGUCUGUAUUCUUUCAUUUAUCCAAAUUAAAUCAUCGUUAAAGGCUAACCUACCUAAUAAAUUAUUUAAUUAUUUUUUAUUUUAUUAUUAAUACGGCUGUAGCCCAAAGUACAGUACAAAUUUAAUAUAAAAGAUAACAAUUAAAAAUAAAAAUAUACAAAUAAAAUGAGACAAGUCAUAUAUGCAGAACAAUAAUAAUGAUAUUUAAAAUUAUGUUGUAUUCUCUGGAAAAAAUAUGCUUUCUACAGAUUUCCUAUGGGAGUUGAGAAUGUACAUUAUACAUUUGUCCUUUUUUCGAGUUUAUCCCAGUUUUAAAAAUACAAGGAAAAUAAAACAAAUGAUUUUUUUUAUUACACUAACUCUUAAUAUACAUAUUUUUUACCAGAAAAUAACCGUAAAGUUGAUGAUUGGGCCAUCAUUGGGGGCAUGAUUUCUGGAAGAAUAUUUGUUUAUAGACAGAAAAAAAAAUUGUAUAUAGUAAAUCUAUCACACAGUACAUAUAUAAGUAAAAACUUAAUCUAGAAGUACCUAGUAUAGGGUUUUUUUUUUAUGCAUUUUUAAUCUCUGAAUAAUGAUUAAACAUACUUCGCACGUGGGGCGCAGCCACUGUUGUAAGUGGGAAGUUGAAAAUAUAGGAUACAGAAGGGAAUUUAAUAUAUAUCUGUACGCAAUGAUAAACCAUUGUUUACGAAAAAACGAUUCUGAAGUUUAAUAGUAAUGCUUAAAUUUAGAAUAAAGACAUAUAAUAUAAAGAUUAAAAGAAGUUAAAAGAAUGUAUUGAAAUCGAAAUUUAUUUUUUUUUAAUAUAGCUGGGUCUGGUAUUGUUUUUUUUAACAAUGUACGUUUCCGUGACAACAAUGAUUGUUUAAAAAAGAUUAAAAUAAUAAAAACUUAAUAAAAAAAAAAUAGUAAUAAAAACAGUUGCCAAUGACUACCUUAUUUGUAAUCUUUCAAUCUUUUUUAACCUAAAGAACCAGUUUUCCUCUUUAUCUCGAAUAUUAAUGACUAUUUCAAAAAAUGACCUUUUUAAAGUACCACCCGGAGAACAUUUCCUUUCAGUAAAGGUGAUAUAUUUGAUAACUGGAGUAAGCUUUCUGGUAAAAAAAAGUGUUUAUAUAAUAAAAAUAAAAAUAAACACCAUUUCAAAAGCAAUACAUUAAUCGCUCUGCUUAAAAUCUAAAAAAUCUGUCAUUUAUGUGUACCCAUUAGAAAAAAAUAUCUACAUUUUCGUUUUGUAUUAUAAUCUACUUUAAGUAGUACGGCGUAUUAACCCAUCAAACAGUCUACUUAUAGGAAUUUUUAUCGGGUAUAUUUAUAUAUUUAAAACGUGCUGGUACUAAGGACGGGUGUAGUCACUGUUGUAGGUGGGUAGUUAGGAAGGUGGGAUAUAUAAAUUUAUUUAAUUUAUAUCUUUAAAACUAUAACCAUCAAUUAACCAUUAAGUUGCCAGAUUUGGUGGUUUCCAGUCAAUUGUGUAUUCUCAGACAGUUAAAUAAUGGCUGAACAAUUUUUUAACUUGAGGUAUGCCGUAAAUUGGGCGAUGAAUAAGGUUGUCACUUUAUCGGGUUUUACCUGGAUAAUCCGGUUUUACAUAUAAAAGUUCAGUAAAUUAUUCUGGUAAUAACUUUUUUUUUUUUGUAGUUGUGGUUUGGGCACUGCCGUAGAGCCCUCUAUGCAGUGAAAUCUCUUAUCAAUUUGGCAAAAUUGCGGCUGGUGCCUGUAUGGCUGCACAAUGAUGCGUUAGGGUGAUAGGCCGUUAUAAUAGGCCAUUCUAACCUAACUGAUCCAUAGUUCAUGGAACAUUGGAACAUUAAAAUAAAAAUCCAAUAAAAACCUACCUAUUAUUCAGUUACAGUUCAACCUUCAUUGCUGUCGGUCGUGUUUUAAUCAUACAUUUCGUCUGUUCGUUUUUGUUAUGUAAUCGUUAUUUUUCUUUAUUAUUUUUGAUAUACGUUAUAUCUUUCUAUUUGCCUGCUUAUAUAAAUAUUAGAUAAUUAAAUAUGAAUACUAUAAAUGAUAAUGCUUCAAAUAUUGUGGACAGUUCUACUAAUACCAAUGAUAAAUUGGACAAAUUAAUUAAAGUUAUGAAUGAUAUGCAAUCUACGAAAAACAGAUUAAUUUCUUCGUUCAACUCUCACCGUUAGGAAAAGAAAAAUCAAGACAAAAAGUUCACUGAUAUUGAAGGUAAACUGGAUGUUGUAACCAAGUAUUUUGAAGACUUGUAGAUUGAAAAUAAAGUUCUACAAAAUAAAAUUGAAAUACUUAGAUCUUAAGCUGGCGAUAUUUGAAUCAUGUAAUUCUAAUUCUUCAUUAGCUAAUCAUGAAGAAAUUGUAUCUGAAAUUAUUGACCGUCAAGCUAGAUAUCAAAACUUUAUUUUAUUUAAUGUUCAGGAAAACUACUCUGGUUCUCAAAAUAAAAUUUAUGUAGUUUAUGAGGUAUUCCGUCAAAUCGAUGCCACUGCAGUUCCGUUAAAUGUACUUCGACUAGGUAGGAUUUCAAAUAAUUGUCGGUCUAACGGGGUUACACUACCGAAUAAACAUGAUAUUUUUAACAUGUUAAAAAACAAAUUUAAGUUACGUGAAAACUUAAAAUAUAUCAUUAUAUUUAUUGAUUGAUAUUUAGGUGAGCGUAAACAUUUCAAAAAAUUAAAUGUUUUUUUAGAAAUAUUGCACUGAUGGACUAUGAUACCAUUAUACUAACAGAAACUUUGAUACAUAAUGAAGUCAAUGACAAUGAACUUGGUCUUAUCUCAAAAUACACUGAUUUUAGUUGUGAUCGUGAUAGCGUCAUGAAUUGCAAUAUCAGAGGAGGUAGAGUGUUAAUUGCGGUCAGAAAUCACCUACAAUGUAAUCAUACUCUACUUCAAAACAACAACAUCGAGCAAUUAUUUAUAAAACUUUCUAUGGGUUCAUUCACUUUAUUAAUUGGAUCGGUAUACAUUCCUCCAAAUUCCAGUGUAGAUAUUUAUAAUGACCAUUUAGAUACUGUAAGUAAAUGGUUAAAUUUAUCAUUAUAUUCUAAUGUUAUUUUAUUAGAAGAUUAUAAUCUACUGGGUAUACAAUGGUCGUUAGUAAACAAUACAAUUUUCCCUAACGUUUCUCAGUUUAAUAAUUUAUUAGCUAAUGACCUGGCUAAUUUCUCUCAUCUUAAUCUAAAACAGUUAAAUUUGGUAAAAAAUCAAGCUAGUUCUAUACUUGACUUAAUUUUGUCUAAUGCUUAUAAUAUAGUUGUUCUUAAUGAAUCAUUAUCAUUGUUACCCAUUGAUUAUAUGUAUCACCUUGCUUUAACUAUCGAAUUUCCAACCAUUGUAAAAUUUAGAAACACUGAGUUAUAAUGAAAUUUUUUACGAUUUGUCUAAUUAUAAUUUUAAUGCUAUACGUUUAUCAUUAGCGAUUAUAGAUUGGUUUUCAGUUUUCGAUAAAUUGUUAACUAACAAUGCGUUGAUAUUUUUUAUAAAAUUAUGUUUUUGAUAAUUGAUGAAAAUGUUUCAAAAAACAACUUUUGCAGUUCAAAAUAUCCUUCUUGGUUCAAUUCUAUGUUGAGGGAUCUGAUUUUAGGAAAGAAAUAGCUCAUAAAUUGUAUAAAACUACUCUCACUUAAUUAAAUUAUAAAAUAUUCUCUUACCUUCGAUCUAAAUGUAGGGCUCAAUCAAAAAUCAAUCAUAAUAAAUACAUUUCAGAAACAGAAAAUGUUUAAUAUCAUGCCCUAAAAACUUUUGACACUAUUAAAUCAACAUGCUCUUCUCAGUCUUUUCCAGCAUUAAUGUAUUAUAUGAAUCAGUGUAUUAGUGGAGGUGAUAAACAGUUGCCAGUUUUUCUAAGGACUUUUCCAGCGUUUAUGUCAACUCAAUAAAUAUAACAUCGUUAAACAACCCCGCAUUAUCGGAAUUUAUUACUAACUAUUCAAAUUUAAAUUUAUCUUCGCGUGUUUUAAAUGCUACUGAUGUUCUUGACGAGUUGGAUACGUCGACUUCAAAAACUAGUCCAGGCGCGGACAUGCUACCUAGUAAUUUCAUUCUAAAUUGUAAAUUUGUUUUAGUUGUCCCUUUAUUAUACUUACAUAACUUAUCCUUAAAAACUGGUUGUUUUUCAUGCACGUGGAAACUAAGUUUUAUUAUCCUUAUUUCUAAAGAAAAUGAUGUUACUAAUAUAAUAAAUUACAGACCUGUUACAUUAAUAUCAAUAAUAUAUAAGAUUUUUGAGUCAAUCAUAUUAAAAAAAAAUACCACUUCUUGUACCUUUAAUAAGUCUGGAUCAACAUGGUUUUAUUAAAGACAGAUCAACGGCUAGAAAACAGUUAAUUUUUCAAAAAAUUAUAUUAGGCGCUUUCUCACACGGUUAUUAGGUUGAAGUAAUUUUUUCAGAUUUCUCAAAAGCUUUUGAUAAAGUCGACCAUUCAAUUCUAAUAUCAAAACUAUGUGUCAUUGGAAUUUGUGACCCCCUCCUUUCUUGGAUUUCUUCUUACAUUUCAGAUAGGAAACAAAUAGUCAAGUGUAAACAUUUUAAAUUGUUUCCUUUCACAGUAUUAUCUGGUGCACCCCAAGGUCUACACUUUACUCCGAUUAUAUUUCUGCUAUUUAUAAAUGAUUUAAAAUUGUUAAAUUCUAGAGAAUUUCUAUUCGUCGAUGAUAUGAAAUUGUUUAGUCUUAUAAAAAAUACGAAUGAUAUAUGUUUAUUAAGGAUGAAUUAAAUUCUUUAGCUAAUUGGUGUGCUAUUAAUAAAUUACCAUUAAAUUUAGAUAAAUGCAAAAUUAUGAAAUUCCACACGGUCUCGUAACUCAAUUCGUCACACCUACAAUGUACUUAAUCACCUAUUAAUUUGCAUAAAUUAAUUUUGUGAUCAUGGUGUCAUAUUUGAAUCAAAUCUAUCUUUUAAUCAACACAUCCAACAUAUUAUCAAUAAAUCUUCUUCGAUAUUAGGCUUCAUUACGAGAGAUUGUAAAGACUUCAAAAAUCAUAGUACAUUAAAAACUCUAUUUACGUCUUAAGUGAGAUCUAAGCUUUAAUAUAAUUCAGUAGUUUGAUCUCCUUACUUAAAUUCAUAAAUUCAAUGUAUUGCGAAUGUCCAAAAUCGUUUUCUUCGAUUCAUGUCUUAUAAAUGUAAUACGUGUACCUCAACCUUAUAAACCAUUAUUAAAUACAUUUAAUAUCUUGAGCUUAUCUAACAGAAAAAAAUUAAUGAUCUAAUAUUUUUGUUCAAACUGCUAAAUUCAUUUUUUUUUAUUGUCCGGAGCUAUUAAGUUUUUUAAAUUUUUCUAUUCCUUAUUUUAGAACUAGGUCUUCAAUCAACACUAUAUUCUGUCUAAACAAACACAAAACCAAUUAUGCUUUAUCCGCUCCACUAAAUAGAGUGAUGUCUAUCGCUAAUGAUGAACAGAUUGAUGUUUUUAAUUAUAAUUCUGUUAAUUCUUUCAAAAUUUAUGUUAGAAAACAUUUUUAUUAGACUUAUUUUUUGUGAUUUUUAGUUUUAAGUAUGUAAUAUUCUUUAAAAAUUUUUUUUUUCAAGAGUUAUUUAUACUAUAUAUCCAUGCACUAAUUUAUUUAUUUUUUGUAAUUGGGUUGUGGGUUCUUACCCGUAAAUAAAUAAAUAAAAAUAAUAAUAAUAUGUUAUUUCUGUUAUUAUAUUUAUAGCUAAUACCAUUGGUUAUACAUAUUAUAAAUAUUGAUUAUAAAUUAUAUUAAACUAAAGAUUAGGUACCUAUAUAUUAAAAUAUCUUAGGGAGACCUCUUAAGCUUUCCCUAUGUAUGUUUGUGAGAACGAUUUAUAAUGAAUCACGGGUCAAAUUUUCAAGAAUAUCUGUUUAAGUUAACAAUUUUAUCUAUAGAAAAACUAUCAAAUAAAAAUUACGUAAAAAACUCGCAAAAUUAAAAUGUCUAUAAAUAGCUCUAAAAUGGCUCAAAUGUUUUGAACAUUUUUACCAUGUUUAGAAAAGGCAAAUAUAAUUUUUUGUUAAAAUUUCUAGUUUCAAUGAAUAUUUUUAACUGAAUUAAAUUAAAAAACAAAAUUGAAAAUAAUAAAAGAAUUAUUUUCGUAAAUUUUCUGGUUCUUUCUAAAUUUUUUAGUUUUCCUAAAUUAUUAUUAAUGAUUAAAAGUUAAAAGAUUAAAAAUGCAACAAAAAAAGUCUGUUGUCAUUUUUUUAUUAGAUCAAUAUUUCUGGUAGAAAACAUCCUGUAUAUAAAUUUAAAAUAAUAAAAUUAUUUUAAAAACUCCUUAGAAAAUCGAAAAAUAAUCUCCUCUAUUUCGCUACAAGAUUUCUGAUAAAAAAAUUACUCACAGUCAUAAAAAACACACACCGUAGUAAAAAAACUUAAAAACUUAAAAAAUUUAAUUAAUUUUCUUUUUUUUCAUUUUUUCAUUUUAUGGCAUCUAUAGUUUGUUUUAAGAUUUGUUAUAUCAGUGGUGACUCACCUUUACUACAGAGGGCCAUAAAAAAAAAAAUAAUUCUUGUGGACCAAGAAUUUAAACAUUCACUUUUAAGUUGAUAAAACAAAAAUAAAAGUUGAUUAUAUUUUAUUGUAGGUAUAUCUUAAUAUAUAAGUACAGUAUAUAGUGGUAUAUUUAAUUAUUUAUUAUUUAUUGAUUGUUAUAAAUAAGAAAAAAAUUUUAAGUUUAUAAACCUAUCUUUUUUUUAAUGUGAGUGUUAAUUUUUGAAAUUUGAAGUUAUUUUUUUUUUCAAUUUUGAUAUACUAUGUUUAACUGAUAAAUAAAUAAUCGCUGGCCAAAUUUGGCCCAUGGGCCGUAGUUAAUCACCACUGGGUUAUAUUAUAGCGCACAAUUCAGUUAUUUUCAGUGCUAUAAAAUCCGAGCCCUGCUCAUAACCCUGAAAUAAUAAUAAUAUGAUUUUUAAAAAAAAAUGUUUAACCAUCUGUAGACUAGUUCAAAAAUGUAAAUAUGUUCCUCCACGCUUCUCUAUUUAUAGCAAAUUCCUUCAAUUCUUUAUACGUGAUACAGUUCCUAAAUCUAACAUAAUCUGCUUCAUAUGUAAGACUUGGUCUUAGAGUUACCCGUGCAUGGCUCGACUUGUCUUCUAUAUCCAUUCGUUUGUUUACUCCAUAAUUCUCGUCCAUGUCGACUUGUUUUCAUCAUAUAUCACUACAAUAUAAUAUAAUUCAUAUUUGUGUAUAAAUUUGAAUUGUGUUUUAAAAUUUCUUAAAAAUAAAACAUUGAAACCAUUGAGUAUUCGAUUUAAUAAUAAUGUGUUUUUUUAUUUGUUUUUUAGUAUUAAACGUGUUAUCGUAUAAUCAAAGUCGUCGUAUUAUCUCGUAUACUCUGCAAUGAUAAGAGUGCGAAAAAAGUGCGGUCGUGCCGCUGGAUGCGGCUAAUCAAUGUGUGUCGUCGACAAAAACAACAGCAAAAUCAAAAAUUACAACGAUAAAACCAAAAACAACAGCGACGACGACAAGGACAAUAACAAAAACAAUAAUAAUAAUAAUAAUAAUAACGCGGUGACAGCAAAAACAACGAUCGGUGACCGGUGGCGCACUACGACGACGACGACGACGGGAAACGGCGGACGGCGUGACCGUAGCCGUCGGAUAUCAUCAUCUUGAAAACGGCAUCCACCGCGGUUGUGGUGGUGAUUGCGAUCGUCUUCGCGUCGUCGUCGUGGUCAUCAUCGUGGUGUUGUUGGUGGUAGUGCGUUGGCGCGACAACCACGGCCGGCUGCAAACUGACCGGCUGCGGUUGCUGUUACCUUCCGGCGAUCUGUUGUCUGGCCGCCGUGAUCACGUCGCUGUCGCUCAUGCGCUCCCGCGCGGCCGCGUUCACCGACGUAAACGCGACGAUCGACGUAAACGCAACAACCGACCUCGUCCUGCAUACUGUCGUCACCGCCGCCGGCCGUGAUGUCGUUCGCGGCCAAGUGGUCGAAGCUGCCGCUGCCACCGUCGCAACCACCGCCGCAGCCGCCACUGCGACUGUCGUGAUAGCGACCGCGGAUAACGCGACGACCGCCGCCGCUGCUGACACAUUAUUCCGUCAACCCACUUCGCCGCCGUCGCCACUGCCACCACAUCAAUACCAACAUCAACCGCCUAACCGGACAGACCCCUCCACCGACAAUGACAGAGUCCAUCGUCAAUCUCAGUCCCGUGAGUAUAGAGAUGCAUUAUAAAAUUAUAAUAAUUUUAUCACCAUAUUAUAAUAUGCAAUUUUUUCAGAGAGUGUCCAUCUUAGAUUAUAUAUUACGGACGUAGCUAUACGUAGAAUUGCUCUACCACAUUGUGUCCAACAUCAUUUCCACUAUCUUUAAAAUUGCAUGGUACACGACACAACUGCGCAUGCCCGGAAAUCAGUAUCAAACAAUUUGGUUUUAUUUUCAACUGUAUCAUGUAUUAUUAUUACAGUAUCAUUCGUCAUAAGCCGCCAGUUGAUUUCUGGACAUGUGCAUUUGUAUCGUGUACCAUGCAAUUAUAAAAAUAACGAGGAUGACGGACACAAUUUCGGUGUACGCAUAGCCACACCGUAGUAUAUGAUCUAAGGUGUCUAUAGUGUUUAGAUUUUAUUACAUUUAUCUAACCAACUACCGUACUUUAAGUUAUAGACGCCUAAACUAAAUACAAAUCUCGUUUAAUUAUACAAUAAUUUGAUAGUAAUUUUGAUCAAAUGUGUGUGUUUUUCUUUCAAUGUUAUCACCGGGUCUAGGACAAAUAGGCGCGGCCUUUUGGAUGCCAAAAAAAAAAAAAGAUAAUAAUUAUAAUACAAAUAUAUAUAUUAUAUAUUAAAUAUAAAUUCUGAAUAUCUGAAAAACUGCAUUCUAUAUCAAUACUAUGAUAUAACACAACAAAAUAUUGGUUUAAUGUUAAUAUUAUUGAAUGAUUAUUACCCACAAAUUAAGAUAUACAGAAUAUCGAACGAAUGUGUGAUAAGUGAAGGUCGAACCUUCUUACUUUUGACAAGGCCAUUUACACUAUCUAGUGUACUCUUUACAAACUAUGUCAAUAUCUAUUAUAGAAUAGAUGUGCAAUUUAUUACAUACCCUACUCCUUCAGUAUAAAAUUUAAACGGGUUUUAGUUGAUUUUCAUACCAAUUUUGUCUUAUAGCUGUAAUUCCAAACAGUGAGAAUUGGGCGGACUCAAAAAAACAUUGAUAAGACCUUUCCGUACGGUAUAUACCUUAAUUUGUGGUAAGACCUAUUAUUAAAUUUUAUUAUUGUAUAAUCUUAGUGGAUAGAUAUUAUUCGGACAUUAUAUGAAUCGAAAACUGGAAUCGAAACUUCAAUAUUUAGAAACUCUAACAAUAAAAAGACGAACAUACUUCGCACAAUUGGUGCAGCCACUGGUUGUUGGUGAGAAAUUGGAAAUAUAGGAUAUAGCGGAAAAAUUAUUUAUAUCUGUAAGUAACGAUAAACCAUUGCUAACGAAAAAAAAAAUUCUGAACGAAGUUCAUUCAAUAGUGAUGUUUGUCAACAAUAUGUAUGUCAUAUUAUAUUGGUAAAAUAAUUAAAUAGGCAUUAUAUAUUUUCUUUAAUAAUAUUUGUUUAAAAUAUUACUGAUUUUGAUACUUUACUAAUAUAUAUGAACAUUUUUCGCAUUUGUAGGACUUGUAGAGAUAUUUUACUAAUAUAGCUAUUUGGUUUUGAUUUUCGAAUAGUACAUGUAAUCAAAUGUAUCUGAAAAACAGUUAUAUUCGGUUUUAUUUCCACCGAUCUUGACAGACAAUUCCGUUCGUUUCCAAUGAUUUGAUUAUUUUCAAAAUCGUUUUAGUUGCAUCACACUAAAGGAUUAUCGGAUUUAAUUUCGGAAAGUCGUAAGUGCCAAUUGCUUGUUAUGGUGAUUUUAGGUACAUAUUAAGUGCAGAUUUUAAGCUUUAUAAAUUAACUUUUUCAGUGUUAUUACUUUGGAACCCUGUGGAAUAUAGGACUAUUACCUACUAUAACUAUAAUUAUUGUCUAUAAUAUUUAUGAUUACAACUGUACAACUGUUUAAUAAAAAAAAUAUAUGAAUUAUAACCCCCUAUAGUUACCGCGUGUUUACUUACUGCGAACGUGCUUCGGCGUAAAAAUCUCUAAUAACCGUGUACAGAGUACGAAUUCCCAGACGGAAAAAAAACAAUGUCGGUAUAUAUAAUAUUGAUAUCGAUUUAUUACAAUAGUAUAAUAAUUUACAUCCAUUAGUCAUUACUUAAGAUACCAAACACACACUCUACAAUAUUAUAUUAUACUCGUAAUAAUAAUAGUAAUAAUUGAUAUUUACGUUUACACGCAUAUAUAAAUACAUAAGAUACAAUUAUAAAAAUAAAUCACUAUAUAAAUUAAAAUAGCGUGUAAACUGUACAAACACCGCAGUGAUUUUACGUUUGUGUUCAUUUCUACUACGCAUUAAUCUAUUUAUUAUUAUAUAACGACAGUGUCCAACCAGUGGAGGAUAUAAUGUUGAAUUAUGAGAGGGGGGACAAUAAAAAUUUGACUAGACAAAUAAAAAAAGAGGAUACUAGAGAUGGAUGUAUCCACUGUUGUAGAUGGGCAGUUGGGAUAGUACAGGGUUAUGAGCAGGGCUAAGAUUUUAUAGCACUGAAAAUAAAUAAAAAUAAAAAAUACAUUUUAUAAUAUGACCUAAAAAAUCUUAAAAUUAGCUAUAAUAACUUAUACCAUAAAACAUGAAAAAUGGCAAAAUAAAAAAAUGUUUUAGAUUUUUAACUUUUUAGUGAACUAUCUAUUGGUUUUACUAUGAUAUUGGUUUUUUUUAUGGCUGUGAGUAACUUUUCUAUCAGAAAUUAUUUUUAAAAAUUUUCCCGUACUUUCUACGUAUUUUUUGGCUUUCUUCAAUUAUCGAAAAAACUUCAAAGAAAAUCAAAAACUAUUCCCUUGUUCCCGAUAUAUUAAAAAUUCAACAAAAAUAUUCUCUUAUUGUUUUUUGAUCGGAGCAAUAUUUUUCGUAGAAAACUAAAAACAACGAAAACGGUUACGCCGCGUCAUGCUAAAAAUAUUUUCCAUUUACCUAUAAUUAUUUUCUUUUGGGUCUUUUCCAAUUAUUUUGAAAAUGCCUUAGAAAAUCAGUAAACUAAAGAAAAUUAUCUUUCAAAAAAGAUGCCACACUUAAUACUUCGAAGAGGAAUUUCUUGUAGUUAUUUUUAAAAAUCAUUUAUUGAUAUUUAAAGUAGUUUUCAUAAUAAUUGGAAAAAACGAAAAAUGUCAUCUUUUUAAAUUACACAACGAUUUCAUUAUUUAAAAUUGUUAAGGGGAUAUUUUCUACCAGAUAUUUUUGUCCAAAUUUCAAGAAUAGCAGAUUUUCUGAAAUAAAUGUUUUUUUAUUUGCGAUUAAGAAAUUAGUUGUUUGACUCGUCGUAGAUUUUUCCUAAUGAUUACAAAAAUCUAAGGAAAAACGUAGCAAAUACAGCAAAGUGUAUGACAUAUGGGUUUUUGGUUAAAAAUUAUUGUAUAGACCUGUCAUUUUCAUUAAAUAUAUAUAUUGGCCUUUUUGUAGACGUGGUAAAAUUUUCAAAACAUUCUAGCAUUCUAACAUUCUAAUAUUCUAUGUACCUAUAUAUGUAAUAAGGAAUUUUCGUUUCAUUUGUAAUGUUUCUAAUUUUAUUUCUGUACAAUUUUCUAAAUAUUUUAUUUCAUCAAGUAGAGGGCCAUUUGAUGAAUAAAAAUACAUGAUAUGAUAUUUUAAGAUUGAUUUCGUGCAAAGUUAAUAACUGAAUAAAAUUUGUAUUUCACUCAGUGGUAAAAAAAUGGUAUACAUUUCAUGAACUUAACAACUUUUCAUAAAAUUCACGAUUUAAUCAAGUAGAUGAAACAUAUACAUAUACAUUGUAUAAUAAUAAAAUUAAUUUCGUAAUUAGUAAUUACCAUAGCUUACCAAUCGCCACCAAUCUUGAGUCAAAUGAAAUCUAUAUCCAAUUUAUUUAUUUAUUUCGUAUGGCUUACACAAAUCAAAAUAACUGAAAAUACAUAACGUGUUGCAUAAAUAUAUAUUUAUAAAUAAUUAAAAGUAGAUAGAAUUAUAAUCAUUCAAAUAAUUUCUUCAUAGCCCUAAGUCGAGGUUACUAAUCCAAUGUAAUGUUUCUGGAGUCACUUAAUGUAUAGGCCUUCAAAAUGUUGGCUAAAUUUUCUACAUCCAAUAGUCUUAAUUUGUAGUUAUACACAUUUCACUCCAACAUGUAUACCUUCUUCAAAAUCAGCAAUAAGUGUAAUUGGAUUUAAAUGUAAAUUUUCGGAUGAGUAUAUUUCUACAAAACAUCUAAAUGUGUUAGUGUAUGUAGUUGUAUAUUUGUCCAGCAAUGAAAAGUCAGUUAAUAGAACGUAAUGUUCAUUUUAAAGUAGAUAUCCUAGGAUAAUGGGGACAGGUGCAGCCCCUAUUAUAGAUAAUUUAAGGUUUUUUACAUUUGCUGGAAAAACUCUUGGGAAUAUCGAAAAAUGACCUUUCUAAAGUACUUAGUGAAAUUUCCUUUUAGAAACAUUACUAUCAGUAAAAGUCAGAACAAAAUUACUGGUAGAAAUUUGUGUAUAGAAAAAAAGAAGACGGUAAUAUAUUUUUAAUUAAUACCUACAUUUCGUACAUUUUCCCAUUUUUUUUUUUUAAGUUUUUCAAAUUUGAUGAGAAAACUCUUGAGAAAAUCGAAAAACGACCUCAUCACGCCCUCUUUCUUUCAAAAAAAAAUGAUACACGUAGAAAUAUAAGAUAAAAAGAUAAGCUAAGAUAAAAAAAAAAUUAUACAUAUUUGUAAAACUUUAAGCUUCUUCGCCCCACUCAAAAUCUAAAAUGUGAACAGUAAAUAAUUGAUAAAAAUAUUUUGGGCUACUACAAAAUGUACCAUUUACAAAUAUUUUAUCACUUUAGUACAAUAAUUUUGAAUUUGAAGCUGUAUAAUUUUGUAUAAUAUUAUUUUGAUAACAUCGAAAACAUUUUUUAGUAAAGUUGGAUAUACAGAUCGACAAGACCCUUACUAAUAUUGAUAUACAAAAUGAUUCACUAAGUGUGCUCAUUCCACUUUUUUUUUGUUAAAUUUUGCGUGUACUUAAAUUCUGAUUUCAGGAACUUUUAAGUAUAAGUAAAUCCGAUAUUUUUGAAUACUUAGAUUUUGACAACAUUUAAGAAGUAUCCCGUGGUGAUAACAACUUUGGUUUUUCAAAUGAAACCUAUAUUAAAAAUUCCAUAAAUAGACGGAAUAUUACUUUAAAUAAAUGUUGGUGUAAACAUUUUUAAUUUCCGUCAACCUGUUAACGAGACAUUCCACUUUUAAGUUUAGGUAGGAGGAGUGUAGUGGAGUAUCAUUUGUGAGACAUAACAGCGUAUGGCGUUGUAUUAGUGUUCUACCCUAUCUAAGUCUAAAAGUGGAAUGUCUCGUUAAUGGGUUGACGGAAAUCAAAAAUGUUAACAUCAAUAUUUAUUGAAAGUAAUAUUCCGUAUAUUUAAGGAAUUUUAAAUAUAUGUUCUCGUAUGAAAAACCAAAAUUAUUAUCACUACAGGAUACUCCUUAAAUUUUCUAAAAAUCUAAAUACUCGAAAAUAUCAAAUUUAACUACACUUAAAAGUUUUAAAAAUCAUAAUUUAAAUAUAGUAUAGAAAUUUAACCAAAAAAAAAAAAAAAUGGAGUAAGCACGCUUAGUGAAUCACCCUGUAUAUUAUUUACCUCAAUGCUUAUCAAUAAUUUAGAUUGGAAAAGAAUAUUUAAAAUGUCUCUGUUUAUAAUUGUUGAUGGUCUUUCUAAUAAUUCUAAUCUUCAGAUUUUUGAAUUUAAUUGAUUUGAUAAUAAUUUUUUAUUUCUUACAAAUUUGGGUUCUUCUUCGUAAUAGUGCAAAAUGUAGUAUUUACAAUUGUUUUCAUAUUAUUACGAUCAAUACAAAUUUUUACAGCACAUUUUUUAUUGACACUUUGCUAUUUAUACGAAUCUAAGUAUUUUACAUACUCGUUAUUAUAAAAUUUAAAAUGUUUGUAUAAAACUAAUUGAUUUUUCCAUUCACCAAUAAUUAUUUUAAAAUUUAUUUUUAUACGGUGUAACAUAAAAUGCGCAUAUGAUUAUAGCCGUUACUAAAUGUCUAUUAUUCGAAAACCAAACCAUAUUUAGAAGUAUAGACUUGUAAUUUUAUUUUAAUUUUCGGUUUUCGACUUAAUUUUUAUUUGUUAUACAGAUUACAACAUGAAAAUGACGAAUAUGUUAUACACUAUCUGUAUUAUCGCCAUGUCUAUUUUGAUAUGUCUGAACAGAUUAGUAAGUGUGUACGUUUUUUCUUUAAUUUAUUGAAAAAAAUUCAGUGUUCAAGGUUCUACUCAGUUUAUUCUAUUUGUAUUAAUUGUAUGAUCGGAGUCGGAAUCGGUGUCGAUAGCCGGCGGAAUCGAUAAAACCCCAUUUACGCAUUUAAAAUCGGUUUUAGAAAUAAUAAAAUCUAUAAAUAAUCUAUUACCUAAUUAUAUUAUAAUUAUAAUUACAUAAGGUUAGAUUAGGUCAGGUCAUUACAUUACAUAAAAAUUAUAAGGUUAGGUUAAGGUAUCAUAACCUAAUAUACCUAUUGUAAAACGUAUCGACAAAUUUCAAAAAGUAACGUUUUAAAAUCCCAUUCUCGAUUAAAACCGUUAAAUUAAAACUAAAUAUCAAAAACUUUGUUUUAAAUAACUUCACACAAACGGAUUUUAAAGACCUUUCCGUACUUUUUUCCGAAUCCGUAAUGUUUGCCGUAUAGAGCGAUGUCGAAUAAUAUGCCAAUUGCGGCCUUAUUGAAUCAUUAAAAUUAUUUUUUUCUUUCUUGUAAAAAAUUUAGCACUAUGACAAGAAAAUAAAUUGCACGUUGGACGUACGUCAUAGCUGCAUUAUGUUCUGUAUACAGACGACGUGCAGUAUAUUUUAUUAGAAACUUAAUAUUCUAUGUACAUACGUGUAUACUAUCAUAUAUGUAUAAAUAUAUAUUGUACCUACGUAAUAGAAACCUAAAACCUAUGUGUCGUCUGGCUUUAAGAUUAAGUUUUUUUUUCUGUGUCUGAUACCAGUAAUAAAAUAGAUAGUAUGAUUAUUAUAUAUAAUGCAUAAAACGACUAUACGUGCACGUUUAAGUACACACAGAUCCGCCGUCGUCUACAUAGUUUUAUGCAAUCUGUCUCGUCGGCAGCGGCAGAGGAGGAGGAGGAGGAUGGAGAGGUGCAGAUUGCACCGCACGCAGGGAGCGGUAAUAUAACGACUACAGUAAAGGGUUAUGUCAAUAUUUAUAUUAUAAAAAAAAACAUAUACGUGCGGUUAACAUCUGAAUUUUCCGCCGAAUUCCCCACCACACUUGAUUUUUUUAUAUUAUUAUUAUUGUUAUUAUUGUGAUUGAGCGACCUUCGUAUGGACUUUCUGUGUAAAAUAAUUAUACCGUAUGUCCGUAUAGACAAAAUAACAAAUAAUAAUAUAAAAGCUGGGUAGCUUCUUUAAGUCAAGUCACUCAUGUCAUCUUUAAAAAUAUCAAACAUGCUCAUUGUAAAAAAUUGUACAGAUUGUAUGAUUUCUAAUAAAUAUUAAAAAAAUAAUAUAAAAUAAUAUAAAGUUUCAAUAAUAAUAUUAAUUCAACAAAUGGAUAAAUGCAUAUACUCGGAUUACUAUAAUAUUAUGUAUAUUCAGUGCAUCGGACAUACCCGCGGGAACGUGUAGUAGUAUUUAUUUGUAUUUAUUAUUAUAAUGAAAACAGACACCGUUAAAAAGAAGACAAAAUCGUAGAAGAUAUAUUACACGCACAUGCAUAUUUAUGAACGUUAUAACAUGUAAGGUGAUCCAGAAUAUAUAUGCACUUAAAAUCUUCUCAAAAAUCCUGAAAAAAUCACAUUCAAUUUAUUUCAAAAAGCAAAAAUGGUAGAAGGGUUUAAAAAUGUAAGGCUUUUUUGGAUUUUAGUUAAAUAUAAAUCCGUUAUCCAAUAAUUAUAUAUGGCUUUAUAUUUAUAGUAAUUUUCUUUCUAUUCCUUUUCUAUAACAGCAGCGGUGUUUUUCAAAAUCGUGGUUCGGUUAAAACAGAAAUGACGUAAAAUCCAGAAUUUUUAUGCAUAAUAGAAAAAUAUAGAAAUAUAACAUUUUAAAAGAAAUUAUUAAUGAAUUUAAAGAUAACGCAGUAUCCAGUAGGUUAUAAGAGCGAGAAUUUAUUAUUUGUUGCUAUUUGAUGUUCAUCCAAACAAAUAUUUAUUUUGUUAGGUUAUUUUUCCAUCUGUAACUGAAUUUUUGAAUAAAAGACUAUAUUGCUUCUUCGUUCAUUUUUAGUGGUUAUAGUGAUAGGAAAUGUUGUCUAGUCAGUUAUUAUAUCAACAAGUUUAUAAAAAAACAAAACAGAAAAUUUAAAACUGAAUAAAGAACUGUCAGAAAACUGCAAAUAUACCUACGUCAAGAUAUUUUCUCUGGAGAUAUAUUUUAACGAGCUUUAGGUUAGCUUUUAUAUCGAUACGUUCGCGGGAAAGUGCAAAGCGGUUUGGCCGGCUUCAUCAUAUUAUAUCUCUUAUUCUUAUAAUACGGCUUUGCGAAUUUUUAAGAGUAUUUACCUUUUUUGGCAUUGAUGAACUAUUCACAACUCUUCACUCUUACAUCAGACACAUAACUCUUUGAAAACCGCUCUUUUCCUAAGUCUACCGCGACGUCUCUUCCCCAGAGGCUUCAAUUUUCGCAAUGUAUCGUAUACUAACUACUAUACUACUAGACCAGCCUUCUGUAUGUUGCAAACAUUACGAGCUGUGAUGACGAUGAUGCAGCAAAACUUUACUAAAAAACAGAGGAAAAACGGGAAAAUAUAUGAAAUAUUUCGACCUUUUUCUUUCUGCGAACAACUUUUUCUAUCAGUAAUUUUGCUUAGAUUUACAAUAAUAGCAUAUUUUUUGAAAAGAAAUCUAACUAGGAAGGUACCUAAAAGGAGGUAAUUUUUCAAUUUUUCCAAGAGUUUUCCCAGCAAACGUGAACCUAACAGGGAAAAAACAUGGGAAAAUCGGGAAAAACGUAGAAAAAAAGGGAAAAUCGGUACAAUAUUAAACAAAUAUUAUUAAAGAAAAAAUGUAAUGCUUUUAAUUAUUUUACCAUAAUAUGACAUAAAUAUUGUUGACAUCACUAUUAACUGAGCUCCGCUCAUAAUCGUAUUUUCGUUAGCAAUGGUAUAUCGUUGCGUACAAAUAUACAUUAAAUUCCCUUGUGUAUCCUACUUUUCCAACUUCCCACCUAUAUCAGUAGCUGCAACCGUCCCAUUAUUCUAUUCCCCAUUUUUAUUCUUAAAAAUAAUUUAAGAUAUUGUUAAUAAUCACUAAGAACGGCAUUAAUUUAUAAUUUAUAAUGUAUUUGAUAAUUAGUUAUUACCCAUUGAACAAAACGUGAUAAGAAUACAGUAAUUUUACUGUCGUACUUUAGUCAUUAAAAUGCGUCUAUUUGACGACGACAUAAUCGUAUAUUGCUCGUCUACUAGUAGACGAUCUAUGGUUCUAGCAUUAUCAUGAUAAUUUCCGUGUAUUGUUCUUAUGGCUUAUAGUCAUUUUAAUCACGAUUAAUCCAUAAAACUAACCAUUAGCUGACUCCAAGUCUAUCGUGCCAUGGUAUAUACGUACUUAUACCUUCUCCGCCAAUAAUUAUUCAAUGUGUUAAUAUGAAUAAUAUUAAUCACUCCAAAUGUUUCAUCAUAUGUAUUUUGUUCUCAAACGUUGUCUGUAAUUUCUUUUCUUGCGGGCGAGUUGUCCGUACCUUCUUAUAUUUUUCACCCGUAUAUGUGUGCAAACAAUAUUUUUAUCUAGUCUAACGGUAUUAGACUCCUUAUUAUAUAUAAAAAAAAGUCGUGUGCACGUCGUAUGUAAUAUUCACACUGCACUUGUAAUACAUAGACGACAAUGGAAAUUAGCUAUCACGUGCGUUUGUCGUUUCGUGUGUACAUGUAUAUUUUGAUAAUAGGUAGUGUUAUAUUUUUUUAUUUAUUAUCGUAUUAUGUAACAAUUUAUUAAUUUUAUUUAACAUUUAUUUUUUUCAUAAUUUAAUAAACCUACGUUUCGUGUCACUUCUAACAUGCUGUGCACGUUUAUUUUAAUAAUUGUAAUAAUACAAUAUAUUAUUUACGCUGUAUAGUUUACAUAUUCAGAUGUAGACACUUGGAUUUUUAAAGUCAAACAUGAACCGGAACUCUACAAACAAUUUUAAUUAAAAAUUUAUCCCUAAUAAUCCAAGAUACUCCACUUUAUACUUCAUCCGUAAAUCCUUCUUUUAAUAGUCUAACGUAUGAAUAGCGAUUGAUAAUGAAUUCUACAAAUACUGAUCUUAAAACGAAGUGAAGAUAAUAAAGGCACUAAGGUCUUGUGUAUAUAAUCCAAAACCGGUGUAAUAUGAAAAAAAACGUCCUAGGAUUAUGGGGACGGGCGCAGCCACUGUUAUAGAUAAUUUAAAACAAUUAACCAUUGCUUAUGAAAAAACGAUUCUGAGAAGAGUUUAGUUGAUAGUGAUGCUUUGUCAACAAUAUAUAUGUCAUUUUCUAGUAAAAUAAUUGAACAGACUUUAUAUAUUUUCUUUAAUAAUAUUUGUUUAAUGUUGUACCGAUUUUUUCAUUUUUCUUAUGUUUUUCCCGGUUUUCCCAUAUUUUAUCCAGGUUUUUCAUGUUUGGUGGGAAAACUCUUGGGAAAAUCGAAAAAUGACCUCCUUGAAGUAUCUCUCCACACCGAUUUUCUAUAAGCUUCUUCGCACCACUCAGAGUCUAAAAUACUUUAUAUUGAAUUACUCUAUGGAAGGUCAAGCAUUCUCUCGUAUUAGAAAUAGACGACUUGAACGGUUAGGUCACAUACAGAGAGUCACAAUAGACAAAUCAUUAAACGGGUACCUACUGGUGAUGGCAGAAAUGAGAAGUAGAAGAUCUCCAGGGAGAUUUUAUACGAAAUUAUAAGAUUCCAUGAUGAAAUAUUUGGUGAAACUGUAUAAAGGAUCUCACUUUCCCAGAUGGAUUUAGGACCUAUACGAUAGUGAAAAAUGGAAAGAGUUUGAGGUAGCAAUAAUUGAUCCUAUUUCAGGUCUGUUAAGCUACGAAAGAAUGAAAAUGAAUGUUAAAAAGGAAUAUUUUAAAUACCUAUUACAACAUAUGAUAAAAAUUAGUAAUAUAAAAUACUUUUAUUUGCACUUCAGCGAGUAUGGUCAAUUGCUUUUUUUAGGGUCUUUAGCUGAUAUUUUAGGGUCCUGCAGUCUCCAUUUUGACACAACUCAAUCCUUAUAAAAAAAAUAUUUGUACCACUGUUUAUAUUAAAAUAUUAUAUUAUAAAUGUAUAGAAAUCUGAUCCUGAUUUAAAUACACUAGCUAAAAACUAUCGAAAAAUUCUUAAAAAAAUAGUUAACAAUGCCUUUCAUUGAAUAUUAAAAUAAUAUCGUUCAAAAAUAAUCUGAGAAUGGAAAAAAAAUGUCACUAUUGUAGCUGUUAUUUGUUUAAGUCGCGUGACGUGCAACAGUCAUCAAUAAAGAUAAGAUAAAGAUGUUAUCGGAAUCAUAAAUGGAACGAUUUAAAAUUUGUCUCGAUGAAGAAUAUCUAAAACCUGCUGAUGCAAAUAUUUUGAGAUAGUUCUAUAUAGAAUAACCUAAACUUAAACUAUUCAUUCGUAAAACAUUCUUAAAACUAACAAAAUUACCCAAAAAUUGUCUAAAAAUGGAAAAACAUCAUAAAUGCGGAAAAUGCAAAAAAUAAAGUAAAUUAAAGUUUUUAUUUUUGAUGUGUCUGUUACACGAAUCGAAUUAUGUAGUACUUGAAAAACAUAUUGUCUUAAAUUAUGCCCUUCCCCUAAAAAAAUUGCAUUUUCCAUUGAAAUCUGAGCCUUCGUAAUUAAAUAAUAUAAUACACGUGCGGCGACAAUAAUAUAUAGCUGGAUUUGAUAAAGGAAAGGAAAUUUGCAUUUAUCGGCCAUCACUCAACACCGUCGCGUCGCCGUUCAAAUAUUAAAAAAAAAACAACUACAUAACAAAAAAACCGUCGGACACCACGUAUCAUUAUCAUUCGUAUGUAACGUGCGUGUAAACGACGUGUGACCGUAUAGAAACGUUCUCCUGUCGCAUGAAUUCGCAUACACACACAUACACACACAGCAUAUUAUAUUAUAUAUAAUUGUAUAUAGUGUCACAAACACACAAGCACACAUAUGCAUCACCCGGUAUAUACAUAUAAUGUAUGUGCGAAUUCUUUCACCCGUUUCUUCGUCGUCUGCCGUGUCAACAAGCGACCGCAGUACAGUAUGUGCCAUACAUAAUGUAUAAUAAUAAUAUACGGGCAAAAAAAAAAUGAAAAAAAAAAAAAACUAUAGAAAAAAAUUGCACACGCAAUGUGCUGCCCGUCAUCGUGUGCGAAGAGUUAAAAUAAUUAGCCAGCUCAUCGUAUAGGAAAAAAAACCCCAUCGAAAAUAUAAUAAUAUCAAAAGGGUCAAAGUAAUUUUUUUUUUCUCUCUAUAUAUAUGCAUUCGAGUGUAUUAUAUAUAAUAUCGCAUGUGUAUUAUUUUUUACUAUGUGUACUUACUAUACGCUAUUCUCCGAGUGUUGAUUUUUUUUUUUUUUUAUUGUUAUCACGCGCGUGGCAAUGUAAAUACGCAAUUAAAUAACACGAUGGCACACUAUUAUUAUUAUUAUUGUUUUAAUCCCAUAAUACUCUCAUAUUAUAGAUGUUUCAAAUGACUUUUUCGAUGUUUCCCCUAUCAUUUUCUGAAGUGUUAACAACGCUAUAACGCAUCACAGCUACAAAUACUGUUUCGUUAUUGUUAUACGGUGUUUCAGAAUAUUAUAAUACAGUAAAACUUUCUCUAAUUGACACCUACCAAUAGUAGAAUUUUUUUUUAAACGUGCACAUUUUCACUACUUUUCAAUGGGGAAACCUCUAAAUAGUUAAUUCUUUAAUAUCAGACACCUAUACAGUGUCGGAUUGAAAAAUAAAACCUAUGCCCGAGUUGGCGAUUUAUAUAAUUUGAAGUGGCCAGACUUUAAAUUGAGUAAUAUUUUCCAUAAAGCAUUUUAAUGAUACAUAUGUUUGCUAAAUUUACAAAUACAUAUUUUCAAAAUUGAUAAUUAUAACUAAGUGACACAAUCAUUGGAUCAUAUUAUUAUAAUACUGAACACGAUAACAGUUUUUCGUAAUUUGUAGUAUAUAUAUAUAUAUAUACUAUGUAUAUAUAUAUACUACUAUAUAUACUAUAUAUACUAUAUAUACUAUGUAUACUGUACAGAGUGUAACAGGAUUAUUUGAUAUUUUCACGUUGUGAUUACAUAUAGUCCUGUUACAUUUUGCAUACUCGUAUGCUUAAACAUUUUCAUUGGCUCGAAAAUAUAAAUUUUAUUGUGGUCCAUAAAGUUUUGCUCAAUAACUCAACGAAUUACUCUAGACCUCCACACGUACCUAUAUUGAUCUUAAUUUUAAAAUAUUGACAAAACGGUGACAACAAAAUGCGCUUACAUUAGAUAUUACGGUAAUAAAUUCGUCGAAUGAUAAAAUGAACAUACUACGACGAUUAUGAACCAAAUAUCAAUGACUUGACUGUCAUCUGUUUUGUUAUUUAGUGAUUAGUUUUCGUUUUUUUCGAUGAUAUGACCAUGUUAAAGCGAGAUUGUCGCUUUACGAACAAAUUUAAAGUCUUGCCUUCCGUCAAAACAACAGAAACGUAUGUGUUUGUGUAGAUACUUGCAGACAAAUUUUGAAUUGAAAAAACUACGAUCGUGGAUAUCGUGUCAAAUACGGGGACCGAUUUUUUUCAUUGAAUUGAAUACUUACACAUACACCUGAUUAAUUUAUUUUUGUUUUAUAUACACGUAACUCUAUAUGAAUAGUGUACAUCUUCAAAUAGAAGACAACAUUUCUGUAACCGAGAGUGUCUGUUAUUCAGAUGCCAUUGUAUUAUCUAAUUUAAAGUUAAGUUUUUUAACACUUGUCUUCUUUUUGUCCAGAAUUUGGUUAAACCUGAUAUAUCCUUAUUUCUAUUUAUCCGUAUAAGUGAAUUUGCGCCAAAUUAUUUAGCAUUACUAUUGCUUUACUAGAAACUAUCAAAAAGUCAUUUUCGACUUAUCUUAUUGUUGCACUGAGCUCUUCGAUUUGUUUGAGUUAUUGCGUUCGAUAGUUUUACUAUAAUAAUAAUGAUUACAAAAACAUAUACAUACCAAACAGAAAAAACCGUAUUAGUCAUUAAAAUAACAUCCGAUAAAGAUAUUGCGAUUUUGGAAUUACUUUUAUACAUUUUAUCUAAUACUGGGUGACUAAUAUAAAACAGAGAUACUUCAGACGGUGUCAGUUUAUAAGUUAUGACUAAUAAUUAUACUUUGCAAAAAUAUUUUUGUUUUAACUAGGUAUGUCUUAUCAGUGUAAUAUAAUAUUCUAUGUUUUAUUUUUUAGCAAUAUUGCUCUUUUAAUAUGGAAUCGCACUUAUGAUAGAAAUAGAAAUACUCCGAUUUUUUUAUUCAGGUUGUACAUUAAAAUAUUUGGAAUUUCCGCCUAUCGGUACUUCACUUGAACACAUUUUGUAGUGUAAGUUUUCAAAAGUUAAAAGGCCAAAAAAACCUGACGAUAAACUAUUGGCUUUAUUUUUGUUGAUUUCUGGGAAAUCUUGGCUAUAUAAGAAGAAAACACACUGUAAACUUACCUUCAUUUUAUCCAAGAUUAAGAUUUAUUAAGUCAGAAUCGAUUUUUGAUAGUAUUUAUGUGUACACGUUUCGUGCUUAAUGUCUUGUAUAAUCAAUUGAAAAAUACCCCAGAUUUAUAUUAUUUUAGUUCCAUUUACUUUUUGUACACAGAAGUCAAUAAUCGUGACCGUUUUGUAUUAUAAAAUAUAAUAUUUUUUUCAUGUAUAUUAUGUUUCAAUUGUGUCGUCCAUUCAGGUUGAAUUUUCGAUUUUGUGUGGAGCCAAGAAGCUUAUGGUUUUACAAAGAUGUUUAUUAAUUUUUUUUUUCCGUGGACAACUUUUCUACCAGCAAUUUCGCUCCAACUAUUAUAAUGAUAGCAAUUUUUUUAAAAGAAAAUUUCACUGGGGAAGUACUUAAGGAGGUCAUUUUUCGAUUUUCUCAAAAAUGUUCUCAUUAAAUGCAAAAAACCGAAAAAAAAACUGGAAAAACGUAGGAAAACCAGGAAAAUCGGUACAACAUUAAAAAAAUAUUAUUAAAGAAAAUAUAUAAAGCCUAUUUAAUUAUUUUACUAUAAUAGGCAUAUAUAUUAUUGAUAAAGCAUCACUAUCAACUGAACUCCGCUCAGAAUCGUUUUUUCGUAAAUAAAAGAUUGUCGUUGGUACAGGUAUACAUUAAAUUACUGAUAACAGUGUCUCUACCCGUCCCCAUUAUCCUAUCAUAUCCUAGUUUUUUAAAUUACUAUCUCUAUUCGUGGGUACAGUUCAAACUUGAUUAUUUUAGGUUUUGAAAAAUCGAAUUGUAUCAUACUGGUUUGAUUUCGGUAGGUUUACCUGUUGAAAGUUAAAUGCGAAUUUGCUGCAUGUAUAAUUUUAUAAAUGAGAUAUUUUUCAUAGCUCUGUGGGGCAAACAAAGUUGUGAUUUUUGAUUUGUUUUUUUUAUUCAUUAAAAUGUCACAAUAGGUGUUAUGUAGAAAUGCUGCAGGUGAACAUAAUGACAUCUUUUAAGUGCUUGCAGGAUAGGUUAUAAUGAACUGACGCAGUAUUAUAGUGUAUAUACCUCUUAAGUUGACUGAAAAUAAUUAUAAUUUAUACAAUAUAAUUGUGUGAAAUCGUUUUCGUAUUUUCAAUUAAAGGUAAACAAAAUGUUUUAAUGAAAAAUUUAAUUUUUAAAUGCAAGAUGUACUUAGUUUGGAAGUUUGAAAGAGAAACAAUAUUAUUUACUUAGGUAACUGGAAUUUUAACUGAAUAAAACACGAAAAGUGCUCGGAAGAAAAAAAAAAUUAUAAUAUGCAUAGCGGGUAAAAAGUUUAAUUCAAAUACUGUAGUACACUGAUGAAUAGUCGAACAUUUUAAUUAUUUCUAUACGAAAUAAAUAUCGAGAGUUUCAUUUACAAAGAAAAGUUAGAUGAGAUUUUUUAUGAUGGUAAAAUAUAUUUCAGAUUCUAAGCAAAGCUAGGAAUGUUUUUUUUUGUCUGUAAACAACAGUAAACGACUUUUCUAUCAGAUAUUUUGCUACAAUCAAAAUCUUUAUAGAAACUAUAGGAACUUACUUGUAGUAUUUUUGAACUAGUUGGUGUGUUAAACGAAGUAAGUUUAUACAUUUUCUUGUAGUUUUUUUUUUUUAAUAAAUGGGAAAAACUGAUAGAUUUUUGCACAAUUUUUGUUGAUUUCUGAAUUAUUUUAUUGGUAACUAGAAACAAAUACUAAUAAUAAUCUCCUCAGAACCAUUUUUCGUGAACUAUGGUUUACCGCUGUAUAUUUUACGUACAGUAAUAUAUAAAAUAUACACGUAUCACAUAAAGAGUAACUCAUGUACUCAAUACUUUGAUACUCAAUACUUAUAUAGAAAGUUUGAUUAACAUUGAUUUUUGAAAUAUUGAAAUAUAACUACUAUUAUGAUAACAUUUUUACACUAUCUCAUAACAUGUACCUACAUAUUAUUAUAAUAUUUCUGAUAUUUCUUAUUUUCUUAAUAUUAUUUCAUAGAAUCGAUUGACUAGUAUUAAACUUGAUUACUUGAAGGUAUCUAACUAAUUGUAAAAUAUCACUUAUGCAAAUAAAAAGACGUCCUAGGAUAAUGGAAACGGGUGAAGCCACUGUUAUAGAUAAUUUAAAGUAUACUUGUAAGCAACGUUAAACCAUUGCUAACGAAAAAACGAUUCUGAGCCCAGUUCAGUUGAUAGAGAUGUUUCAUCAACAUUUUAAUGUCAUAUUGUUGUAAAUAAUUAAAUAGGCAUUAAAUAUUGUCUUGAAUAAUAUUUGUUUAAUAUUUUACCGAUUUUCCAGUUUUUCCUGAAUUUUUCUCGGUUUUUCACAUUUUUUGGAAAAACUCUUGGGAAAAUGGAAAACUUUCUAAAGUAUCUUUCUAGUAAGAUUUUCUUUCAGAAAAAGUGCUAUCAUGGUAAAUCGGAGCAAAAUUGCCGUUAGAAAAAUUGUUCAUAGGAAAAAUGAAGGUCGAAAUAUUUUUCAACUGAUACCUACAUUUCGUACAUUUUCCCGUUUUUUUUUUCGGUUUUCCAUAUUUGCUGAGAAAACACCUGGGGAAAUCGAAAAAUGACCUCCUUAAAUUACCAUGGAGAUAAAAUAUUCUUUAAAAAAAUAAGCUAUUCUUGAUACAUCGGAUCAAGAUUUCUGGUAGAAAAGUUUGCACAACUAAUCGAGAGGUAUUAUUCGAUUAAAAUAGUCCGAGCGAGCGAUGGAUGAGUCCCUAGGUACACCUAAAAUGCAUUUGUUUUUUCCCUGUUUAGGUAAAAGGGAAAAAUAAAUACAAAAAUUAUUUUUCGAAACACGGGGUUUGUUUGAAUUCGCGAAUGACCUAGGAUGAAACUAGGUAUGUAUAACCAUUCGGUUAAGACGAACAUUGUAUAGAGUUGACAAUAUUCAGUUUUUUAACAUAACAUAUAAUAUCCGCAUAAUAUCAGAACUUCAAAAAGCUUUAAUUUCAAAACUAAGUCAGUCCGCUUAAUUUACCACCGUUCUUAAAUCGGUAAUAUACAUGUGUUCAAAAUAAAAAUUGAAAAAUUAGAUUUCUCACACAUAAUUUUCUACUCAAAACGAUUUUCGUCAAAAUUUAACAUAAAAUUCCUUUAAUUUUUUUUUUUUUUAUCACAAAGUAAGACUUUUAAUAAAACCUCCUAUUAAAAUUGCAGGAAUUUCUGUUAAGUUUAACAAUUUUACCACAAAGUACCUACCGAAUAUAAACUACGUACAAAGCUCGCAAAAUUGAAAUGUCUCUAAAUAGUUCAAAAAUGGCUUAAAUGUUUUGAAAACUUUAUCACAUCUAGAAAAAGCAAAUAUAAGUUUUCUGUCCAAUUUUUAAGUCUCUACGAAUAUAUUUAAUUGAAUUACAAUACAUAAUAAAAUUGAAAAAUAAUAAAAGCAUUAUUUCGCAAUUUUCCCGUUUUUCUUAUGUUUUUACCCCGGUUUUUCUCAGAUAUUAUGAAAAAUGCUUGAAAAAUCAAAAAAUAACCUCUCAAAAGUAAAAUCUGGACAACAUUCACUUAUAGAAAUGAUUUCGCGCAUAUACCUUUAUCUUAGUAAAAUUUCUGGUAGAAUUUUUGUACACAGUAUAAAAAAAGAAAAAGAUAAAAAAAUAAAUAUCUUAGAAACACCAAUACAUUUUUCCCUAUACUCAGAAUCUAAAAAGAUUUUUAAACGAAAACUGGGUCUUUUACUAUAAAAAUUGAGAAGGUAUUGUCAUUAUAAUAAUCAAUCUCUCAGUGUUAUAGUCGCGGGUACGAAAAAUGAGCGUUAGGCACCGUGACCCAUUGUUCAUUCUCACCAAUGUAGCCAUUGGUUUUCAACAUUGUACUGUCAAGCUGCUGUUACCUGUUGUAUUCACUGGCACGAAUAAUGAGCGCCGACCGGAUGAUUUGUAAACCAUUUUAGAAAAACUGUCAUCCGAUGCUUGACGGACAGCGAUCAUUAUUCGUGCCCCCGACUAUAGGAUUUUAUAAAACUAAUAUUUAUUACAUUGUAUAUAAAAUACUAGAUAAAAAAAGUGUUUGUCGUUAAAAAUCCAAAUACUAAAGUAAUCUAUUUUUGUAAAGAUCAUAUAGAUUUUUUUCAUGUACUAACAAAAACUGAAAAAAAAACCCUGCGUAACGAUAGGGAUUCCUUGAAAAUAUUUGAUCAUUAUUAUUUAUUAACUUUCCAUGUAAUACAAAUUUAGUAGGUAUUUCAGCUAAUUACAGUUUUUAAUAAAAUAAUAAUUUUCUAUACACUUAAUUUAAACUAAUACAAAACUCAAUAAAGAACUUCCUUAGUGGAGCCCAUUAUGUAUAAAUAAGAUAAUUAAAUAUAAAACUUUAUGACUUAUUUAUAAUUUAUACGGAUCGAUUUGAUCGUGUUGGGGGCUACCGCCUAAUACCUAAUUCGUCCAAUUUUUUAGGGCUAACUUAAAAAUUCCGGGAAUGAACUUAAAUUUACUUAAAAUUAAAGGACUAUAACUUAUAUUUUGUCCCGAACGAUUUCGCCAUGUUAGGAGGACUGCCACUCAUACACCUAAAAUAUUAAAAUAAAAUGACUCAAUAAACAAAAAUCUCAUAGGCAUUAUGGAAGUAUUCAAUGAGCUAAAUACACUUAAUUAUAAAAAUUCUAUAGGUUUGGAUGGCCAAUUUCCUUUUUUUUUAUUCAAUUGCAAAUUUAUACUUUCCCUUCCAAUUACAAAUCUUUUUAAUUCUUCUCUAAAAAAGAAAUGUUUCCUAUUACUAUGGAAAACCACCUAAGUCAUCCAAUACAUAAAAAAGGGAAUAAAUCAGUAGUUUCUAAUUAUCAACCCAUAUCAUUAAUCUCUAUUCUCCUAAAAAUAUUUUCAAAAAUUGUUAACUAUAAACUUACUCCUAUUUUAAAAAAUAUUUUAAUACCACUUAUUAUUACGAAACCCGAGUUGGUUUCGUAAUAAUAAAUUAACAGUAACAAACCUAAUAACUAUCAAACAUUAUAUACUCAACUCCUUCGCUAAAGGCCAACAAACCGACCGUCAUCUACACCAACCUUAAAAAGGCUCUUGACAGUGUCAACCAUGAAUUAUUAAUUCACAAACUUCACAAAAUUGGUUUUGCCGAUCCAAUUUUGUUAUGGAUUAACUCAUUUUUACAUCAACGAACACAAUUAGUUAAAUACAAAAGCUUUACAUCAGUUCCUAUAAAUGUAACUUCGAGUGUUCCUCAAGGAACACUUCUCCUUUUCUUUUCAACUUGUUUAUUCAUAAUGUAGCGCUUUUAUUUGUUGAUGAUGCAAAAAUGUAUAAAUCAAUCUCAUUCUUAGAUGAUAAUCUAAUGAUAAUUAAUUUUAAUAAAUUGUGCUCUACAAAUGGCCUUUCACUCAACAUUGGUAAAUGCUAAAUUAUAACAUUUUCUAAAAAACAUAAACCAUUGAACUUUAAUUAUUGUGUUUCAGACACUAAUUUAGUACGUGCAUAUGUGGUAAAAGACUUAGGAAUUUUAUUCGACACGAGACUAUUAUUUACUUACACAUAUUAGCCAUUAAAAAUAAAGUAUUAUCUGUCUUUGGUAUGAUAAAACGAAACUGUUCCGAAAUUAACGGUCCACUAACCUUCAAAUGUCUAUAUACAUCACUUAUCCGUUCAACUUUUGAAUAUGCUCUUAUAAUUUGGGAUAAUAACAGCGUUGGCCAUUGCGACCAACUUUAAAAGAUGCAAAACAAAAUCCUCCGAGAUAUAUGUUUUAAAUCUUAUAUCCCAAGAAUCCCCCACUCUAGAUACGAAAAUAUUUUAAAAAUUUUAAAUUAAGAAUCUCUAAAAAGACGGAGAAAUAAUACCUAUAGCUUUUUACUUCUUAAAUUAAUUUUUAAUGAGAUCUAUGAUUCAUUUCUAUUUAACCAGAUAAAUUUUAAAAUAAAUACUCAUAACUUCCGCAAUAAUCAAUUAUUUUAUAUACCUCAUUACUAUCAAAGUUAUAUGUUAAAUAACCCUUUUAAUAUUUUAAUGUCUUCUGGUAAUAAUCAAAUUAUUGAUAAUUUAUUCAAGUGAUCAUUGUAAUAAUAUAGACUUCAAAUGUAUUACUUACCUUCUUAAUUAUUAUUUUGUAUUAUAUAACUUCUACCCUUAUACUCCUAAUGUUUAGUGUUUUUACCUAUGUAAUUAAUAAUUUAUACCAUUGUUUAUUCAAAUUCGUAUUAAUAGGGAAGUUCAUUAAAUGCACUAAAAGCAUUUUUAUGUUACUACUGUAAUCAUUAUUUCUAUAUUGUAAAUUGGACAUUGUCGUAUGAAUUAUAAAUAAAUAAAUAAAUAUUAUUUGGCCUGCAGGAACAACGAGGGAAAAACGAUUAUUCGUAUAGCUGCUAUACGCCAAAUUAAUUUCUAAAAUAUUUAAAAUAACAAACAAAAUUUUCAAAUAAACUUAACAAAAUUGGAAAACCUGUAAUUUAACUAUAAAGCUGAUUACGUACGUUUUACAUAUGUAUCUAUACACAUUUUAAAGCAGACAUAGUGGCGAGUGGAUGUAAUAUAACGAGGAUACAAGGAAAGAAGGUGAGACACGAAUGGAAGAUAUAUCGAACGUCUAGAUGUCGGUUUUUUAAGCUCGGGGCGUUUCGGAAUCCAGUGGGACACAGUCGGUAAGUGGGCAGUCCGCCUUUGGUGGACUGGAAGCAGUGUUACGGGUAGAAUACUAGAGAAAGAAGAAUACAGGAGAAGUUAAUUGAGAUACGGGAGUAGGUAAGAUAAAGAAUUCCAGAAACGUCUAGAAAUCAGUUUUUUACCUGGCUCCGCUCCCAAAUCCCCGGGUAUUCCUGUGAAAACGAAUAUAGUUAGCGAGUGGACAGUUUGCCCUCGGCAGACUGGAUAUAGCAUAACGGGUAGUACACAAGGGAAAUUAAGAUACAGGGAAAUAAAGUAAAACGACCAGUGUUUACGAGAUAAGGUUGGGAUUAGGAAGUCGUUGUAUAAAAUGUCUAGAGGUAUUUUCAUGGUGUAGGGCAGAGGUAAUAAUAUAAUAUAUUAAGAACUUGCUCCUUUCGCAAGUUCAUUUGUGUUUCCUUUUGUCCGCUCCUUCCAGGCUUCCAUCCGGUUUUCCAUUGGGUUUUCCCUUAGUGGUGAUAUCGUUUUUAUAAAGUACUUGCUCGAAGAGCAACAAUAAUGUCUAUAACAUGUAAAUUAAUCAUGUAUUAUAAUAUAUGGCACAGAAAUAUUAUAAAAUCUUUGUUUGCUAUACGGGAGACAACCAAAGCAGAGUGUGUUUUGAAUUAUAAAGAUUACAAUGAUAAGCAAUAUUUUUUUUACUAUAAUAAUCAAUCAAACGGGAAAUUAUAGAUUCCGCCGAGACUACCUGUUUUUUAAAAAGGUUUAUAUUGACUCCGCCGGCUAUUGUUAAAAAAUGUAAAAAAAACAGUCGUAAUUCUAAUUUAUGUUAAUAUUCUUAAUUGACUAAUUCAAACUAAUACAAUUUGAGAGUUAUGAGAAUUAGGUAAUAUAUGUAAUAUAAGUAUAUAUUUUUUUGAACUCCGUUCAGAAUCGUUUUUCGUAGCUUACAGAUAAAAAAUUGAUUUUCCCUCUGUAUUCUACCAUCCCAACUUCUCAUCAAUAAUAUUGGCCAUUAAUCUAGGACAGCUUUUUAGGGCUUUUUUUUUUUAUAAAAUACGGUUUAACAAGGCCGUAUCAAAACAAUAAAUAAGUUCGUGCCUAUAAUAAUAUUGUAAUACCAAGACAAUUUUGUUAGAGAAAUAAAAAUAUCGGAUUUUAGAACGUGAGCGUUGAAUCGUGUGAAUUUCGACACCGGUGUCUGGUCAUGCGACCGUGUGGCCGGACGUGCGGGAAAGUACCGCUGUAACUGGAAACCACGCGCCAGACGGAAAAACGGAACCGUCGCGGUCGCCUUGCAGACGACUAUGAUGACGAAAUGACUGUUGCGGAACCAAUAGGGGUGUAUGCAUCGGUCCCGGUGCAUUAUAAAUAGUGAUGGGCAUAAUCAAAUUAUUUUCAUAAUCGGGUUAUUAGUAAUCGAUUUUCUCAUAAUCGAAAGAUCACUCGAUAUAUAAUCAAUUGGGAUCAUCACUCGAAGUACUGAAUAUUAAUGUGCACCAUAAUCAAAAUACUAUACAUAACAAGUAAUAAUAAUUAACGUUCGGAGUUUUGAACUUUGGAUUAUAAAAAUAAUUUUCUGAAUUAGAUAUCUACUGGCUGCUGCUACCACAGACUUGAUUACACUUAGCCACCAAGUUUUGUUUGUUUCGUAUCUUAUGUUUAUUCUUAUCAGUGUCCGGGCUGCUAUUACCUACUCGAGUAAUUUAGUUAUUUAUUUUUAUUAUAGUAUAUAAUUCAAGUGGAAAAUUACUCGAUUACAUAAUCGGUUAUUAUUUCGAUAAUCGAGAUAUCUCGAUUAUUCUCAAUAAUCGAGUAGCUCAAUUAUUUUCACUCGAUUAUAUCCAUCACUAUAUUUAUAAUUAUUAUUAUCGCGCACAAUUAUUAACGCGCACAAUCGGAUCGAGGGUAGCUCCGACACCUCCCCGGAUUUUUCCUGCUCAGAUUAUACAGGGCGAUCGAUUUCCUAGAAGAUAAUAUCGUUAUAUCAGAAAUUACCUUUUUUUCCAAAAUUUUUAUUUUUCGUAUAAUUUACGAAACAAACACAACUCUAAAACAAUACAUUACUGUUUUUCUAUUAUCCUUUUAUUGAUUACUAAACAUCCUUUUUUUUUUUUUAUUAUUUUGCUUCUGAAUCGUAGACCGGAGAGCAAAUUAGGUUAGGUUAGGUUAGCUCUAAAAUAUUAUAUUAUUAUUAUCUUUCGUCACUUAUGUUUUUAUCGGUGAACCGACUACCUACUUUUAAUUUUCUAAUAACUACUUUAAUUGGAAAUUUCAUUAAUGGACGUGUUAUUAGUUUAAUAACAUUUUUGUGUGUUGAUAUUUUUGAUUUGCAUAGAUCCGUUGACGAGAUGUUUCAUUUUUAAAGUUGGUUGUAGGAGUAGUGGAGCACUAUUAAAACGCCACGCGCUGUGCCGCCAUACAAAUGAUACUCCGCGGUACUCUCCCACUACCCAAAUUUAAAAGUAGAAUGUUACAUCAAUGGGUCGAUAGAAAUUAAAAACGUUAAAAACAAUAUUAACGUGACAUUUUAGAGCUACCACUGGUUUCCGAGAAUUUCCGAGAAAAAAAUUAGAAAAAAGCUAAUAUCCUCCAAAAUAUCGCAACGGUUAUAUUUUCGUUGGACACUCUGUAUAUAUAUAUGCAUGUAAAUGCAUACAUUUGGACACGUUGAAUUCAUAAUGGUUCGCAAAAACCUAACCACGAUUAUAAUAUCAUGAAUAUUGACUGUUGUUGGCAGACGCGUUUCUAAAUACGUGUAUGUAGGUUAUUGCGCGGUACGGCAGCUAGUGCAUAGACGCGGCGCGGCGUGACGGUCUACUGAAUAUUACUGUUCUCUCCGGGUUCCCGUCGUCUGGGCGGUUAAAAACACACGCAACACGCGUCUCCGUGUGCGGCGUGACAGUGGCGGCGUGACAGUGGCGGCGGCGGAGCGGCGGCGUGCUGAUACCGCGCGGCUCGGUCUCGUCUACCCCCGCGGGUGACCGCGCGGAUACGCGCCCGGUAGCGAUUUAUACGGCUGCCGGACCUCGUGCGGUAUUAUGUUAUUAUUUUAUUAAACUAUUGUCGUUGUUAUUAUCAUUGAUAUUAUUGCCUGUCCGCGGGUUAUAACGCGAAUAGCAGCUGAAAAAUAAUACGACGCGCCGCAAAAGUGUAAAAUAAUAAUAACGAUAAUAAUGUCGUUAAGUGCUCGGCGGCGCGGCGAGGUCGUUGUCGCCACAACAGCGGCAGUGUUUUCGCCAUCCAGUGACUCACUCAUAUUGUUACAGCAAUUACGUACGACUACGUAUGUACACAAAUAACAUAAUUUCUUAAAUUAUCAUUAAUUUAAUUGUAUUUAUGUUAAAAUUCGUGGGACAUUUAUUUGAUAAAAAUGUCGGCUAACUUAACCUCGUAGCUAACCGAAGCCAGUAAAUUCUUUAAAAGGAAAAAAAAAGAGUUGAGGGUGGGUGCGACCACCGUUGUUGGUGAGUAAUUGACAAGGUCGGAUACAUAAAGUUAUUUAAUUUUAAAAAACUCAAUUAUUUUUUUUUAACCACCAAACACGAUUUAUAAUGAACCUCUUAUCAAACGUUCAAAAAUUUCUGUUUAUUCUAAAAUUUUUAUCUUAUAGAACAUCUACCAAAUAAAAAUUAGGUAAAAUCUAGUAACAUUAAAAUAUCUUUAAAGAGCUCAAAAGAGGCACACAUUUUUUAAGCAUUUUACCACGUCUAAAAAGUAUAUAAGUAUUCUGUCAAAAUGUCAAGUCUCUACGAAUAAUUUUAAAUGGAUAAUGUUACAAAAAACAAAAUUUCAAUAAUAAAAGAAAUAUUUUCGUAAAUUUUCCCGUUCUUUCUACGUAUUUUUCGGUUUUGCUCAACUAUUACAGUGCUACAAAGAAAUUCAUAAUCCGACUUUCUUACUCACCAUUUAAAUAAAAAUUCAACAAAAUAGGUAUCUAGUAUUUUUUUAUAUUGGAGCAAUAUUUAUAGUAGAAAACAUUAGUCGUAAAGAUUUUAAAUAAUAAAAUCACUGUAAUUUCAAUAAAAUCGUAUUUUUCGUCUUUUUUGAUUAUUCCCAUUUAUUAUAAUAAAUACUUUAGAUUUGAAAAAUACCUUCUAAGAUAACGGGGACGGGUGCAACCAUUGUUAUAGAUAAUUUAAUACAUACCUGUACGCAUCGUUAAACCAUUGUUUAUGAAAAAACGUUUCUGAGCGGAUUUCAUUUGAUAGUGAUGCUUUGCCAAUUUGCCAACAAUAUAUAUACCUAAUAAUAAUAAUAUUUGUUUAAUCGGUUUUUCCCGUUUUUCCUCCGUUUUUUUUUUCGGUUUUUCAAAUUUGAUGAGAAAAUUCCUGAAAAAAAUCGAAAAAUUACCUACUUAAUGUUCCUUUUGUCAUCAAUUUCCUUACAGAAAUGGUGCUACACUUAAAAAUUCGAGCAAGUCUUUAAUAUAAAAGAUGCGCAUAGAAAAAAACAAAAUAAAUAACAAUUUGUAAUACCAGAAGCUUCUUUGUUCCACUCAGAAUCUAAAAAUGACUUUCUCCGAUAAAGGUUAUACAUAGUGCUCACAAGUUAUAUGAGGUAAAAAAGUCAAAAUAUGCACGAUAAAAUUGUAAUUUAUACAUGAAAAAAUGUUAAAUAUGUAAAAGAGUAUUGGAAGUUUAUCAUUCAAAAAUAUAUAAUUUCAUUGUUAAUAUGCACACAAAAGAUAAUGAUUAAAUUCGAAUCACACCGUUGUCAUUAAAUUAAUAGUAGACUGAGACUAUAAGAAAGAACAAUAAAAAACUACGUUCAAUAAUGUUGAGUUUAAUAUUCAAUAUUAUUUAAAGUACUUUGGUGAAAAAAAAAAGAACAAUAUUUUUUGAACAGCUAUUAAAUAUGCAUAAUAUGCGUAAAAAUAUGCGAAAAUCAAUUAAAAUCGAUAAAUAUGCACUUUUUCUCUAAAAUUAACGAAAUUUUAAAUGUUCGAUUUUUAAAAUCUCCAUUGUAUAGAAAGAAUUUCUAGCUUGGGCUGCUAUAAAUCCAGUGCAUACAGAAAAUUAUGCAACUCCCAUAACUUCCGAGUCCUAGCUGUAUAUUAUAAAAAACAAAAUCAAUUUCGUGUCAUUUUCCAAUUGAAGCAAGAUUUCUGGUAGAAAACAUCGUUAGCAAAAUUUAAAAUAGUUAAACCGAGAUGUCAUGUUGCCGUUAAUAUUGAUCAAUUUAAAUUGUUUGGUUUUACCCAAUUAUUAUGAAAACUACAUUGGAUAUAAAAAAAAACUUGAUUUGUCAGUGACUAUAAAGAACGAAAUCGAUCUCUUGUUUUUUUUCGAUUGGAGUAAUAUUUCGGAUAGGAAACAUAAGCUGCGCAAAAAAAAAAAUUAAAUUAGUAACGCCGUGGCACGACAUAAAUAUAUUUACCAUUUACCUAUACAUUUUUUCGGGUUUUCCUAAUUUUUCGAAAAUUCCUUGGAAAUCAUAAAACUGACCUAUUCAAUGCACCAACUAGAAAAAAUUUAAUUUCAGAAAAAGUACUAAACUCUAUACAUCAGAGCAAGAGUUCUUUUCAAAAAGUUGUUUACAGACAGAAAAAAUGUAAGUACAUAUUAUCAUGGUAAAAUCAAUAGAUCCCUCUCUACACUUCGAAUCUAAAAAAAAAAAAAUGUACGAAUAUAAUCGUUUUUAAUAUCUGUUAAAGUGCUCUGUACGUUUUGUGUUUCACGUACGUAUAUAUAAUAACAAUAAUAAUAACAACAACAACAAUAUGACCUAUCUGCGAGAUAAAUGUCGUCUGAUGAUAUUUUAUAAUUUUCUGUUAUUAUAAGAAUAAAAAAAAUACCAUUUCCGUAAAUUAUUAUAAAUUGCAGUACGAAAAAUUGACGAAGGGGGAAUAAAAGUUUUCAAAAAAAUAAAAAUAAAAAGAUCUUAGAAACAAAAGGUUUAUUAUUGUUAUUAUUUUUUUUUUUAUUAUUAUUAUUUUAUGUUAAUACGAUUGUGGAUGAUUAGAAUAACAUGUUUUUUCGUCAUUCGUUUGGGAAAUUGGUCGGCGCUCUUAGAAGAAAAACGUUUCUAUAUCUCAUGCACAGACUAAUUGAAAACACAGUUUAUAUCGACUUCCUGUUAAACUGUCUAGACGCUGUUUUCUUAUCUCCGGCAAGAAUAAAUGAAAAUUUACCAGUAUACGAUAAUAUAUAAUAAUAUACAACAUUGUAUAUAUCUGUAACAUACUUUAAAUUUAUAAAGUAAACUAAAAUAAAUAAUAAUUGUUAUUUUAAUACUUAUAACAUUACCGACGACGCUAAAUCAUCGUUUUUUAUUUUUGUUUUCUGAUUCUGAAGAAUGUUUUGGUUUUAAUGCAUCUUAGAUAUACGCUUAUUAUACUUUUUAAGUUUAUUUACAACAUUUUUUGCUCCAAUUCAUAAUAAAUAGGAAAAAACGACAAAAAAAAUGUAAAAUUAAAACUGACAAAUUUACGCCGUUACGAUUUCAUUAUUUUAAAUUUUGACGCUUUCUUUUUUUUAUCAGAUAUAUUAAUCCAAUGAAAGAACAACUAGAGAUUUUUUAGAUUCUGAGUGUAGCGAAGUAUAUGCGAGUGUAUAUGGUUUUACAAAGAUGUUUAUUUUUUUUAUACUGCGUAUAAAAAUUCUACCAGAAAUCUUGUUCGAUGUAUACGAUGUAGACCUUUUUCUGAAAGGAAAUUUUCUUGGGAAGAUACUAUAAGGAGGUCAUUUUUUGAUUUGCCCAAGAGACGUUUUCCCAGCAAAUGUGAUAAACCAGGAUAAAAUAUAGGAAAACCGGGAAAAUUGUAUGAAAACUGGAAAAACUGGUACAACAUUAAACAAAUAUUAUUAAAGAAAAUAUAUAAAGUCUAUUUAAUGUUGUUUUACCUUAAAAUGACAAAUAUAUUGUUGACAGAGCAUCACUAUCAACUGAAUUCCUCUCAGAAUCGUUUUUUCGUAAGCAAUGGUUUAUCAAUGCUUACAGGUAUACAUUAAAUUGUCUAUAACAGUGACUGCACCUGUCCCUAUUAUCCUAGGACGUAUUUUUUAAUUUUGCAAUAUUUCCUAACCUGAAGAAUCACGUUUUCCUCAUUAUCUCGAAUAUUAAUGAAAAUUUCAAAAAAUGACCUCUUUGAAGUACCACCUAGAGAACAUUUUUUUUUUUUUUUUUAGAAUAGGUGCUAUACUCGAUAAUCAGAGUGUGCUUUCUGAUUGAAAACGCGUUCGCAUAAAAAAAAAUAUAAAAUAAACAUCAUUGUAAAACCAAUACAUUUCUCGUUCCUCUCAGAAUCGUAAAAAAUAUCGUUUUAGUAGGUAGUACGCGAAACGAUCGGCGGACACACGGAGUGGUGCCGGGGGAGAAACUAACGACCGACACCGCGACACAUUAUCGUAAUAACGACGACAGGUCGCGCGAACCGCCCCGACGCGGCUACGGUCAUUAUUAUACCGCACCAACGCCGUCGUCGAUCGUAACAACAACAACAACAACAACAACAACAACGACGAUGACGACGACUGAUAUAUUUUAUACAUUAUCCGCGUGUAGACAAGAGCACCGCGGGUAGUAGUAUAUUAGCGAGCCGGUGGCGACGGCGUCGUCGCGUAGUUAUGUCAUGAAUACUAAUACGCCGCUGCUCCGCGCGCGAGCGUCCCCGGGUACAACGACCUAUUACAACCGAAUACCUUGACGCGCAGACCGCUGCCACCGGUGUAGUGUACGCAAUCGUAACCGUUUGCGUGUCGGGUCGCGGCCGCAGCGGUGGCGACUCUUGUGUCUAGUCUCUCAUUUGACCGUCCGACCCGUCGGAGAAAUCUCGGCGCGUUUGUGCCAGCCGACCUAUCGCGCGUGCGAUAGAAAACUACGACGUUAUUGUCAUUUUAUUUGAUUCGGUCUCGGAAGGUCGGUUUUCUUUCUUUGGACAUUUUCAAUUCGGCGAGAUUAUUUUUCAAAAUAAAAAAACAAAACAAAACAAAAUCAAUUCCGAUGAUCCGCUUGCGGAAGAAUCAUUUUUCGAACGAAUAAUGAUUUAUUAUUAUAACCGCGAAACUAUAUCAUAUAUUAUAGAGGAUAACUGGAGAGGUGGGCAAAUUUCGCUCUUAAACUCUUACGCCGACGGACUACGAAAAACGACUUCAGCCCGUAUAUUCUAUAUAAUAUUUUCUCGUCUAAAACCAAAUAAUUCACAACACCAAAGUACAAUAUGUUUGACUUAUUUUCGUUGUUUUCAUUAUUCAUUUAUUAAUUUAUUAUCAGUUCAUUACUUUUGACUUAUUUUGGAUUAUUAUGUUUAAACGUAUUUUCUGGUUAAUAUUCAUAUAUUGUUUUGUUCCUUCUAUUACUAUAUUGAACUGUAGUGAGUAGUUUUGACGUUUUUAAAUAUAUUUUUAUAUUUAAUACCAUACGAUUAUACAGUAAAAAAAGCCGAUAUACUGUUGAUGAGUGUGCCCCUAAGAGGGAAGUUGAAAAGAGAAGAAUUUUACCAAUUUAUAUCUGUACGCAUCGAUAAACCAACAACAAACGAUUUUGAACAGAGUAUUACUAUUAGUAGUUUUUCCUUUUUGCCAAGAUAACCCACUAAUCAAUGAAAAUUAUGUCAACAGUUUUUAGUUUUUCCCAUUUAUCAAGAAAACUACGAAGAAAAUCAAAAAAUGAACAGAAUUCAAUGUUCCAACUAUAUCAAAAUGCUAUAAGAAAAUUGUUAUACAUUUUGGACCGAGAUUUCUGGAAGAAAAAGUUUUUACAAACAUAAAAAAAAAACAACAUACACACCAUAGUAAUACCAAUCUCGCUAUGCUAAGAAUCUAUAAAACCACUCAAUAUUAAUAUUUAAAUUUCCGGAAAUGGUAUAUGAUAAUCGAUAAUCACUGGCGAGUGUUUUACUGUUUUAUCAUAUAAAAAAUUAAAUUUUGAUACAUUUGACUAUCAAAAAUGUCACAAUAAGGUUAGAUUAUUUUUUUAAUUAUUAUGAUGAUUGACGAUGAGUUUUUAGGUUUCACUGUAUUUCUUCUUUGUCUAGACACUCAUGACGGGUAAUAAAAAAAAAAAAAAACGAUUUUAUAAUAAUUUUAGAAAAAAUGAAUAUUGUAUUUAUUAUAAUAUUUAGGAGGUAGGUGUUGAUUUUUUUUUUUCGAAAUUUAAUGUUUAUAUUAAAUAUAUUUUUAUAAAUUAUUAUAUUAACGUUUUAUUAUUUUUGUUUUCUUUGCCGGUUUGACUUAAUACGAUCGUACCCAAUUAUUAUUGAGCGGAUGUUAUACCCGAAAGUGCAGUUUCCGUCUUACACUGCAAAUAUUACAGUGAAUUAAGCCAUUAUCAAUUAUAAAAAUAAAAACAUUAUCUGUGUAACGUGGGAGCUACUUUUUCGAUAUAAAAGUUAUUGAAUCGUGAUAUUUCACAUACUCGUUUAUCUCUUUAAAAAACUAAAAUAUCGUAAAAAACCCGCUGAUGUUGCACAGAUAAUGUUAUUUUAUCUUUAAGUUUGAUAAGAUAUAGGUCAUUUCACUUUAAUGUUAAAACUAACGGAACAAUAUUAUCCCUGCAAAACGCCAAUUUGUUAUGUCGUACGUUUGUAAGACGAAGACAACCGGCGACACGUGUUAAUACGCAAUCAUGAUGCACGUUAUUUAGAAAAGUCCUUAGAAUUUUGAAUGGAAAAUUUCAUCAGGCGGAUUUUAAGUACGACGUAUUCACUAAACAUGUUUCGGAUUACAAAUUGAAAAAAAAAACAAAAUUAGAAGGUCGUAGUAUUAUUUAGCGUGUAUAACUGAUUAUUGGGCGCAGUUUGUGCACAAGCUUGACGGGCGUGUGAACGUAGUGCGACGUUGUCAUUUUUUCGCCUAAACCUACACCGACGUAUAAUUUGAACGUGAUUUUCGAUUAUUUUUAUACAUAUUAUUUAUAUAUAUAUAUAUAUAUAUAUAUAUAUAUAUAUAUAUAUAUAUAUAUAUUCUAAGAACAAUAAUACGCGUUAUUUGAAACUAUAGUAUUAACACGAUAGCAUUUUCUCUAAGGGAACCUACGUAUAAUUGCCUAUUAUAGGCUCUCAAAUAUUUCACAUUACAUUCGGAAAAGACUUCUAUGUUUCUUUCGCGUCUUUCAACGGACGCACCGUCCAUUUGAUAUUAUAUUUGACCACUUUGUCAGAGCGUUUUUACUAAUCUAGUAAAAACACUCGGACUUUUUCGUGUCAAUUAUCAAAUUUUAAAUGAUGCUGAUAUUUUUCUAGAUAAAACCAAAAAAUAUUAAUGAUGUUCCACUUGAUGUUUUUCAUUUUGUACUGUACUUAACGAGUUAUAGUAAAAAAGAAAAUAAGGUCUAAGUUCUAGACUUCAUUUUGGGAGGUGAUAUAUUAAUCACACCGUCCUCCUUGUUGGUACGCCACUGUAACACUGCCAGCAGUGGUGUGCUCAGGAAUUUUCAAUACAAUUGAUGUUAACCAUAAAUAGAUCGUAAAAUGUUCUUUGCCGAAUUAGAUAAUGAGAAUUUAAAAGCUGGUUCUAAAAAAAAACUAUUUUUAAUCAAUUAAUCAAGUGUUUACGGGUCUGGUACGAAAAGUCGACAAUUAAAAUACCGACAAAUACAAAAUGUCGACAGAUACCUAACAUCGACAAGUAUAAAUAUUAAAAAAAAAAUUAAUUUUAUAAUUUGAUGUUAAUUUAUUUAAUAUGUAAACGGAUAAAAGUAUAAAGUGAAUGGUAUUCUAUUGAAUACUCUAUGUCAUUGGUGUAGCUUUGUAUACACAGAUAACGAUAAAAUAAAUAGUAUUUUCCGUGCGGAGAAAUUCCGCAAUAUUUCUAAUUGAAUAUAACUUAUUCAGUUUAUGUUUCGGUUGGACAUGAUACAAAUUCAAGAACUUUACCUCUAAUUUUUGCUCUCUUUAGUAGUAAACCUAAACAAUGUUAUAUUCGUACGUUUCAAGAUUUACAAGACUAUGUAUAGGAAAAUAAUAUAGUUUUACAGCUUGACUAUAUUUUAACUGAUUUUGAACAAGCGGCUAUUUGUGCAGUUAAACAACAGUUCACAAAGUCGAUUAUGUGUCUUUCAUUUGGGACAAAGUGUGUGGCGAAAAGUUCAGUUCGCUGGUCACAAUAUGACAUUAUAAUUUUAUUUUAUUUCAUGGAAAUGAAAAAAUAUUGCUCUGCUGUUUCAUUAUAUGUUGCCCAGGCUUUUGAUCGGGUUUGGCACCCGGGACUUUUUUAUAAAUUAAAAGCGAUUCUUCCCGCGCCUUAUUUCCUCUUCUUUCAAUCGUACCCCAAUAACCGUUUCUUUGUGACAAAAGUAGGCACGGAAGUAUCAUCAAUUACCCCUAUACUAGCUGGUGUCCCCCAAGGUGUUGUUUCAUCGUCUUUCCUAUACAACUUAUUCACAGCUGACCAACCAACUUCCCCUAAUACUUCAGUAGCCGAAUUCGCUGAUGACAAAAUUAUAUACACUUCUCAAAAUGAUCUAUACACUGCCAUUCUACACUUACAAAACCACCUAAACAGCCUAUCUUCCUGGUAUACUAAAUGGAAAGUUAAAAUUAACAACGAAAAGUCAUCACACAUUACUUAUUCUUUAAGGCAGGGUGAUAUACCUUCUGUUAACCUAAAUAAUCAAACAAUACCAAUAGUCCCCAACAUCCGUUACCUAGGUCUAACCCUAGACAAGAGACUCACCUGGGCAGAACAUAUAAAAAUUAAACGCAACACUCUAAACCUCAGAAGGAAAUCACUACACUAUUUGAUAGGUAAUCACUCUAAACUUAACCUCAAUUCCAAAUUACUAAUUUAUAAACAAUUUCUCAUGCCUAUAUGGACUUAUGGCAUCCAGCUAUGGGGUAUGGCUAAACCAUCAAAUUUAAACAUAAUACAAAGAUUUUAAUCGAUUACCUUACGCAUGAUAACCAAGGCCCCCUUUUAUGUAUCCAAUCACACACUCCACACUGACCUAUAUAUUAAAACUGUCUCAAAAAUGUCGUCAAUUAUACAUAAACGUUAUCGGUUACGACUAGAGAACCACCCCGACCCGCUAAUCGCAGCACUUAACGCACAAACAAUCCCUGGGAAUCCCCAAAGAAGACUUAAGAGAAGAUGGUGCCGUGACCUAAACUCUUAAUCUCAAAAAAAAAAAAAAAUAAUAAAAAUAAAUAUAUUUAACAUAACAUUAAAAUAUUAAACCAAUAAAGUGUAGUUGCUUUAUCAAGAAAAUCAUUUCAAUUUAUUAUAGCCCAUAUUCUUAUUGUAAAACUAACUUACAGAUUGUAUAUUUUCUAAUAAAAAACCAAAAAAAAAAAAAAAUUUCAUGGUUCAUACACUUUAUUUUUAUUUAUAAUUUAUAUCCAAUAAUAGGUAUUUAUUUGUAUUUAUAUAAUUUAUAUCCUAUAAAAUAUUUUUUUUUUAUUCGCAUUAUUCAUAUAUUUAUUUUAUUUUAAUUUUUUGACAUAUUGAUCUGUCGAAAUUGUAAUUUGUCGACAUAUUGACCUAUAGACAUUUUGUACUUAUCGAUAUUUUGAUUGACUACGUUUCAACCGGCUUCCAGUGUUUACUUGUAACAUGACUAAAAUAUAUACAUACAGUUAAAUUACCAAGUGCACAAUUUAAUUAUUAUAAGAAUGCAAAAUCUUAAUUAUUUGGGCAUAAAUGCCAGAAAAAUACUUGAAAAACUGACUUUACGAAUGGUUUAUUUUGCAAAAAAAAAAAUAUAAUAAAAUAAUUGAUUAGUUUCUCCAAUUUCACUAAUACGAGGUUUUAUUUUAGUGGAUUUAUGCCCUCUCACCUUAUGGCGCUUAACCACUUCCCUCUUACGUACACCAUUGACCACCAAUGUGCAAGAGUGCCCGCUGAAGUAUAAAUCGGGAGGGGCCAAGGUCAAAUGUUCAAGACUUUUUUUACAACUUACAAAAGUUAUCAUUGCUUAAAUAUUUAAGCCAUACAAGUAAUAAAAUAAUUAAUAUUUAAUAUUAACUAAAAUAGCGGGAGGGUCAUUUCCCCCACCGGCACCCCCCUGCGGGUGCUCUUGCCAGUGCGUGUCACACGGAGAAAUUAAUAGAUUCGGCAUCUGUAUAUUUCACUGUUGCUAAAAACUCGGCAUACAACUCGCGUACUUAUGUAUACUUACAAAAGUUCGACGUUGGCAAACGACGAUGUGGUCAUAAUACCGAAAUUCGAUCGGUCUUCGUUUACACAGUGCCACUCUUCAUCGUGUUACUGACAUCGCAUAUUAUUAUUAUAACACAUAGCUCUUUUGUUCCGAUUGCGUAAACACCGCCAUGUAGUGCUUUUAAAACGAUGACGGGUUCUAUUUCCAUACAUAAUGUGUGUAAUAUACAAGCCAAUCGGCAUCAGUGGUAUAAUCGUGAGAGGGAGGGGUUGUCAAAUUUUUCACCAACCUUUUUUUUUUAUUCUUUGAAUACACACAAUUAUGAAACGAAAUUCGGAAAGUUAAAUUUAAUUUAAAUUCUUGAUAAAAUGCGAGCUGAAAUGGUGACCGACAUAAUAAUCGCUAGCUGAGAUUAUACUCUACUAAAAAUUAUUUGCGUAACACGAUUUGUAUGGUAUGUUUAUAGUUAAAAAUUAAAAUACUAUAUAAAAGCAUUGCACGUAAUUAAGAAAUAAUAACUAAAUAUGUUGUUCAUUAGAAUCGAUCAAACGGAUUACCGAUGUGUAGAAAUAUACCUAUAAAUCCAAUUAGAAGACCGAAUGAAAUGGCUUUAAAACCAAGAAGAGCGGAUUUGUUGUUAUAAAUUGUACAAUUUGUUUGUGAUUAACACCUAUUUAUAAUUUUAUCUAUACUAAUUAUUUCAAUGUAAGACAUUAUUAUAAUUGGGAUAAACUUUUGUUUAAAAAACCUAACUUCCCUAUAAAAAUAACCCUUAGCUAAUAAGUUUAUAACUAACACCCUUUUUAUAAAAUUUGCAUACAAUUAUCCAUUAUAUUCUUCCCAAGGCCUAGCCCAAAUUACUUUCGGAUUUUAUCUCGAAAAGUGAACAUCUAUUAACUAAUUUAGAAAUUUUGUUAUUUCAAAAAUUUGAGAAACAAACAGCUCUAAAACGUUAGUUUAUUUUUUAUCGCGCUUAUUUUCGGCGGUAAAACCGCUAUACAAGCUUAGAUAUUUAAAUAGCGAUUCAUAUUAAAAAUUCUAUAAACAGCCGACGUUUUAGUUUUUUUUUGUUAUUGAGAUUUUUAAUUUCCGUUGACCCGCUAACGAGAUAUUCCACUUUUGAGAUUUGUGGUGAGGGCGAGAGUAGUAUAUGUAGAAAAUCGUUUGUGUGCGCUCCACUACUCUUUCCCCAUCCAACAUAACGGCAAACUUAAAAGUGGAAUAUCUCGUCGACGGGUCGACGGAAAUUAAAAAUGUCAAAAUCGAAAUUUAUUUUUACUAAAACUUCAUAUUAUAUAGGUCAUUACUUGAAAAAAAAAGGAAAGUUCCUAGUAGUCUUAUAUAAAGCGUAACAUUUUAAAGCUCUUCGUUUCUUAAAUUUAAAAAAAAAAAACUGAGUAGAUACCUUCUGAGAUAACGAGAAACGAGAGUAUCUUACGUUACAUUGUAUUUAAAAACCAUACAAUAUUUGUGAACUCCUUCCCGCCCCCCUAAUAGAUGCCCGACAAAGGUCGUACGUUUUAACUAUAGAAACCAAGGGGUAGAAUUUGAUUUCAGUGUCAAAAGUUAACAAUUUAUUAUAUAUUAUUAUUUUUCAUAUAAUAGAAAUCGUUUCGUUAUCUUAUUAUUAUCAUUAUUACUAACGCCUGCAGACGAAGACAAAACAUACGAAAUCUCGGCCAUCUAAAAAAUAAUAAUAAUACAUGAGGUUUUUUUCAGACAGACUAUACGUGAUGAUAAUCGUCAUAAUAAAACUAUACGAUAAGAGAUUUUUAUACACGCACAAUAAAUUCCAUUAAUCUAACCCAAACAAUAUUACGAUGGCUAUCAAUAAGGACGCGGAUAAAACAGAUAUUAUCAACUAUCAUCAUCAUAACUUACCGCAUUUAGAGUGUAGCGAGGAAUUUAUUGGUUUUACAGUGUUAUUUAUCAUAUUUUAUUCUUUAGAUUCUGAGUAGAGUGAAGAAGCUUAUGGUUUUACAAAGAUGCUUACUUUUUUUUCUAAACAAUAUAUCUACCAGAGAACUUGCACUGAUUUUACGUGUAGUAUCUUUUCUGAAAGGAAAUCAGUGUGAAGAGGUACUUUAAGGAAUUCAUUUUUCGGUUUUUUCAAGAGAUUUCUCACCAAAUGCGAAAAACCGAAGAAAAAAAACGGGAAAAUGUACGAAAUAUAUACGGUAGGAUAUUACGAUAUUUUUUUCUGUGGACAAGUUUUCUAACAGCAAUUUUGCUCCAACUUUUAAUGAUAGCAAUUUUUCUGAAAGGAAAUUUCACUGUAGAGGUAUUUUAGGUAUUUUAAAACCGGGUAAAUCUGUUCAACAUUAAACAAAUAUUAUUAAAAAAAACGUAUAGAGCUUAUUUAAUUUUUCGACUAUAAUAUGCCAUAUAUAUUGUUAACAAAGCAUCACUAUCGACUGAACUCCGCUCAGAAUCGUUUUUUCUUAAGCGAUAGUUUAUCAUUGUUAACAGGUAUACACAUUAAAUUACCUAUAAUAGAAGCUGCACCCGUCCUCAUUAUCCUAGGACGUCUUUUUUAUUCAGUAAACAACUUUUCUACCACAAAUAUUACGCUGAUACGUUAGGUAACAUAUAUUAAAUACAUAAUGGUUAAAUUAGUUUAGGCAAAGAUUGAUCAUUGUUAAUGAAAAAACGAUUUUGAACGGAACUUGGUUAAUAGUGUGGCUUUGUCAACAAUAUAUAUAUAUGUCAUAUUAUGGUAAACUAAUUACAUAUGCAUUAUAUAGUUUUCUUAAUAUUAUUUGUUUAAUAUUGUACUUAUUUUCCCGUUUUUCUCAUUUAUUGGGAAAACUCCUGGGAAAAUCAAAAAAUUACCUGCUUAAAAUACUUCCCCAGUCCAAUUUCCUUUCAUAAAAGUUGCUUUCACUGAAAACCGGAGCAAUAUUGCUGGUAGAAAGUUAUCUACAGAAAAAAAAUAAACAUCAUUGUAAAACCAAUAUAUUCCUCGCUCCGUUAAGAAUCUAAAAUAAAGGGUUCUAUCACUAGAUAGCCUCCCUCAUCAAGACAUCUUGUUAUUGUUGUAUUUUUCUAUUCCAUGUACAAAUUUAUCAUAUUUACUUAUUGUGUUUACUCAAAUACAAAUUAUAAGUUUUCUUUUUUUAAAUAAAAAAAUGAGUAAAAAAAAAGAAUCUAAAAUUUAAAAAACAUUAAUUAUAACCCGAUUUAUGCAGAUAGGAAAAAGUCAUCCGCAAGUGCAAUGAUUAAUGUAAAAAUGACAAAUACUUAUAUAUUUUAUGAAACAGUGAAAGAUAUAAUAUUAAAGUUGAAAUCCAAAACAAUCAUACUAUAAAAAAAAAUAAAAGCAUGUUAUUUUUAGUCAAAUCGAUUUCGGGAAGCUAUGCUACAGUAAAUGAUGUUAAAUUCAUAUUAACGUUAUUAUCUAGUAAUUAACGUUAAUGGAUAAUAAUGAAUAAUUUGUAAGGUUUUUAAUGUUAUUUACUAAGAAUUUACGUUAAUUCUAAACAAUAUUAGUUAAUGAUGUUACUUAUAAUUCAAAUAGAAUUUUAUGUUAAUUAUUGUAUAUUUUUUAAUAAAUAAAAUAAAAAAAAGAAUAUUUAAAUUUGUAUGUGAUAAUCAUUUAUUUCCACACGAUAAAGAAGUGUGGCAUUUAGAAUUGCAUAAUUUUCCAAUUACACGACAGAUACAUUUAUUCGUUUUACACGUCGUCUUACAGUGACAUCUUUGAUAGUCUGUGUGCCCAUAAGUUCAGUUACACAUGUUUUGAGAGGCUGUAAUAUUUACGAUUUUCGUUAAAAUUUGAUACCAAAAUUUUUAUGUAAAAAAAAAAAUAUAUUUUUUUUACCACGAAGUACGACUUUUAAUAAACUUUCUAUUAAAUUUUCAAGCAUUUUUGAUUAGUCUUAAUAUUUGAUCCGCAAAGUACCUACCAAAUUAAAAUGACGUAAAAAUUCACUAAAUUAAAAUAUCUGUAAAUAGCUCGAAAAAAAGUGCUGCACCAACGGAACAAGUUUUCUGGUAGAAAAGUUGCUAUGACCCAGACAAGAAAAAAAAAAUAAUAAUAAAAAAAUACACAUCACGGUAAAACCAAUAAAUCCUUCCCAAAACGUUACUUUAAUAAUUUGACUAAAUUUGACUAAAUCGAGUAUUUUUAAAAUUGAAAAAAAAAAACUAACGACUCGUAGAUACAUCAACGAUUUUAUUUCUGUCGAUUUUUGAUUUACUAGAAAAAAUAAGUAAAAUGAAAUUACCGGCUUACUGAGCUCCAUUCCGGAGAGUUUUUUUUUAUUUCAUUGAUUAAUUGUUGCUUUCAGUACAUAAUAUAUAAAUUAGUGGUGUGAAAAAUCUUGAUUUGCUGAAGUUCGCUAUUACAGAUUUUUUAAAAAAUAUAUUUUAAAUAAGAAAAAAUACAAAUACUCGUAUAUAUAUAUAUAAAAAAAAAACAAAAACUUGAAUUUCGAAAUCCUACAUGGGAAUGUGAAGUCUGGAAUCCGUAUAUUUUCGGAUUUUGUUGUCUAAAAUUCGAAAUCAGGAUUUUCGGAUAAUCCGGAUUUAUGUCACAUCACUAAUAUAAACUGGAUAUUAUCCUAUCUACGUCCUAACUUCAGAAGUGCGAAUUGCAUGUCCGACGGUUUAUUUUCUGGAUUGAGAAAUGAAAAUUAUUUCAUUCGAAUGUUUUAAAUUUUAUCAUUCGAAAAUAACAGUCAGUUUUACGCUCGGAUGGUUUUUUUUUUUUUUUAUUGCAGCCCGGUAUAAAAAAAUCUAGCGGGUGGUCGUCUGCCACCACCGCAGGCUCGACUGUUACACAAUUUUAUAUUGUACAAUUUAUUAUUGCGUCCCUACGGUGAAAACUAAACGCCGCGCGUCGUGGGAUUGUCACAUAUUUUUUAUUAUUAUUAUAUCGUGGCGGGGCGGACGCAUUCCAAAUAUAAUUACGAUCUUCCUACGCUAUCUCACCGAGCGGGACUUUGGAUCGGUCUCAAAAAGAAAAUUCCUCCGCGGUGGUGUGAUGGGACACGGAUGGGCGUGGGAUAAACGGGAAAAAGAGACGGGAAUGGCAUAUAAUAUACGCACGCACAUGCAAUAUCGUCCGGGCACCCGCCGCCGCCGUCGCUACCGGUAAAAUACUACUAUACUAUGGUAUAGUAUAAUAUUAUGUACUACGGUGGCGGCGGCGGCGGCGGCGGCUGGGUGUUGAACUCGAGCCAAGGUGUCAGACAUAACAAUCAAUGAUGACUGCGCUUGCCAAUUAUUCCGUCGUAUUACGGCGCUUUUUUUUUUUCCUCGUUCGGGGUUCUUUUUUUUCCUCUCGCCCCGCAACAUUUCGAUAGUUUUAACUUCGUUUUCGGCAAUUUCGUGAUGGUCGCGCACGGGAGUUUGUUUGUGCCGUCGAGUCGUUUCCGAGCAAAUGGAGCGGCGGUGGUAACUUACAUACUCUUAAGGGCGGCGGUCGGGGUGGAGGGGGGGUCAGGGAAAUACGGAACUUGUCGACGGUAAAUUGGCCGCGGCCGUCGUUGGUGGGAGCGACGGUGCGGCGCGUCAUCGACAGGACACGACGCCACGGCGGUGGCGGCAAGGUGCGUACUGAACGUGGGCGCAGACACGAAAAUGUUGAGGCACCUUGGUCGGUCGGGGGUCAUACACACGCGCUCACGCGUUCUAUGCUCACUACUACUACCAGUUACCAGCGGCAGGAACGUUACGGGCACACGCCCGUUCUUUUUUUAGUCGUCCCGCCGUCCUCACGUUUCACGAUCAGUUGUCGACGGACCGCCACCGCCGCCGCAACGUUAUCCGCGUAUUGCCGCCGUCGUCGUCGUUGUCGUCGUCUCAAUACUCGUAAUAAUAUUUUUAACGAAAUAACAGUAGCUGUUGUACCGGCCGCCGUAACUUAUAAUCGUAAAAUCAUUGUAAUCGUCACCGCCUCAAAAACACGUUCGGUUUUUUUUAGACUGUACCGUAGUACCGUAUAAUAUAUUACAGUACCUAUACUAAAAUCCGACCGCAGCAGUCGUCGUAAUCGGUCCGCCCGUUACACGACGCGCGUAUUUCGUCGUUAGUUUUCUCGUACGUGAAAAAAACCACGACAGUAUUAUUCACGGGGAAGCGUUAUCAAUGUUCUGUUUACACUGCACCAGCCGACGCUGUCGCGGUACAACAGACAUCUCCAACAAACACUGCUGUAGUUAACCCCGGUCGACAGCAGUACGCGUAUUCUUCCACGACACGCGAACGUCCAAGAAAACAUGGUAAGUUAGUACCCCCGUAUGUCACCGGAAAUACAAAGUUUAAAAUAUCGUUUUUCUCUGUGUUUUUCGUAGUCUAACGAAAAAAAAAAUUCCGAAUUUUUUAAUUGUUUUGGAAUAAUAAACAGUUAAAAAAAAUUCACUAUUCUAAAAAAUCGCGGCCUUUUCUUCUGUUUGAUAAUUUUUUUUUUUUUUUUUUUUUAAUGAUAUGAAAAUAUUACUAAGGUGUCUGUGGCUAUUAUACUAUAUUACAUUCGCCGUCCCGAUCGGCGGCGGCGGUGAACGCGCGCGCACAUACAACAGACACGUACAAACGAGCGAACGCGGCCGUCGUCGCGUCCUUUCUAUCGCAGCCGCGCCGCCGACGUUUCCUCCCCCUACCGCGGCGCGCGCGCCGACGAUGACGACGAUGCUGCCGUUCGGCCGACCGGCCGGUGUCUGCCCGCCGCCGCCCGCCCGCCUGUCCGCCAGACGCGGCCCGCAAAUCCCCUUUCCAAUCCACCGCCACCGGCACGUAGAACCGUCUAGACGUCUAGGCCUCGCGGCGUUCAUGUUCCGGUAACCUUGUCCAGCCCACCCGGCGGCGGCACCUCUCCGGUCUCGCGGUCCCGGCGGCGGCGGCGGCAACGGCUGCCGACUCGCGUAUCACAGACUUAUUAUUAUUAUUAUUUUUUUUUUUUUCUACGCGUGUAAAUGACGCGUUCGUCUAAAUUCAUUUUAUUUGCGCGGUUUAUAAUAAUACAAUUGUUACAUUUUCACACGUUUCGUAACCCGUAAGCUGCAUUUUAUUUCCGUCGAUUAUUAAAUUGUAGAGGUUUUGGUUGUGCACGUAAUGAAGGCUUUUAUGAGUUUGCAUGCGGUUCUGAAAUCGUUUAUCAGUUUUUGAUAUAGAAGAUUUUAUACCCGAAAGUUCUAAUGCGAGUGUCAAAAGUAUAUUCGGUUUUAAGCCCCAUACCUUUUUCCGUUAUAAUGUAUUAUCGAUUAUAAGUCACUGUGCCACUGCGCAUGCUGUUUUCAGAUAAUAUAAUAUUGAUAGGAGAAUAUCUGGAUGAAGGAAAAGUAGGCUUUAGGAGAGUAGCGCUCGGAGGAAAGGGAUUGAAUAAAAGUAGAAGUACAGUUAUAUUAAUAUAUAGUAUGAGUUUGGAAAAAGAGGACAAGAGUUUGACAGACAAGACAGGCAAAUGACAAUGAUAUAAGCGAGAUUGAGAAUUUUAAGUACUUAUGAUCUUUUGUAUAAGAGGACUGUUGUUUUGAUGGGAACGUGAAAUAUAGGAUUAAGUUUGGUCGGAUCAAGUGAAAAUAAUAGUCAUGUUAUUUUUAUCACGAGAAAUUCCAAUGAAAUUUAAAGUAAAUAUACUAUAAGAAUAUGGUGAGACCUACUAUGUGUUGUAUGAGUUAGAAUGUUGGGUGGUAGACAGAAAAAUAGAACAGAGAAUAAGUGUAGUUGACACGAGAAUGGUUGGAUGAGUAGAAGACCGAAAACGACGCAGUUAGAUGUGAAUGAGAAUAUAAGAACGGUGUAAGCGAGGAUGAUAUGGGAAGUCGGGAUAAAUUUAGGACGAGGACGGCUAACUCGGAUGAAGAGGAAUGAGAAGAAGAAUUUCGUCGGUGGUAUUCGAGGUUUUCACAGGAAACAUGAAAUCCCCGGAAUAGUCGAGAAAUUCGAAAGAGUCAUAGGAAAUCCGUUGCUAUAGUCUGCAAUUUUAAAUUCGAACAAAUAUCUCUAAUUAUUUUUUCGUAUAAAUGCUCGUAAAUAUUAAAAAUAUAUUAAAUAUAUUAAAAAUUAAAAUAUCUUAAGUCGCUAUAUGAAGUACUUUUUGUCUGGCAAAAAGGUAAACGUCAUACCUUCAAUGGUUAAUAUGGGGAGGGAGACGGAGUCCGUCUUCUAAUUUAAAUUAUCAGUUCCUUUUAGUCUCACUUUCAGUUUAAGUCUUCGAAGUCUGGAGGGAAUCUUUAACUAUCGUGACUGAGAUAGUUUUAAUGAAAUUAUAAAAACUCCAAUUAAUUGUAUUAAAAAUAAAUAUUUUAAUACCUAUUAGAUAAUACUUAAUCGUAAUUGAUAAUAAUACGUUUGACUUAAUUUUUACGAAAUAGACAUAAUAUGCACAUGAUAAUAUUUUAGGGCAAUUCAUUUUUAAACCCCAUUACUCGUAAUAUUUAAAAUUUUCAUAAUCAAAUGCGUAUGAGAAAAACAUUUUGAAAGUCUUGUCUCCAUGAUGCAGGGUUUCCUAAAAGUUUGGUUCAAUUUAGUUAGUUCUCGGCAAUAUCCUGCGAUUUUCGGUAAAUAUUCGAAGUUUUUUCCAUUUUAGCCAUUACUAGAAUUAUUGCUAUAUGACCCUUGGGCCAUUUAAAAUGUAUUUUAUUAAAUUACUAUUACAUUAUUAUGGUUACGUUAAACCAAAAUAUCAUAUUUUCGAGCAGUCUUAUAAUAUCAAUUACAAAAUAAUAUUUAUAAUCACAUGCGUACGAUACAUUCGAAUUAUUAUUUAUAUCGAAUUUUCGGCGGAUUUUUUUAAAAUUUGUUCACCAACCUAAAUAUUUGGUCAUCAGUUUAAAUGAAAAAAUAAUACGAGUGCGCGCACACACCUUUAUAGGCACACAAAUAUUUGAAUUUAACAUCGCAAUUAAAACUAAAAGUGACGGUUGUUGCAUAAAACAAAAAAUAUUAUGAUACGAUUGAAGUACUUAUAAAAUACACUAUGAUGACGUAUAAAUUGACACGAAUUGUAUUAUGUAUGUACGCAGUAAAUUACAGGAGUACUUCUUGUCGAGUCUUAUGAGUCUUGUGGAGAGGCAGGUAAAAAUAAUAUUUUGUAUAUUACACAGUUUAGUUAUCCUAGCAUCCGACUUUAAAAAUUAUGUGACAAAUUAGUCAUUAAUUUGUUGUAAUUUGGUACUUACCCCAUUUUAACCUCCUAAUGCUAUAUUUAUUUUCAUUUCCGAUACAAGAUGAUAAGCCAAAAUUUGUUAUUCUAAAAUUAUAUAUAUUGUUAAAAAUGUAUUACUAAAAUUAAAACCAAAACUACUUAAUCUUGGUUAAAAAAUGUACAUAAAUCUCCAUAUUUAUAUCUUUAACUGAGAAAGUAGCUCGAAUUUUGAGUAAAAAAUAAUAACAAUGUCUGCUUUAUCCCCUCGUACAAGUUUUAAAUCUUUAUGUAAAUUAUACGUUUUUACCUAUAUGAAUAUUGGAGUGAUAAACAGAAAUAAAAAUACGGGUAUAAGAGGCUAAAACGAAGUAACAAAUUAGAAAAAAUUGUGCCUUAUCAUAUUAUACCGUUUUAUAGUUUCUAAAUACAUUUUUGACCUGUAGUUUUUCUUUAUUUGAAAACUUUCUAGAUUUCCGUUAGUUUUUCUAAAAAUAUAAUGAAAACGUGUACGUUGUCGCUUUAAAUUUUGUCGAUUUCAUGGUUACUUUAUUAUAUAUUAAAGGUUACAAGGAGAAAAAAAAUACCUAAAAAAUAAUAGUCAAGUCUCUACAAAUAUUUUUAACUGAAUUACAACGAAAUUAUAAAAUUUAAAAUAGUAAAAGCAUUAAUUUUGUUAAUGUUCCCGUUCUUUCUACGUUUUUUUUUCGGUUUUGCUCAAUUAUUAAAAAAAACCGAACGGAAAAUCAUAAAACGACUUUCUUACUAACCAACUAGAUUACAAAUGUAACAAAAAAGGUCUUUUUUCGUUUUUCUUAUGGUGCAAUAUUUCUAGUAGAAAACAUAAACCGUACAAAUUUUAAGUUUCAUUUUUUGUCUUUUUACUGUUUUUACUUUGAUUGUUAUGAAAACUAUUUGUAAAAUUAAAAAACCCUUUACUUCUUGACCAACUAGGUUCAAAAUACAAAAAAAAAAAAAAUGAUUUAGGUAUUUUUUGAUUACAGCAAUAUUUAUAGUAUAAAACAUAAUUAGCAAAAAUUACAAAAAAUGAAAUCGGUAAUGCCACGGUGUGUCGUAAAUAUUUGCAAUUUUAAUUAUAAUUUUGUUUUAUUUUAUUUUUUUUGUUUUUCCCAAUUAUUUUGAAAUUCCCUCGGAAAAUCAAAAGAUGCACCCAAGGCACUAACUUAAUAACAUUUUAUUUUAGAAACGGACCUACACUUGAGAAAUCAUCGACUAUUACACAAAUAGAUAGGAGAAAUAACUUGGUGUUUAUUAUAAAAAAUGUUUUUAUUUCCCUUUACCCGAGUACUAUUAUACACCGCGCAUCGGUCCGACAUUAUAAUUUUGUUUGCACUCUGUUUUGUCUGCUUGCAAUGCAUUAUAAUUAUUGUUAUUACGCUUUACUACGAUAUCGUGAUGUGUAACUCGUGUUAAAAAAUUACGUUUUUAUUAUUGUUUUUUUUUUUGUAUUUUUUAAUAUAAUAUAUACAUUUAUUUUUGUUGUUGUUUAGCUCAUUUUGCGCGAUAUUAUUAAUAUUAUAUAAUAUUGUUUAUGAUAUGGAAAUAGUAUUAUUUCGAAAUAAACAUUCCCGCGAUCAAAUUCCGCAAAACCGUAUCGCACUGGCUCAAAUUGUAUAAUAUAUAUUUUAAUCAGCUUAUCUGACAUUGAAUAUGUUUCCUAAAUCUAACGUUAAUUAUAUUAAGACAUUGGAAAAUUAUUUAAAUCAAUGUGUUCAAUAUUAGUCAAGUCAUUUUUUAUUUUAUUUUCAAAUUGAUUAAAUAAACAGCUAAAUUUUGAACAUCGAAAUUAUGUAAAAACUACGAUUAAUAAUGAAGAAUAGCACAUUGAAUUUUAUAGUUUUUAAAUUAUGGCAAAAUGUUAAAAUGUCGAUGUUCAGUUUUCAGUAAAGUUAAUUUUUGCUUUAUUGAAAUUUUUUGUAACAAUGAAUUAACACCUUUUUCAUGUGUGAUAUAUUAUAUAUUUAUGCCUUCGUUCAUUUAAUAGGAGGCUAUACCCUUUAUAGGCGGACACAGAUAAUAAAGGACUUAGCCCCCCCCCACAUACAAUUUUAAUAGUUACUAAAAUUUAAACUUGAGAAUUUCUCUAUUUUAUUAGUAUAGUUCUUGAUAAAAAAAUAAAUAUUAUAUAUAUUUUUUUAUUUGUUAUUUCAUUAAGUUUUAAUAAUUGAUAACAUUUUUUGGUGUAUCACAGGACAGUAAAGUUGUACCUCUGUAAGUCACUUUACGUUUACUCUGGAUAACUUCAAUCCUUCUGAAAUAUUCAGCGUAAUGUUUCCGUCUAAUUAACGGACAACAUAGCAAAAUUGCAUUACUUAAAAUAUAAAUCGUGGAGUUAAGGUUUAAAUUCAAAUUUGAACAAAAAAAAAAUUUUUUUUAGGUUAUAGGUACUUAAAUAUAAAGUUAUGGCUAUGUUAAUUUUUGUAUAACAAUUUUUUUCGAAAAAAACUACGUAUGACCAGUUCUUGAAUUGGAAAAAAUAAAAGAAGAGGGACUAUAAGACAUAGGAAAAAUUAGCAUUCCUCGCAAUUAUUGUUUCAACCUAAAUUGUGGGGGGUUUUUUCCCCGAUACUUCCCUUUCACUAAUUUUAAAAAUAAAUUGCAUAGUCCACUAUAAUUAAUACAAUCCAUAAAAUAUGAUAACUUUUAGACUCAUAGUAACUAUUAAUUAAUAGGGUCACAUAACAAAUUAGAUAGUUGUAAUUUUAUACUUAAAUAAUACUUAUAAUAAUUGGAAGCACUCAGCUAUUGAUAAUCGUGCUUAUCAGUUAACAAUUAUUUUAUCAUACAAGGCUGCAAACGUGUAAUAAAAAAAAGGAUAAUUUAGUACUGGACGAUGAAUUCUAAACGCAAACAGUACCGAACCGGCCGAAUUCGCGAUUCGCUGGUUCCGCGCAGCUCUCUGUGAUGGGGGAGGGGGGAUCAUUUCGACACAUUUUAUUAUACGCAUGAUGUCGUAAUUGAUUCGUGUUUGGUAUAUUUUGAUAUAGCUAUUGUUAUUAUUAUUAUUUUGACUAGUGGAAUACAGAAUACGUAUACAAUGUAUGCUAUACAGUACACAUAGAUAAUAAUAACAAUAAUAAUGAUAUGAAUAUGAACGAAAGAAAGUGUGGGGGAAACGCAAACGCGCUCACAAAAAAUAACCCAAAUAUUAUAAAGUCGUGUCUAAUCGAUCGGUCGGUCGGUUUUUUUUCCGAAACGAAAUUACAUACGAGUCGCCACCAACCAGACAAUUAUAUAGAUAUAGUAGACUGUACAAUAUACAAUAUUAUUAUCGCGAGACGAGAUGACUGUGUAUAUUAUAAUAUACACGUAUAGUUGAUAUAUUGUCGUAACAAAAUAUUAUACGGCCUUAAACGCGCAUUACGUCGUCGUUUCGAAAACAUAAUAUUAUAUUGUAUUAUUUUCGCCAUGAUAAUAAUGUUAUGAUAACAAUAUGUGCACGCGUCCGUGUCAGACGAGUCAUGUCUGAAAAUUGCAACGUCGUGGUCUCUUACAUUAUGAGUGGCCGACACAGUUAAGGGCCUUUAACUUUUAGCUGAGGGACAGGGACGAAAGUUCAAGAUUUAAACUCGGUUUCGACGUUUAUAUAAUUUUAAAUCGAAAGACUCUGUGUGACAACCAGACAGUAGGUAUUUUUCAAAAAUGUUUGGUCCUUUCUAUAUUAUGUGCAAGUACAAUACAUGUAAAUCAAAUAUCACGAUGAUAUAGACAAAACGAACUUGUCUGAAUGAACAUUUUAUGUACAAUAACCAGGCAAGUUCAAACUAAUAUUUCUGUUGCACGAAAUCCUACAAUUACUUAUCAUAAAAUAUAGUUGAUAAUUACUCGGCCUUUCCUGGGCUCGAUCCUUUCAACCAAAAUUUGCAAUAAAAAAAAAUGUAAUUUAAUGCAUCUCCCCUUUUUCACCUUUAUCGGUGUUAUACCACUGGUCGUCUGGUUUGUUAUCUUUUAAAAAUUGUUACUUCCUUGUCCGUGAUAACCAAAUCGAAUAAUAAAUUAACAAUUUGUUUUAUUUUGUCCAUAUCACUAAAGUAACCCGGAAAUCGACUAAACAAAAUUGAAUUUUCUCAUAUUAAAAUAUCAAACAUCAAUUGUAAGUCACUUUUAAAGGGUAAAAUUUCAGAAUAAAAAGUAUACAGCGACCUUCCGCUUAUUUUGAAUGACACGUUAUCAAAAUAAAAUUAUUGAUUAGUGUAGCGGACAUACAGACAUACAGACAGAAUUGAUUACUCUGUAAUCUGUAUAUAUUAUUUGAUUUUGUGAUGUAUGUUAGUGAAUUAAAGAAAAAUAUAUUAUUCACAAGUUACAAACAAAUAUACAAUAAAAAUAAAACUAACAGCAUUUUUAAUAAGAUUCAAUGUAUGUGGAUAGAAAACUGUCGGAUUUGCCUCCACUUUCUUGAAGACAUCCUUGGGCGCAGUACAAUAAAUAUUUCAUCUCUAUUUUGUUGUAUGAUAACGGAUAAUAAAGCGAACAGUCAACUAUAAGAUAUAUUAUAUACAUAUAUAUAAUUAUCAGUAGUUACCAAAUAUUAAAAUAUCAUCAGCGAAUUUAUUGGAUGGUCUAAGACCUAUAUCGAAGUUCUCUGUACAAUCCGUAUAUUGGCAAAAAAAUUGGAAAACAAUAAGUCAUAUAAGUGGAAAAAUAACGACUGAUACUAUUAUCUUACCAGUUUACCCAACUCAGAAUCGGAAUUGUUACUUUUAGUAUAUUUUCAUAAACUAAAUAUUACUAAACUUUCUGUAUCUUUCUAACUUCCCGCCUGUAUAAUAUAAUAUAACAUCGUGUCCGGUAUUUUUUAGUUGUAUUAAUUAUUAUUUCGAAUACACAUAUGUGGUUUUUGCAUGUUCCUUUUAUAAUAUUUGUGCAAUUUGUGCGGACGUCUAAGUUUUUUUUUUCCACUUUUUCUUUACUCCGCUUAAAUAUAUACCUAUAUAUAUUAUUAUAAUAAAACCGAUGACGCGAGAAACGUAGUUCGUUGUGUUUAUAUUCGCACACAAACCACGAAAAAAAUGCAAACGACUCACAUUUCAAGUUUUAUAUAUUUAAGUAUAAGUAUAAUAUAGUGAAACGGAAUCUCAUCUGUGGACCGUAAAAAAACCCCGUCUGUUUUCCAUGAAAAUCUGCAUGAUAUUCUUAGGAAAAAAAACAUUUGGAAAAUAUUAUUGUUGUACUUACAUAGCAUCUAUGACGACAGAAUAAUAAAACUCGCGAGAUAUCCUAUCUCACGAUCGGAACGGACGACUAAACGUACGUGCACGUGUUAUCGUUUAUUUUUAUUUGAUAUGAAAUUAUAAAAAGAAAAAAGUAUUUGAAAAACUGACGUGUUAUAUAAAUAUGUAGAUAUAAUAUUAAUAUAUAAAUAUAUGUAUUUACUAUAUGCGCUUUUAAAACUUAAAAAGUUCUAUAAUGUGUUUGUAUAUACUGUAUGUACUGUGGAGUGUAGACGCGUGUGUCGGAUAUAAAUAAACCUUGUGUCGACGACGCGUUGUAAGUUUAAAGUAUAUAUUAUACUGUGCAAUUGAAUCGUUCAUUUUCCUAAUGGGGGUAUAGAAUUGAUAUUUUUUUUAAUUAUAAAAGUUAUUGGAUAAUAUUAUUAUUUCAGGAGAACGAUAAACAACGUAGGUGAAUUAUAUGACAUUAUUAUAUCUUUAAACAUUAUCUACUUACGAGAUUAGAGAUAAUUGCUAGGAUAAUUAUCUAUAGAUGAAGAUAAAAGAUACGUAACAAUUUAAAUACAUAGAUAUAGCAGAUAUAAAUCAGGGACAUCUAUCUAAAUUCAAAAAAAUAAGGAUUGCACAAUUUUAUACAUAACCUACGUUAUAAUACAAAGUGCUAAAAGUAUUAAAAGUUUACCAGAUUUAGCACACAAUAAAAAAGUGGUGCGAUUAUUGAUGUAAAUUAAUAACUAAUUAAACUACAUUCAUAAAAACUAUUUAAUAUUUCAUAUUUGUAUCCACUAUUUUUAAUAUAAAUACAUAAAUUACGAUUUAAAAUAAAAUCGUGAUAAUUUUAUUUUGGUCUAGUAUCCCUGCUAUAGCUACUCAUUUUUAUUUUAUUCGUACAUUUUGAAAUUUAGUAGUUUGAUAAGCCAUAUGGUUAUUGUUGCAUUAAUGUACAUCAGAUUUAUUUAUUAUAUGAUGUCAAUUAUUACAAAAAUAUGGAUAGCGUAGGAUGACUAUAGAACAAGAAGCAAUUUUAAAAUAUUAAUACUAAUUUCUCGAUUCUAUAACGUUUUGGAGACUUUGAAAUUCAAACUAAGUAUUGGUAAUGCUUUGUUCAAUGACCGUGGAUGUAUUAAAUAAAAUAUUAUAGAGAAAAGUUCUUAAGAUGGGCAUAUAAAUGGCGACCUCACACUAAAUGGUUCAGUUAUUCUCGUUUAGCCGGAUAAGAUAAAAUAUACAAAUAUGUAUAUGUAUAGAUAAAUUCAUACAUAUUACGUAGAUAAAAUACAACACCAAUAGACAGUUGUAGCUACUAAAUUAAAUUUGAAUUUUUAAUAAAUAUUCAUUUUUUCGUACCUGCGGAGACGCAUCUAGUUAUAUAAUAUUAUAUAGUAGUACAUUAUAUCAAACCUGGUUUUAUUGUGGAUUAUACAUUUAUAAUAGGAAGACAUCGUAUAGUUUAUCGUAUAAGCUUUUCGUAAAAGUAUACGGUUAUAAUAAUUUGUAUCGAAUAUAUUAUAAUUAUUAUAAUUCGAUAGUAACAUAUUUUAUUGUUGUGUUGUCCGUUUAGAAAACAAAUCCACUCGAAUGGUAAAAUCCACGCACGAUAUUGAUACCUGUAGGUACAAUAAAUUUAAUACGCGACAUAAGUGGUCUAAUGUAAUUUUUUUUAGAUAUGGCGCGCCAAAAACUGCAGCGAUGAAAACAAUAAUUAUAACGGCUCUUGACAGUAUACACAACACGAUCAACAUAUUAUUCGUAAUAAUUUAAUAUUGUGUACUUUUGCACUUUCGAAUUUUGAUGAUUGUAUAGCGAAGAAAUUGUAUGAUCGGUUUUCUUCAUUAGUAUUCACCGAGAUGCAUUUUUUUUUUCAUCACAAAAAACACUUUUUCGGUUAAUGAAAACGCUGUUAUAAAAUCCCCUGUAAUGCUUACCCAUUCUAAAAGGUUUCGAUCGAUAAUUUAUAUAAUUUAUGCGAAUUUAUGCGGACCACUAAUCUACAUGACAUAAUAAUUUUUCCCGUAAGGCAAGUUUUCUAGUCAAAAACUGGGCCUCUUCAGAGGCUAACUAAUCAUGAUAGACUAUAAUAAAUAAUAAUAAAGAAAAAUUAUCAUUAGAACAUAAAUUCAUGGCAUUUGGAUUAAAAUUUAAGUUUAACCACAAAUAAUAACGAAAUUUAUAGAGGAGAAUAUAUGUCUAAGAGCUGUACGUAUAGUUUUUUUUUUAAAAUAAUUAUUCGAUUUACAGAUAAUAAUGUUAUAUACAUGUUAUACUUAACACGCUGUUGAAAAUAAUUGUAUUUCUUAUAACAUUUUAGUCGUACUUAUACUAUAAACAGUGUGUCCGUUUGCGCCAUGAAUUACGAAAUAGGUACCAAAUAUUUGUCAGUUCUUAAAAUAAUAAUAGUUAUAGUAAAAUAGUUGUAAUGUCAUAAUACCAGAGCUGACGUUAAUACAAAUCGAUGGAGGGUAUGAAUAAAGAAAAUUUGUACUUAAUUCAAUUAAUUUAAUUUAAUUUUUAUGAUACGCAAAUUAUGUCGUGAUUUUGCCAUAAAAAAAAAAACUGAUUUCGGCAAAAUUAAGUUUACCCGUUAAAUUUUGCCCUUUGAUAAGUAUUAGUCAUAAAUGUAACAAUAAUCACGUAAAUAACAAUAAACAAAAAGAUACGAAACUACAACAAAUGAUUAGUUUGGCCAAAUAUCGAAAGUUAAAUUGUCAUUGAAUUGUCACAACUCAAUAGUAUCAAUUUCCAAAUUCUGUAGUAAGGUGUAUCGUGGGCAAAAACCGAGGACUUGAAGUGUGUCGAUGUAGCUUUUCAAAAAAAUAACAAAUAAAAUCUUCGGUUAAGAUUUUUUUCAGUAGAGAUUUUCCAAGUGUGUUAUUAUAGUGAUGGUAGAAAAAAUCGUAUUGAGAAAUCGUUUCAACGGAAUAAUUGUAUAAUAUUUUGUAUUCAUUUUUUCCUCCUAAAAAUCGUACGAGAGUAGUGAGUACCUAUAUAUUAUUCACUUUAACAUUGUUGGUAGUUAAGAAUGAAUACAUCGAAUUACUAUUUUUUUUUUCUUUGAGUGAGUUUUCGGAUAUUCUUAUUUGCGUACAUCAUUAUAAUCUGCAAGACUGCAGCACGAAUAUUUUUUCCGAAAUCGUAUUAUCGUUACAAUAAUUAUUUCGCGUACUCCACGUGCCCAUUCGUUUCGCGGAUUUUUCACGGAUUCGGUCGUAAUAUUAUUAAAAAAAAAAAAAACAAGAAUAAUGUAAAUUCGGUUUUAUUAUACGCGAACGAUUCCCGCAGCGGCACGAAAGAGUUUUAACAAUAUAUAGAGUAUAGCUGAUAACAACGCGUAGUGCCUCUGAUGCACUUAAAAAGCAUAUUAUAUUUGAGACGUAUAUAAUAGGUAACAAUAUUUUUUCUUAUUUUUCUAAAUUUGUAUUUAUAUUUUCAUUUUUAUCCGUCGUAUUUUUUUUCCAAUACGCUGUUACACGCCGGGGGUCUAUUCUCAAAUCAAUCGAAAAGGGAAAUUUAUUUUCGAUCGAUUAAAAAAUCCGUAUUCUCAAAUAGUUUUCGAUCAUUCGUUUCAACUGAUAUUUGUUGUAGAAAAGAUUAUUUUCGAUCAUUUUAUCAAUUUAUUUACUCUGCUAUGCGUUCAUCUCGUGAUAUUAAUUUUCUUACGAAAAUUUAGACUUAAGAAUUUCUACCGGUUUCUAAUAUUUUCAGAAUACAAUUUUUUUUUAUGGAAUAUAAAAAUGGCUUAUAAUGAUAUAAAUUGAUGAUUAUAGUGCAAUUUAAUAUAUUGAAAAAAAAUAUAAUUGUUGAAUAUGUUUCAUCGAGCCUCGAAGAUAUUAUAUGUUGCAAGAAAUUCUAUUUGAUAGUAUAACUGAAUAAUAAUUACUUAUUGUAAUUAAAUUAUAAAACGUAUUAUUUCUUUUUUAAUUUUGGUUUUAUAAUUUCAAUUAUAUUUUGAAGAUAAUUAAUUAUGGGGAUCAAAUAAGCAAAGUUCUCGUCAAUGUACUGACCGACACAGCCAAAAGUUGGUUAAAAAGAUAUUAUUCAACUAUAUUUUUAUAGUUAAGAGAUUUCUAAUGUUACCUUGAUAACAUAUUUGUUAGAUAGGUACCUAUUUAUUUGUAGAAGACAAAUUAUAUUUAUUAAAGUAGGUAAGCACAUAAUUAGUACCUAGGUACUAAUAAUUUGUACAAAUUAAGUACUUAAGUUUCAUUGAAAGUAUAAUUUAACAACCGAUAAUAUCGAUUAUAAAUGUUAUUGCAGCAUGUAGCAUUGAUUAUAGAAUAGACUAUUCUAUAAUCAAUAUCAAUGCAUGUAGAUUGUAAGUUUUAACAAUUAAAUAGUCGUAAAUCGCAAACAAUUUAUUGUUAUCAGUCGUAUAUUCCGUUUUUACAUGGAAUAAAAACUCUUCUAGUGAUAAGCGAUUUGACAAUCGAAAAUACAAUUCACGAUUUACAAUAUUUGAUCUCUGUCUGAGAAUACAUUUGAUUGAAAACUAGCAACCGAAUAGAUUUUUUUGAUCGAAAAUCAAGGAUUGAAAGAGUUAUUUGACCGAUUUUUUCGAUUGAUUUGAGAAUAGGCCCUCAGGUAUGAAACUUCGAGAUUAAGGAAGAGAAAGAGCGCUUUUAAACCGGCUGCUCUGUCUCGGUUUUCACCUACUACGACAUCACAAGUGAAUAAUAAAUAUUGUGCAAACACGGACCAAACGACGAUCCAUAUCUAUACCGAAUAAUAAUAUAAUGUGUCAUCGACUGUGUCAAUUUUUCAAUUUGCACCGAAAUCAGCCUGUAAUAUAAACGAAAUUUACAAUCGUACUAUAAUAUGUAAUUCGUACUGAAAUGUAUGAUAUAUUUUGCACCACAAUGAUAAUAAUAUUUUAUGUAAUUUGAAUCACCGUACAUUUUAAAAAAAUAUAUUCAGAAUAUAUGUUUGAAUAAUUCAAAAAUUAUUUGAAUACUUUAUUUUUUUCUAUCAGUUCAUUUAUGUCAGUUUUGGAACAACAGUUCUGACAUUAACAUUUAAGAAUUCAAUAUUUUAUUAAAUAAACCGAUUACUGAUUAAUAUAGUUAACCAAAAACUGUCAUUAAUAAGCCAAUUCUUAAACUUCGAAUAAAAAUAAAACUAAAUACUAUGUUUAUAAUAAUUGAUUAUGCGGAUUUUUUAACAAUUUAAGAUUUAGAUCACAAAAAUUAUUUAUUCAUAUAUAUUUAUGAGAAAUUAAAUAAAAAAAAAAUACAAAAGCAAUAAUUUUUAUAUUUUGUUUAUAAUUUUAAUUUCAUAAUUACAUUUUGACUAUUAUUUUUUUAUUAUCUAUUAGUUAAAUUUUAAAAAUACUAAAAAUGGCAAUAACGGUAAACUAGUUAAAAUUUAAAAACCAUUUUACUCCGAAAUGUUCUAGAUAUGUAAAUACGUUUUCCGUCGUCAUAUGUAUGUGUAGAUCAGUGACGCAACUUGAUAAUAAGAAGCCCAUAUAAAAAUGUCCAGGCUUGGGCAUUUACAUGCUAAUAAAAAUGAAAAACAGUCAUACUUUUUAUUAUAGCUCUAAAAAAUAUUUUUUUCUCACAUGUCAUAGUUAUACCUAUUUAUUUUUUUGUAAAAUUAAGCAUAAAAAUUAGUUCUUGUUUUUACGACAGCAAAGUUAUUAAUUAUUUUGUUUAUAUCUAAUUCAGCUGUUAUUUCUUUCUUUUAAUGUUUAAUUUACUGAUUUUGAAAAGGCGAUCUUGUGCAAUUGAGUUUCGCAGGUAAUUCUUAAUCAACUUUAAUUUUGAGAAAGAUCGUUCUUCUGAAGCAAUUGUUACGGGUAAGGUUAAAUAAAUAGGUAAUACAUCUUAAUACAUCACUGUAUAUAGUGCUAAAAUUAUUUUCCAAAAUAAAUAUGACAAGACGUAUAUUGUCAUGACUUACACACGCUAACAUAAUUAUGUAUAAUAAAAUAAGAAGUUUCAAUUAUAGCCUAAAUUCUAUACCCGCAUUCUGAUUUCCAGUGCCUAUACAGUACACGGCUAUACGGUACGCAGGUUUUUAACAACAUUAUUAUAUUAAAACAAAUAAUAUAAUAUGUGUAGGGGAGGGGGUACAUUGAGAUACGAGACACAGUGAGUAAAACAAUGUACCAUAGAUAACAAAGAAAAUCUAGCGGUUCGUAUUGAUAUGCAUCGGAUGCGUAAUUAUAAAUGUAACAUUUCUAACAAGCGUCUAGAGAUAGAAUAUCCGAACGGCUGCAAGAAGGCCAAUUACUACGUUAUCAUAAAACCAUUAUCAUUAUCACUCACAGUUUAUCACCACUAUUGUGUUUAUCACUACAUUUUUUACAAUUUACGAUGUUCACUGUGCACAACUUUUCAAUCAGAAAUUUUUCUCCAACUUUUAAUGAUAGCAAUAUCUUUAAAAGGAAAUUUUAAUAGGGAGGUACUUUAGAGAGGUUAUAUUUCGGUUUUCUAAAGUUUUCUCAGCAAAUAUGAAAAACCGGGAUAAAACAUGAGAAAACCAAGAAAAACUUAGUGUAACGAUAUUUUUUUCUGUGAACAAGUUUUCUACCAGCAAUUUUGCUCCAACUUUAAAUGAUAGCAAUUUUUCUGAAAAGAAAUUUCACUGUGGAGGUACUUUAGAAAGGUCGUUUUUCGAUUAAAACCGGGUAAAUCGGUACAACAUUAAACCAAUGUUAUUAAAUAAAAUAUUUAAGGCCUAUUUAAUUAUUUUACUAUUAUAUUGUUAAAAAAGCAUCACUAUCAAUUGAGCUUCGCACAGAAUCAAUUUUUCGUAAGCAAUAGUUUAUCGUUGCUUACAGGUAUACAUUAAAUUUCCUAUAACAUUGGCUGCACACGUCCCCAUUAUCCUAGGAUGUAAUUUUUUACGUUUUUAAGCGCUUUUUUGAGGAUUUUAAUAUAAUAUAAACCCUAUUAAUAAAAUAUAAAGAAAGAAUAUAAAAUAUAAGAACAUAAAUCAUCAUAUUAAAAAUGUGUAUUUAUCGUGCUUUUAUUAUUUUUAACCUAACCUAACUUUUUUAUAUUUGUAUUUAUAUCACAAUUCAAUGAUUCAACAAUCAAACCAAUCUACCUUCCGAAUUGAAAAGGACAAAUUUAAAUUAAAUAUUGAAAAAAUAUUUGAUGGAAUUUCAAUUUUUGAAGAAAUGUUUCUCUACUGCCAGACCCACUUUAGCUACUUAAAAAAAUGAACAAAUAUUAUCAACAACAUAAUGUUUGUUUAUUUUAUUUUUAUUUAUAUUUAUUUUUAAAUAUGUAAACAUUAUAUUAUUUUGACUAGUUAAAAAGUUUAUUUGUUUCACUUUCACAAAUAGUUGAAUUAUGUCAAGAAAAAUAAAAUGUAAUUAACUUUAUAAACUAUUAAGAUUAACUAAUAGAAUAUAUUGCAUUUUUAAUUUAGUGAUAAGCGGUGAUAUGAUGAUGGUUGUAUGAUAACGUAGUAGUUGGCCAUCUUGCAGCCGUUCAGAUUUUCUGUCUCUAGACACUUGUACAUUUCCAUUCUGUAGCGGUUUGAUACCGAUAACCUGAAUCAUGUUUAUCAAAAUUUCCCGUAAUUGUUUUAUCAUAUGAAAAAAAAAAACAAUAAUAAGAUAUGUCUUUAGGAAGAAUAGUAGGAAUAUCGUACAUGAUUUCUCGAGGCCCCCCAAAACAGAGGGCCAACACUCCUGAUGAUUGCGCCACUGGUGCAGACAAACGCAUGCGAAGUAUUUUAUUGCGUCAUCAUGUCACUAUUAUUAUUCCUCUGACUGUCAUUAUUAUUAUAAUAUCAUAUUAUUAUAAUAAUAUUAUAUUAUUAUUUUUUUGUUGAACUCGAUAGAAAAACCUCAAGGACGAAUGGUUCGCCCGUGCGAACCGCAACCUGUACGAGUAUACUACUGUUUACGCCACAGUGUCGACGAACUUUUGUGACUUUUAUCGUGUUCCACAGUUUUUUUAUAACUAUUCGUAUCAUUUUAUUUUUACAAUACAAAAUUGGUACACUUGUAUAAUACUUAAUAGUUUUAUAAUCCAUAGGUUUCGCGAUGUUUGUCGUAUUUGGGUGAUAUUUUUAGUUUCUUCGUAGUCAACGUAGUUCCCCCCGCAAUCACCUCCCCUUCCAAUACUAGGUUUAUCACCAAUUCGAUAGUUUCUUAUAAUAUUUAUUUGCAAGUUCGCUUUUUCGGUAUUAUAAUAAUAUGAUGAUGAUCGCGUCUGUAUGCGUACUCUACUAGUAAUAUAAUAUAUAACAUUAAAAUAUAAUAAUAUUCAUAACACGACGAAUGGUGACGUCAAUUUCAAUUUUAUAUCCAGAAAUACGCAUUCGAAUAGGGUUUUUGGUCGCAAAGAUUUUAUUCAAGAGAUCAGAGUUGCGUUACUAACGGGCAAACAAACACUAAAUGUGCGCGUAUAACAAACGAAAGGCCCUUUAAAACAUUAUCUUUUAAGCGAAAUUAAAUGUCUACUACGCCAUUUUCUGUAAAAUUGCAAUGAAUAAUAGUCGAAAAUUAGGUGUUCGUCCCAUAAAUUAAAUGCAGGUCAAUCGUUUACACUUAGCCAUCAUCCCGUAAAUAAAAUAAUAGCGUGCGGAGAUUUCUAUAUGAUAUCUAAUUGAAAAUAAAAUUAAAAUUAAAAUAAACAUUGUAAUUCAGAUACAGCAACCCAGUAUUAAGUACACCUACAACAAUUGUUUUUUCUAAAGAAAUAGUCGUGGAUGUUUAAACUUGUGAAUUUUAUUAAACUCACUACUUAAAGUAUUUAUAAAGUUACAAAUUUCGCCAAUCAUUCAGCUUUUACGAUUUUAUGCAACAUCACUUUUCCAAUUAACUUUAUACAAUUGUAUUUCAAUUAUCUGAUUUUAAGAAUUGUUUAAUUUAAGUAACACGUAACCACAGUGUAUUCGAAUGUCAACUAUGCUAAGUUUAAGUAUCUGCUACGUGUCAAGUAACUGGGUGUAACUUAAACCAUUUUAGAUUCUAAGUGGAAGAAAGACUAAAUUGGUUUAACAAUGAUGUUUAUUUUUUUCUGUGAACAACUUUUUUACCAGAAAUUAUGUCCAUUUGCUUUUUAGUUCUUCAUUGGUCUUAGCCAUUUAAGACUAUACCGUUAACCAGACGCUCUACCAUCUAAUUCUAACUUCUGUUAUUUUCGCAUAUGGAUAUGGGGUCUAUUAUACAAAUCGUAGAUGACAUGAUAUUUCGAAGAUGACUGAAAUAAUAUUUAACUCAUUAUCGGAGUUACGGACAAAUAAACGAAUUUUUUCAAGUAGGUAAUCGUGGCUUAUUUAAUAAUUUAUAAUAAUUUAUAAAAUAUUUAAAAAAAGAACUCUUUGAUAACGCUGUCAUCUAUAAAUUGCAAAAUAGGCAUCCCCUAAAACCGAUUUUAAAGGCCUCGCGCCUGCACACAUUUUUGCUAUAAUUCCCGUUAGAAUGUAACAGAGAGAGUAAAUUGACGUAGUGAAUGUGAAAAAUGAUCACCAGUUCGUUUUGGCCAACGGUGUUUGGUACGAACUCUAAUCGAUUUCAAAGUAUACCAGACCCAACACCCACAAAAGACACACGUCACUAUCGUGACUAUACGGGUAUCAUAACGGUAUGGGGGGAGGGGGUGGAGUAAUAGAGUUGUAAACAUCAGUAUGUGUACAAAUAUAUAGCGUGUUCUUAUUACAAUAGUUCCCGUGCUCGGGUUGACUCGUAUACUUAUGGACCUCGUUGUAUUUACAGUUGGAACGGUGAUGGUACUGAUGGUGGUGACGGUGGUUGUGUUGGGUACUGUCGGGCUGCUCACUUGCGUGCUGCAUCAUUACAAUCAACAAUACAACCCGGCCGUGCCCUGUCUGUCGGCUCCGUCCGGCCCUCACCACAGGCUGUCCACGCCGCCGCCACCGCCGCCGUCGCCGCCGACCAAAAAGAAAAAGCCGACAACGAUAACGGCGACGACGACGACGACAACCGCCACUACCACCCUCGUCAUCGCCUCCUCGCCGCUGCCACCGCCAUCACCGCUGUCGACGUCCAUCACCGACAUCAGCCGAAAUAGCAGUUGUCGUAGCUGCAGCGCGUCCUCACGAACCGCCGUAAGUGUGAUGAUGAAUCGCCACUACCACCGCUAUCGCCGCCCCCCAACGUGACUAGUGACUAGUACCACUGUAAUAAUAAUAUACCGCAACUGCAACCCCCCUUUCGGUGCCCGGUCGAAAAACGGCUAGUGCGUUCGUUUCGUUGCGUGUGCGACGACGGGCGCCGGCGCGCGUUCAGCUUUUAUUUUGUUGUUAUUAUUGUUGGCGGCGGCGGAGACCAAACGCCGCUGUCGCCGCCACACGCUCAUUUAUUCGCCGCGGUCGCGAUGUCGGCAACGCAGCGCCCGCGCGAACGGUUGAAUUCAAAUGUAUUGAUUAUGAUAUAGGGUCAUGUGGCCAGCGCGCGGUGUCGUGCACGGCGCGUGUGAGUACGGAGCGUGUAAGGGCCGCGCGCACGACGUUUGCGACGGUGCCAAGUUUAAAAUGGGUCGUCCCAGAUUCACACGCGUGCCGCUCGCCCAGUAUUAUUAUAUAAAUAUAUAUAUAUAUAUACAGUACGAGCGCAAUGGUUGCCUCCAGUUUCUUCCCGAAGACACUAUGCAUAAAUGAGAUAUUAUUAUUGUUAUACUGCAUCGCUCUGUAUACACACGUGACACGUGUACGUAAUAUCAUUUCCGCGCGCAUUCACCCCACCGCCCCCUCCCCAUUCGAUCGUGUGCAUGCCGUUACGUUUUCCCCGACGCGGUAGCCGUUCCGUUGUGUAGGACGAUUAGCCCGCGAAAAGGCGACGUUUUUUUCCUCUUCGGGCCUCUCGUAAGCAGAUAUAUCGAUUUACCAAUUCGUUUAGGCCCAAUUUCGAAUUAUUGACCCUAGAGCGGCCUUUGAGUUUAAUUAACAGUAUAUGGGUAAAAAAAACCCCCUAAAAAUACGAGAAAAAAUAAGGUCAUUUUGAUUAUCGAUCAACGAUGUCUACAGAUUCCUUCAUUACCUAUAUUUUUCCGUUCGGAUGUGAUGGUUCACAAUGGAGAGAGGAGAACCCUUGAAAUAAACUUGGAGUAACUUAGGCACUAACCCUAGUAAAACUUUUAACAUCGUCUGAAUUCGGCAUUUUGGCCGGUCACUGACUAAUUUUGGAUCAGGGGGAAAUUCAAAAUAUCUGUAAAUGUCUCACACUUUUUGUUUUUAUGCCUUCAUAAAUAAUAAUCCAAUCAAAUUCGUUUUAAUUUGUCUUAGUCUACCGGCAAAUAUUUAAAUGUCACUUCUGAAUCAUCAUUUAAAAUGUUACGCCCUUGCGUAAACCCUGCUCGUCGAAAUACAUUUAGAAGUGAAUUAUUACUAUUGUUUAGCCAUAUUUCCCCCUGUGGCAGUGGUCUUUUGAUUUUCGUCGACCUACGCGAUUAUCGCUUUGCGCCACCUGUUCUGGGAUAUUUUAUUUUUUUAGCAAAUAUCUGGACGUCCGUUCCCUUACUUUCAAAAAAAUCUCUACUAGCUGCAGGUCAACCAAACCUUCCCGCAUUAACUUUCGGUCUUUCUCCAAUUAUUCUCCCCCCAAAAGUGAAAGUAUUUCCUAUAUAAAAUAUAAAUUUACCGAAUUCUAUCAUUUAACAUUUAUUUUUCAACGGAUACUCAGUAUACUGUGCAAAAUAUUAAUCUACCGGGUGUCCCAUGGAUUUUAUUAUUACUGUGUAUCCGUUUGGACACGGAAAACUUCUUUGAAAAUAUACUCUGUUCGCAAGCGUAGACGAAUUAUAGCCGAGUAUUGUAAAAUUAUAAUAAAACGCAUACCAUAUUAUAUUGCACACAAAAGUAAUCGAUAGGCUCGUUUUAAAUUAAAUAAAAAUGUAUAAACAUGCAUAGAAAAAAUCUAAACCGCCUAUUUGGUUCAAUAAUAAUUGCUGUUAUAGGCGGCCAUAAUAUAUUAUUAAAAAAAAAAAUCGCUGCAAUUACAAUUAUUAUAAGCAGUUCGUUCGAGAAUUAAUGCUUGCAAUUGAAAAUAUGUCUAAACCGCAUUACUUUCAUUAAUUUUUAUGGUUAUCGGUUUUUUUUUUUUCAAUGCUAUUUUGUGCAGACAUUAGAUUACAUCAUUGUGCCCUUUGCCCCAUAUGUGCAUGUGUAUGUGUAUGUGUGUGUGUGUGGGUGUGUGUGUGUUUGCGCGCGCGCGCGCGCGUUCUUUGAUCUUAACGUUUUUCGAGACACAUAUAUAAUAUACAGGGGCUAAGUGGCCGGUCCAGAAAUUUGAAUUUUUCAGAUUACCCCUGGAUCGCAACAUUGACUUCGUGGUUUGAUAUUUAUGUACAAUAUUUUACUUAGUCGUAUUAUUUAGAAAUUAGUAAAAAGUUAUGCAUAAUAUUAUUGAAUUAUCUUAUUUUGGUACCUAUUAAGCAUUUUUUAUACAUACAAAUUUUAAAGUAUUACAUUCAAAUAUACUACGGCAAAAUCACUUUUCUAAAUUUGUAUAUUGAAACUUCCCACUCCCCCUCUUAUCUUCGCCCGUGUCUCAAGUAAAAGUGUUUUUAGCUUCCCUCAAUUUAAAAUCCUGGCUUCGUUAAUGGUUCAAAUUGAAACGCCAAAACAAUUCCGUUCAGCAGGUAUGAAACGAAUAACGAAUAAUUACCUACGUAGUUUGGAUAAAUUUUAAUAUCUAAAUUUGGUUCCCGCACUCUACCCCUACGACUUUCAAAAGAUGGAUUUAUGAAAUGUAGCACAUUGUGUUUCAUUAAAUUUUAUGUUAUAGGUUCUUUUUUUUUUCGUUAAACUUUUUUCAGCCAAAUAUUAUAAGUAGGUACUUUUUACAUUUUAGUCGAAAAAGCUAUUCCGCUGUCGUUUGGGUAUAUAAUGUUAAAGAAGAUUCUCGACACAGUACGCCACUUAUAUUUAAGGAAAAUGGAACUCAAACACACUUAUAUAUCACUUGGUUUUAACCAGACGGCGACGUAAAAACCUAAAAGUACUUUUGGAUAACGAAAACUUUUGACCCAAUUCGGUUUUGAGACGUUAUUGACGUACGAAAUCCGUGUUCGUCUUCCGCGAAAAUUUUCAAACACCCGAGUGCUUGUCUUAUUUUUUAAUGAUUCCUUUUUCAUUGUUAAAAUAUAUUUAAAUGUUUUUUUUUAUAACAAUCGUGACCGUAUCGUACAAUUAUUUAUUUUAUUUUAAGAGGACUUGAUAACUCCGCCGUCAUCAUUCUACUGUAAAAACCGCUUUGCGCGAAAGAAAAGCUACCCGAAUAUCGUUAGCAAAAAAAAAAAAAAAACACUGAAAUUUCACCAUAAAAAAAAGAUAACGUUGGUUUUAAUUAUUCAAUACCAUAUAUAUAUAAAACCGUUAUUAUUGUUUUAAAAUCUGAUAACGUUGAGUUUUUUCAAAUUCAAAUAACUUAUUUCGUAGUAGUGCGUUAUCAAAAAACUCAAAACCAACGUUGCGCAGUGCAAGUUCUCUGUAUUUUAACGAUGAAAAUUUGAUUUCUUAUAAAUAGUGUGAAUAGUUUUUGCCCGCGGUAUUUCGUAAACAUUUUAGUUGAUUGCACAAUAAAUAAUCGUGAUGAAAUACGAGAUUAUUUGUAAACGUAUUUGAGAGUGAAAUUGAAUAAUUUUGGGUUGGUACAAUUUCAUUUUUUCAAAAAUGUCAAGAAAAUCGCCUUUACGCAUUCCUAUAAAAUACGGGAGGUACUCGUUCUUUUAAUACGUAUUAUCGUAAUCUGCUUAUAUUCGACUAAAAUAUAAUAUAGAAACGCGUAAAUUUUAAUUUAUAGUCGAUUAUUUAUUAAAACUGUCGGUUUUUAAAAAGAUCAGUGUUUUCAGUAACAAUAUAUAGGUAUAGUGUUUUAAUUAUGCAGUUUUGAAUAAGUUAUCGACAAAAUGAAUGCAGUACCACAGAGUUCUGGCUAAUAAUGCUAAUACCACUCACGGAUAUUUUAUAAAAUUGAUUUUUUUGCGAUUUUCUUACAGGUUUUUUAUUUUCAUAAACAUUACGAGUUACGAGUUCUCAUCUCUCUAAAUAUUGUGGCAUGCAUUCAUUUAAUAUUUCACAAUAUUUUCAUUAGUUAUUGUAAAUUUUCUGAUUUUGUUUAUUUUAUACGAAUUCUAAUUUCAAUAUUGUUUAUAGAUAAUAUUGGUAAUAUUGAAUAUUUUUGUUUAGCGAAAAAAACACUUUUUCAACCGUUUUAAAUUAAUACUGUCCGAAGCCUUUUAUCGGUUUAUUUGAUACCUAUAUACAAUAUAUUAUAAUAUAUUGAAUUAAUUAUUUGAGAACCGUUUCUACACUCAAUCCAAUUAUGCAUUAGUCAUAAACUACAUUUCCGCCACAAGAGUCUCAGCGGUUCUAUACAAUGCUAAAAAGGUCCUAUAAUCUUUUUUCGGACGUUUUUGCCCCGUCCUUGAUAUUACACAGCAGUUUGUAAUAAUAGGGGACAACCCUACGUUUCGUUUAUAUAUGGAGAAAUUACUGGGAUAUGACGAAUUUCAUCGUCGGGAGAAAGGGGCGAAAAAAUGGGGGGCCGUCGUCGUGAGACGAGUGAAAGGGGGAGAGACAGAAGGAAAACAAAACAAAAAAAAAGAGUAAAAUAAACGGUCGUGCGAAAGGGAGAUUAGUAAACACGCAUACACACUCACGAGUGCGCGCCCUUCCAUUGUCUGCGGCGGGCCGUUCGGGAAUAAUGUGCAGUGUACGCGCGUCGCAUCUCCACGCGGGGACGUCGACAUCGAAGUUUUCCCACCCCGAAAAAUAGAAGGAAAGGUCGUAAAUUUGUAUUGCGCGCUGCAACGGGUGGGGUGGGACGAAAGAGGGAACCUUUGAGUAACGGUUUUUAUAUUUGGGCGUAUUAUAUACCUAUACAUAUAUUUGAAACGUUCGGUCGGAGCAAUGACGUGUGUGGGGUGGUUUGACAUGAAAAACGAUCCGUCGCCAGUGUUCCGUAUUCGGGGGGUCUGUCCCUUCGCUUGUAUAUGUAUGCCGGCAUAGCCCGGCGGCAGCGUCCUCCGAGUUACGGGUUAGAGUUAGGAGUCGGAGUUUGCUAUUAUAGCGCACGCGUCUCUCGGACUCUUGCAUAUUACAACACAAAAAUAAUAAUACUCUUAAACAAUUUUAUACGUACACAUGAUUACUUAUGCAAAUACAAAUAAAUAACAUUGUUUUUUUCGUCCGUAUUAUAGAUGUUGACGAUGCGCAGCAAUAACGGGCUAACCCGAGAACACGACCAUCAGGUCCGGUUACACUCGGUCCGGACCGACCUGGGUUUGGACCUGCCACCGCGAAUCCACUUACCGGACGGCGAGGAAUACCCGUACGAUAGCAUGGCCAAAAUACAUUUGCGAAAUUCUGAACAAGUACGUAUUUUAAAUAAUAAUUUUGUUAUGAUUUUGUUUUAUAUACGGGAUGACGAAAUCGCAUUGAAUUUUCAAUAAUUUAUUCGCGUAUAAAUUGAAAGAAAACCCGGACUAUUUCAAAUUACAAGUAUCUAUCUACAUGCGAGUCUAUAAAUAACUCGAUAAGACCUGAACGUAUUUCGGAAAUUAUAAACAACGGACUAGAAAAUGAAAAUAUAAAUGUUCAGUGACAAUAUUAGGUCUCCACGAUUUUUGAUCGUCAAAAAGAAAAAAUCCAAUAUAUAGGGUUCCACAAAGAUAUUGCUUGUAUAAUGGUUGUAAUAUCUUCAAAUUUAACAUGUUCAAAUCCUGUUUUUUGUUUUAAUUAUUAUUAACAGGAAUAAGAACUACAAAUAUUUGUGUUCAAGUUAAAUUUGUAUGUUUUGGUAAAAAAAAAAACAAAAAAUUAUUAUCUCUGCGAGUAAUAUAAAAAAAAAGCAGAAUUUAAUUAACUUUAUUAUCUCAAGAAAUAUUGCAAUAAGUAUAUCUUCGCGGGAAGGUAUCAUUCUGUUUUUUUUUUUUUUAAAUUGACUUUCUAAAUGCCUGGCCUAGUCGAAAUUCGCUACCGGAUACCGUCCCAGAUGUUGUGGAUUGAAGUAAGUCAUAUAUUUGAUAUCAACAAUUUGUUUACAGAUACUAAAAAUACAAAAAUGAUAUAUUAAAAAGACGUCCUAGGAUAAUGGGGACGGGUGCAGCCACUGUUAUAGGUAAUUUAAUGUAUACUUGUAAGCAACGACAAACCAUUACUUACGAAAAAACGAUUUUGAGCAAAGUUCAGUUGAUAGUGAUGCUUUUUUAACAAUAUAAGCCAUAUUGUAGUAAAAUAAUUAAAUAGGCUCUAUAUAUUUUCUUUAAUAAUAUUUGUUUUAUGUUGUACCGAUUUUUUCAGUUUUCCUAUGUUUUUCCUGUUUUCCCUCGGUUUUUUUUUCGGUAUUUCAAAUUUAAUGAGAAAACUCCUCAAAAAAUCAAAAAAUGACCUCUUUAAAGUACUUUCCUAAUUAAAUUUCCUUUUAAAAAACUUGCUAUUAUUUUAAUUUGGAGCAAAAUUGUUGGUAGAAAAGUUGUGCCUUGGAAAAAAAAACGUUAUGUUUUAUUAUAAUAUAUAUCAUAUAUUUUCCUGUUUUUUUUCGAUUUUUUAAAUUUGAUGAGAAAUUUCUUGAGUAAAUUCGAGAAUAACCUUUUCAAAGUACCUCCCCAUACUAAUUUCCUUUCAGAAAAAGUACUACUCUUAGAAAUCUGAGAAUUCUUUGGUAGAAAAGUUGUUCACAGUUUAAAAAAAAAAAUAAACGUCUUUGUAAAACCAUAAGCUUCUUUGCUCCACUCAGAAUCUUAAUAUUCGUAUCGACUUUAUGGACUUGAUAUUUGUACAGAGAACUUUAAAAAUUUAUUUUUUUAUACGUAAUAAAAUUUUUAAAAAUGUAAGCUAUUUUUGAGGUAAAAAACAUUUUGAGUUUAACGUAGUUUCUUUUGUAAAAAGAAAUUUUAAUUUCAAAUUUUGACAAAAAUCGUUUCAGUAAAAACAAAUCUGAUUUAAAAACGAUGGUGAAGUGAGAAUUGAGUGGAUUGACUAUGUUUCGAAAUUAUAGCUUUUUGAUGUUUUGAUACUAAACGGAUAUUAUAUGUUAUGUUAAAUAAUUCUAUAUUGUCUAUUUUAAAGUAUAUUUGUUAUUGUUUAAUGGUUGUAGGUGCAUAUCGUUAUUCUACGAGAGUUCAAGUCUGGGUUUCAAAAAAAUUGUUUGCGUUUUCUUUUCCCUUUUACGAAAUAGGGAAAACAAAUUUAUUUUAAAUGUACCUAUAGAGACCCAGCUAUCGCUCGUUCAGACUAUUUUAGUCGAAAAAUACCCCUCGAUUUUUUGUGCAACCUUUUUUACCAGAAAUCUUGCUCCGAUUUACAAUGAUAGCACUUUUUCUGAAAUUAAAUCUGAUUGGGAAGGUACUUAAAGAAAGUCAGUUUUCGAUUUUUCUAAGAGUUUUCUCAGCAAAUUUAGAAAACCACGAAAAAAAUUGGGAAAUACCGGGAAAAACGUAGAAAAAACGUUACAUUACCAAAGAAAAUAUAUAAUACCUAUUUAAUUAUUUUACCAUAAUAUGACACACAUAUUGUUGACAAAGCAUCAUCACUAUCAACUGAACUCCACUCAGAAUCGUUUUUAGUAAGCAAUGGUUUGCUUACAGAUACAAAUUAAUUUCUCCACUAUAUCCUAAAUAUUCCCAACUCCUCACCAACUAUAGUGGUUGCACCCAUCGUGCAAAGUAUGUCCGUCUUUUUUAAUUUCGAUCUUCAUAGAUAUUUUGGUUAGAACAUAACAUUUGGAAGACAUAUGUUAUCGUAAUCGGGAAUAGCCCGAAUAAUCCGAGUUUUUGCUUCGAUCUUACACGGAAUUUUUUGACGAAGUCUUAAGUUAGGUUAAUCGUUAAUAUCAUCUAUAAAACCACGAUGAUAAUAACAACCUUAUCAUUACUAUAUAAAAAAAACUAUUAUGUCGUUUUAGGAACGAGAAAUCUACCAGAAAUGUAUUCGAGGACCUCCGAACCGAACGAUAUGGCAGCCGGUCUCGGAGUGCGGCGGGAAACUUUCACAGCCGCACAGAUCCAGUUCCACAUCGGGCUUGACGUCUCUGUCCACGUCGCCGUCUGAAGUGGACUCGGUCACGAGAUGCAACAGCGUAUCCUCCAGGUACGCGUAAGUAUAAUACGAUAAUAGUAUUUCCUUGUUUCGUUUAGUCAGUUAUAAAGGUUAGGUCGGUUUUUUUUAUGUUUCUGUUAUUAUAUUACAAAAAAAAAAAAACGCCACUCGUUAAUCUCAAAUGUUUUAAUAUAUCUAUAGGUGCCAUCUUUUUCGAGUUUUUAUUAUAUAAAUCAAGCCUUUUUUUCUUAUAACUCGGCUAAAGUUCAAAAUUUCUAGAUACGAUUACUAAAUAAAUACUCAUACUUAUGAGUUUAUAAUUUUAAGCUAAUGUGUACGGCGAUUUAAUCCUCUGCAGAUCUUCCCACCCCUACAUAUGCCAUUGCGGUUUUAAUAGUUCGAUUGAUGCUAAGCGAAGCGAUAAGAAUUCUCAAAACAGAUUUGAACUCAAUGUAUAAUUUAUUACAUUACUUAAGAUCGGUCUGGCCACUUAAUUUUUCAUUAAUUUUUAAAUAAAAUUGUUGGAAAUGAAAGGCUGUAAUUUCCGAAAAAGUCGCGAUGUACCUAUACACUUCACACGUCGAAUUCAAAAGCAGUUUUUAAAAUUAUUGUUCUUAUCGCUUUACUAUAUACAUCGAUAGGAUAAAGAGAAAUAAAUGAUCUGUCUAAAUCGCUAAUGCUGAGUAUAUGUGUUGGAUACGGGAAAAAAAUCCCCUUAAAUGGUGGCUGUUUGACAUAUUAUCCUCUUAAGGGGGAGAAAAAAAUAUCCAUCACAAUAUCUGUUGACUACGUUUUUGACCUUCGCCAACAAUAAAAGUAUAGAGUCACUUUCUUUAGAUAGGUAUUAUACUUAAAGUAUAUCAGUAUAGGUAAUAUUAUUAUUGUUGACAAAUUCAGCGAUGGCGGUCUAUCGAAAAAAAUCCAUCAGUUAUGCGAAUAUGAAAGUAAAAAUGUCUAAAUGAAUUCCGUUCAAGUAGUUUAACGAGUGCAUUUUAUCGAAACAAGCCAACGAUAAGAUUAUUGCACUUUUCUCCGUAAAAUUUUUAUUCGACAGUGUCGACUGUUUUCCGAAAACGCGUCCGUUUAUCUAACAUUAUAAUAUUGCGAUAUUCGGAAUUUACCCCCCCCCCUCCCUUGUUUUCUCAAUUUUCAUAACGCAUGUACACACUUUUUUCGGUGUUAUUUUAUAGCACUGACGAAUCGUCUAAAAUCGUCUUCGUUUUUUUAGGGUUUUCAAUCAUUCGAUCGGUUAACAGUAACUCGUCUCUGUAAUAUACGGUUUCACCAUCAAAAUAAAAAUCCAUCAAUUUUCGAUAUUCUUUGAUUUUCAUGUCCUAGAGAAUAAUUUCAAAUUUAAAAUAUGAGCAAAAGUUGUAUAUAUAUUAAGUUUUGUCAAAUUAAUCCACAUAAUGUACCUUUGGAAUAUGACAUAGAAUUUGAUGUUUUGAGUAAACAUGUGGUAGCCAUAAACUGAAGUAUGCAAAACAGCCACAAACCUAAAUAUGGCAAUCCUAAAUUUCGUAUUAAUUAACAGUGCUAAAAAAAUAACUGUAAAACGUCAUAAAUUGCAAUUAUGGCAGUUAAAAAUUUUUAGAAUAUUAUGAAAAUAUAGUUUAUCACAAAGGAAUACGUCAAUGUUUAAAAUGUGGUAGUGCUGCUUUCAUUAAAGUUAAAAAAAACGAACAUACUUUGCACGAUGGGUGGGGGAUGUAGGUGAGAUGUUAGAAAGAUAAAUCGGAAAUAUAAUGAAUAUAUACGCGAUUAUUUAUAAUGAAAAACGAUUCUGAGCACAGUUUGGUUGACCUCCCUUAAGUGACACCACAGUCACAUUUCCUUUCAGAAUAAGUGCUACAUUUGAAAAUUAGAGCAAAAUUCUUGAGAGUCUUUUUCCUAUCGAUCUUUUUUAAUAAUUAUCCGCAUUUUUUCAAUGAUAUAUUUUUUCUCCUGUAAAAUUAUCCGGCCUGAUACAUUAGCUAUCUUUUUGUGGGUAAUUUUAGAUUCUGAGUGGAGCGAUGAAUGUAUUGGUUUUAUAAUGAUAUUUAUUAUUAUAUUUUUUUUUUUUAUCUCUUCUACCAAAAAUGUUACUUCAAUUUACGAGUGUGACAUUUUUUCUGAAAAGAAAUCUGACUAGUGUGGUAUUACAAGAAAGUCAUUUUUUGAUUUUCCCAGGGAUUUCCCUAAUAAAUAGGAAAACCGGGAAAAUUCACUAAAUACAUUACAUUGUCAAAUCGUAAAUUUACAGGUUUUUCAAAACACGUAUAACUGAACCUCGCUUAGAAUCGGUUUUCGUUAACAAAGAUUAAUCGUUGCGUACAGAUAUACGGGUUAUAUUUUGGUAAAACUAUAGCUAUUUUUUUUCAACUAUUCAAUAUAAAUAUGUAAACGCGCAUAUACAUAUUAUCUGCCCUGAUUAUUACAUAUUAUCGUAUUUUUACGACUUUUUUUAAUCUAAAAUGUUUUUUUUCUGUUUUUCGUAGGUGUUUACCGAGAACGGGAUUCCCGCCGGUGGACAACAUCCAGAGCCUAUCAAGUCUGACCAUGGUACCGUGCUUGAGCCACGUAGACAAACAGACGCUGAGCCAAUAGUGAAGUCGUCUCGUCUAUACAUACACACAGAUACACACACACACACACACACACACACGUGUUUACCCAUAAUAUACUUAUAAAUACAUAAGUGCACGGGCCACGUGAUACAGAGACGGACGAAAAUAUUAUGAUAACACUCGUAUUAUAUAUUUGUAUUUUAUUAUACACUGUUGUACGUGUACGUUAUAAUUAUUUCAUAAUGUAUAUAUAUAUAUGUAUAUAUUAUAUACAUAAACAUAUAUACUGCAGUAUACACACACAUACACGAAAUUCUAAAAAAAAAAAAAACCGUUAAGUAUGUUAUUAUAUUAAUAAUAUUUACAAAACGACAAUUGUUGAGGUUUUUAUUUUUAAGGAGAAAUAACCACCAAAACUUUCCUUGCAAACAUUCAACGGAUGUAAUUGUAAUACAUAUAAUCGUAUCGAUUCUUCCUCUUCCCUUGACUCUAUCACCCCUCCCUACUCCUCCUCAAUACAAAUGAAUUUAUACAAUGUGCAUUAUUACAAUCAACAUUUAUUGCACACCACCUAUGUGAUAUGUGUGUGUACGAUUGAAUUUUUUUUCGUUACAGUAAUACUACAUAACCUAUAUCUAUUUUUAAUUUGAACAUUUUAGAUUUCAAGCGUAGCGAUGUUUUUUUAUAAUUUUCGAGUGAACGUCACGUGUGUAUACUUAUAUGGUUAUGUAUAUUAUAUAUAUUUUUUUUAUUUUCAUUUUACAAAAUAUUAUUACUUAUACCUAUACAGAAUACAGAUAGUAAUAUUAUUAUAUGCUCCGUCGAAAAUACGCGUGACCGAUUCGCCGUACGUUGGAGACAUUUUCGAUCGGAAGACUAUUAUUGUGUUCGACGCAUUUUUUUCUUCUUUUUUUUUUUAAAUUUUUAUAACGUCGUACCGUACUCGUAUAUAAUUAUAGUAAAAAAAAAAAAAAAAACUAUAUUAUUAUUGUUACUAUUGUUAUUAUUGUAUUAUGAUAACGUUACCAUCCUUAUCAUGAUAUAUCGUAUGCAAGUGUUCAAUAUGUAUCUGUACGGUAUUGUGUGGCGAUGAAGCCGAUAAGUGGCCAAUAAAAAUCGAUUUCGGGAUUAAGCGCGAACACUUAUCUAACGAUUACAAUCGAAAUUGACCGUACAGACGAAAUAAUGUCGUGGUUCUAGAUUUUUCGCAUAUAUCAUGAUAUCAUUUAAUUGUAAAAUUGAUUUUUUUGGCACAUAUCGCGGUUACUUUUUCGAUCGCAACGGUAGGUACAGAUAAAUAAUAAUGCAAUAAAAUAAAUUCAUACAAAAAAUUAUGUAUAAAAAAAAAUCAAUCGUCCAAUAUCAUGAAAUAAUAUAAUAAAUUCAAAAAUAUUUAGAAUAAUUUUUUUUUUUUGUUUUAUUAUGUUAUACGAUAAAAAUUGUGGUGAAUCCGCGAUGUGGUAUGUACGAUAUAGAUAUACCGAAGGUGUGUGAACGUAAACGAUAGUGCUGUGCUUUUUUUUAUACUAUAUAAUGUGGGUAUAAUAUAUACCAAAUAUACCUAUAUAAGUAAUAAUAUGAUUAUGACAAUUAUUGAUGUAUAAAUACGAAAAAGCGUUCUUUUCGUUCGAAUGUUAGGUAUUAUUAUUAUUCUUAUAUUUUUUUUUUUUUUUUACUCGACUAAUUAUUUAUUAAAUUUCUCAUCGAAUGUUUUUUUUUUUUUUUGUAAUAUGUAAAGACUAUCGGAGUGACUGCAAUUUGUGCAUUUGUACAGUUAUUAUAAUAAUAUACUUUGUAAUGAACCAAUAGACUGGGAGCGCUCGAUGCAGCUGCUAUAGGAUUGUAUUUGUUUUGUUUUUUUUUUUUAAUCGAAUUCGUCCGCGGGGGUAUGAUGGUGAUUUUUGUGUCGGUAUGUAUUUAAUAAGAGCUGUUUUAUUUAUUUAUUUAUUUAUUUUUUUUUUUUUUGAGAUUAUAACUAUAAUAAUACUAUUGUUGUUUUGUUAUAAUAUAAUAUAUUAUAUUAAAUAAUAUUCUAAUAAUUUAUUAUUAUUAUUAUUAUCAUAAAUAUGAUAUCAUGUAAUCUUCGAAUAUUUAUUUUAAAAAAAAAUUACUAAAAUGUAGGUACCUAUAAAAAUAAUAUUAUGUAAUAUAAGUGCAUACAUGCGAUUGAUAAACCCUCUUUUUUAUAUACAUAAAAUAUGUUGAGAAUUUUUGACAUUGACGUGCCUACAUAAUAAUAAAUAAUUAAAUAUAAAUAAAUUAUAAUAAAUAGUCGAAUACGAAGAAAAAAAAAAUAUUCAAUCCGUAAAAGUAUUACACUUAUCGAACAAUCUUAAUUUCCUUAAUUGUUAUUAUAACUAUUUGCUAAAAAUUAUAAAAUUGUUCAAUAUUAAAAACAAAUAUAUUUAGCGCUGACGUGAUAAUAUAAUAAUAAAAUAAUUAUAGUUUCGGUUUGUGUGUGUUAAUAAUAACAAACAAAAUUUUCCGAUCCAGCGCUGUCGCUUUUUUUAUUUUUCGGGAGACACUUAAUAAAUAAAUAAAAAAUUAAUAAUAGGUAGCAAUGUUAAUAAAUAAAUGAAAAAAUAAAAUGACGGGUAAUGAAUUAUUUUUAUUAUUAUAAAUAUAAUUAUUAAAUAAAUGAAAUAGUUUUCUAGUCAUUCGUUAACUUUAUUUAGCAAAUUGUUUUUUUUUUUUUUUUUUACUUUAUUGUUGUUUUGUAAUAUUUAUCGAAAAUUACGUAAAAAAAACGAUCCAUAAUUUUCGAACGUAAUAUUAAAACUUUUUUUUGAAAAAUGACUAUAAACUGCGUAUAUUGUACACACGCCAGUGAAUUUUUUUGUCUUUUUUUCUUUGCCAACGGUGAUAUUUAAUUAUUAUAAAAAUGUAUAGAAAUAAAUUUAAAUAUAAAUUAAAGUUUUUUUUUUUUUUUUGUAUGUGGUGCGAAAAUGCUUUGAAACAUCGUCCGGAGCGAUACGGGCGAGUGAACGGAGAAAAUAUAACAGUAAUAAUAAUAAUAAUACUAUGGGAUAGAUCCUUGAUGAUUAAAUAAAGCGCGAAUGAGCGGUGGGAAGAGAUUUCAUAUACAUAUAUAGGGCAAUAGGGUUCGUUAUAUUAUUAUUAUUUUUAUUAUUGUAAUAAAAUAGAACGAUUAGGGAGAGAGAAAACGAAUAAUGAUUUUAAAAAAAAAAAUGUUAGGUAGUUUAAUUUUUGACAAAAGACAAAUUAUUAAUGAUCAUUAUAGAUAGUUUUAUAAGAAAAUAAUAAUAAUGAAAAAACGUAUAGACAAUAGUAGAGCAGAAUAAUAUAUUUAUACAUAUAUUUUUUUGUUUUUAUUCUUUAAGUAUUACAAUAAUAUGCGAUUCAUUUUUAUGUGACCGACAUCAUGUAUUCGCGAGACGUUUAUAUUAUAAACAAAUUGUAUUUAUGUUUUUUUUUUUUUUCUUAUCAUUUUGUACAAAAAUAUCUUAUCUUUGGUUUUUGUACGAUAUUAUAAUGAAAUGUGUAAUUUUUGUAAAUUUAACUACAUAUACAUAUUAUAUAGUGGUAAUAUAAUUUUUAGUAAUAAUCUAUACAUAUUAUUUGAUAUACAUUACUAUCAAAAAUGAAAAAAAAAAAAACACUUAUAUUAAUUUAGAAUAUUAUUAUUUGUAUUUUAAUUCAUUUAUAUUAUUUGUUAUGCUUGUAUACAAAAAAAAAAAAAUAUUAUUUAAUCAUAACGACAUUCAGCGUGUAAAUACAAAAAAAACAACAAAUAAUAAUGCAAAAAAAAUAUAUAUAUAUUAUGUAUAUUAUAUUGUAUAUGAAUGUGUAAAAAACAAAAAAAAAAUUAUAAUAUUAACGAUGGCAUAAAUGUGGUGAUAAUAUAAUGUGUAGUUAGGGACCCGAUAUUUAUUUUAUGUAAUAAUAUAUUAUUAUUUCAAUUUAUUUGUUAUUUCGGAGCGUAAGAGCCACUGAAAACUAUAUAUAUUAAAAAUGAAAAAUAAAAAAACGAUGAUUAAUAAAAAUGAAUAAAAACAUUUUAUUAGCUAAUUUAAAAAAAUAUAUAUAUUUCUGUAUUGUCAAAUGUUUUUUUUUUUUUUUUAUUUGUAUUUUCGUUUCGUGUCCGAAAUCAAUUAUCUAAAUCUCUCCAAUCUUCGUCGGUCGGUGGCGUGUACAGCACCCUAAACGGCAAUUCGCGUUCCAACGCGUCCACCGUCGAAGGAUUUAGUGGAUUUUCCUUGAGAUCGACGACUUUCAACUGUUUCAUACACGAUUCUAACGUCCUGAUAUUUACGUCUG